GCCACCUAUCUUUACACAAAUAGAAGAGAGAUCAGUGUGUGUAGACGUAUACAGAGGAGUAGGAGGUCUCACUGCACAGUGUGCACAGUGUAUGUGACUGCUCGGUCAGGACAUAACCAUGGCAGCAAUGUGUCUGAAGUGCUGGAUUUAAUGAGCUCCGAGGGUAAGAUCCGAGGAACAAUACAGACAGCUGGUUAAAGGAUCUUCACGGAAUGUAGAAAGAUUUAAGGUGGAUUCUCAAGAAAGAUCUUUCACCUGCCAGCUGUAGAAGUUUCCAUUCCGUCAGUAAGAAAGAGAGCACACAGCAAUGUCUGGUGAGUUAUAGCACAUGCACCUGUUGCUUUCAGAAGCACCUUUUCUUUUCGUUUUACGGCAGAUGUUGGGUGUUCUUCAUUAGUUGAUACUGUCUAGAAAUUAAUAUUGAAAAAAAUGGAGCUUCCAAAAAAUGAAGGAGAAAUAAGCGAUUGUGAAAAAGGGAUCUCUAACAAAAGGGUGUGCUGCUAUAAUUGAUUAAAUAACUGCGUUACAAGCAGUAUAGAAACUUUAUAGAUUGCCAAGAUUCUACCAUUGUUCUUUUCUCCUUAGUAGGCAAUAACGUAGCGCCUGACCUUCCGAUCUAUUUAGGGAUUUUUUUUCUUAGGUUUGUUACCUUCUGGAGAGUUUUCUACUGAUGCUGUGUUUAAUUUUUAUACACAUAGUAUCAACUUUACCUCCUAAUCCCCAGGGGCAUCUCCUGUCCAGAUAAUUAGCUUGUUUUUCGGCCCAUUUAACCCAUAAUUUAUCAUUUUUGCCUUAGAGUUUGAUUCACCAAGUAAUAUGAUGUAAAUGUGGUAUUUUUUCUACCAUAAAAAUAACGCAAUAAAGCAUUAUUGGCUAUUGUUUAUUGGUAUAUUUGGGUGGGCUCCCUUUAUCACUUGUCCUUCUCUACAUUUUAGUAAUUGUGAAACACAGAAACAUAGAAUGUGACGGCAGAUAAGAACCAUUCGGCCCAUCUAGUCUGCACAGGUGGUUCACAUAUACACAUGGUAAUAUGUUCAAUCAUAUAUAAGUUAAUAAUGGAUUUAUGCUUUUACACAUUUUUAACGUUAGGGAUUUUUUUUCCUAGUACUCCCAUCGUGAAGAACUAUUUUUUUUAUUUUAUUUUUUAUAUGAUGUUUUGUGUUAGAAAUAAAUAAUGAUCUGGAUUUGUUUUGCACCAUCACUGUACUCACAUCUAAAAAUCGUUACAGAUUACAGAGAAUUAUCAAAGAAUGUUAUUGACUAAACUCUGAAUUGUAGUGAAACAUAGAAACAUAGAAUGUGACGGCAGAUAAGAACCAUUUGGCCCAUCUAGUCUGCCCAAUUUUCUAAAUACUUUCAUUAGUCCCUAGUCUUAUCUUAUAGUUAGGAUAGCCUUAUGCCUAUCCCACGCAUGCUUAAACUCCUUUACUGUGUUAACCUCUACCACUUCAGCUGGAAGGCUAUUCCAUGCAUCCACUACCCUCUCAGUAAAGUAAUACUUCCUGAUAUUAUUUUUAAACCUUUGUCCCUAGUGGACUGCUAUCAAAACAUAUGCAAAAAGCUGAUUUCCAAUUCCAAAAAAGCUACACAUUUUAUUUAUAGCUACAAGCCAUAUUUACCAAAAAAGUUUAAAAUUCUAUUACAAUUUGUAUUGCAUAGAAAUAUUUGCCCUGUGUUUAAAAAGGCACUAUUUUAGAGUAAUGAUUUUGGUGUGAGACUAUAAUUAUUUGAGAUUGCACAGUUCUAAUGCAGAGCUCUUGAUACCAUCAGGGUUAUUCAAUGAACUAGGAACGGACUAUAGAUUGUUAAUUGUAACUAAUUAUAGCGGGGUUGAAUAAUUUUCUAAAUUAGCCUUAUUUUGUUUUUACAUUUGCAAUUCAUUGAUUAAUUUUGGAUAAUUAUGGUUUAUUGAAAAACCUUUGGGGAAUUAUAAACAAGCAGUGACAAUAAGUCAGCUGGAUUGUUUACCAGCUGUGCUGUUUUAGUCUCCGUUUCCAAUAUAUUACAAUUCACUGUUUGGUAUUUAAAAAAAAAAUAUAUACUCUUCCAUUAUCAGAAUUAUCCACUGAAGUCCUAACUGCAAAAUCUAAACAGUUUUUCAUACCAAUUAACAGUGUCUGAAUUUUACAAUCCUGGCUCUAGAUGACCCGUAAUUUUGUCUGGAUUUCAACCUGUCCGGGUGUGACCUAAUAGCUCGAAUCAGGAACUAAAUAUGGGUCUGGAUUGUAAAAUCCAAAGUAGUUGCCUAGCAGCCAGCAGGCAAAUAAUUAAAUACCCCCUGACACAUAAGUGUUUGUUAGUUGGCCAACUCUUUCUAGCCAGAUAUUUAAAGAAAAAAGUAAAAAUUAAUGAAUAAUGCAAGCAUAUGAGGGUCAGUAGUAUGAGGGUCAUAUAACUAAGUGGAGUAUAUAAUUUCUCCCUUAUUCCCCCAUCCAUCAUGGGGUUAUAUCUAAACAGUAGGUCAUCAGCAGCUGCACAAUCAUGAAUACUCCAUCGCCUGGGUUAUGGGAUUGGGUGUUUACAUAACACAUAAUAAGAGUAAAUAGGGAUCUUUGGUCCCUCUUUACACCCCACUGCCUAGCAGUUAGGUGUUGAAAAUUAGGGAUUGGGCAACUAUUGGUGUCCAUUUGCUUAAGUCCUUAUCCAAUUUAGCUGUGGGAUGGGGGUUGUAGUGAAUUUGGGGAAAAAUUCCAAUAAUUUCCUUGGCACUAUUCAUAGGUAUUAGAUGGGAGAUAAAUUAUUAUAGCAGGGAACAUGCCACCUGUCCCAACGAGGGGGCACACCAGUUGUUCCCCCACGCUUCCACCGAAGGACACUGGACUGAAGGUAAUAAAAUGAUAAUAAGGUGUUGACAUGUUGCUUAUCCCCCUUCUCUACCCCAACACAUGGUCAAUGGGUUGGAGCUAAAUAGUAAUAGAGAAGUGGACAUUGCAGUCAAUCCCCCAUGUACAUUGUGUUGUGGGUAUUAAUAAAGUAAAGGAAGUGACAUGCCAGUGUCCAGCCCUCUAGUCUCUGGGUUCUGCCUUCAAUAACUCUCCUUGGGUAGCUGGGGUCCCCAAGACCCUAGCUACCUCCUUACCCCUAGAUGCUUGCAUGUCUGUUCCCCCAUACUAGUUAUACUGAGGGGUCCAAUAAAUCUAAUACACUUUAAAAAAUGUGGCCCCAAAAUGGCCAAAUAAUAGACAAAGCAGCUAUUAAAACAAACAUUGAUGCACAAAUUUAAAUCAGUGUGAGCUCCACUUUGAGGGCUCCACUCCAACUAAACAUGCAAGAUGGGAAAGGACUUCAUAAAGGCCUUCCCAUGCUUUAUGAGCCAGCUAGACUGCUGUGAUUGACAGCUUAGAAACCAACUAAUCGCAUCGCUCUGGUGGGCAAGUCUCGCCUCAUAAUGUCGAUCUAUCUAGAGGCAUUUUGACAUGUAUCCUGUGACACUUUUAUAGUUUCUGUUCUGACAGAAUUCUUUACCGAGACCAUGUCUUCUUUAAGUUUGAGUUACUGGUUACAAAUUAAAAUGAAAUCCAUCAUGGUAUACCAUUUGCAAUCAACACCACAGGGAAUUUGACGUAAUGUUAGUUUGAGUGGAACUACGAGGCCAUUUAAUCACCAAUUUUGAAAUGAAAAUUAUCUGUUUGAAACCUUGAUGCUGUGUCAGGGGCAUGAGGCUGUGUCAGAUGCCAAGAUAUAUAUCUGUAAAAUACCUUGUCAUGACAGUAAAAACUAUUUUAUUCUAAGAACUUAAAAGAACAUUAUUCUGUACUCUGCCCUUGGGUUUUUACGUCCAAGAUGCAUUACCUUGCACUUAUCCACAUUAAAUGUCAGUUGCCACGACAAUUCAUAUCUGAGGUCUACCAGGUGCUGCUCCUUCUCAGACAGAGACUGAGCUCACUGGCUGAGAGCAGUCUGGUUUAGUUCUCAGUCAAUGAACUUGACUUCAACUUCAGAGCUCUCACCGUGCCAUCCAGACUGCCAGGCGUAGUCGCCCCAGAAGUGCCCAACAGGGGAUUUGAACAUGGGGGCCUUCUGCAUCCUAAGCCUAAGUUCCUGUCUCCUGAGUCACUUCUGAACUUUGGUUCUAACCUUAUUUUCCUGGCAUUGCCUGCAGCACUAUUAUUAUUAUUAUUAUUAUUAUUAUGAUAUUUAUAGAGCGCCGUCAAAUUCCGCAGCGCUUUACAAUGGGUGGACGAACAGACAUGUAGUUGUAACCAGACAAGUUGGACACACAGGAACUAGGGGGCUGGACAUCACCAGUGGCUCCUACCUGUCCAUCUAAGUUCACCUGAGGCAGUUCACUCAUUAGCUGGGCAUAAAACACUGCCCCUCUCUGAGAACGUGGUCAGUUUGUUGUUUCUUGUAUCCUGUUUCCUAAGACUGACUUGGCUUGUGACCCUUUCUGUUUGGGUUAUUCGUUAUUGCCUGUUCACUGCCUGCCCUGACUUUUGGAACCGUGUCUAAAUACUUUACUGGAUUUGCCCUUGUCUGUUUCCACGUACCUAGGUACUGUUCCUGCCUAAGCCCCCGUGCACAGGUUCACAGUCCUGGAGCUUUCUAACCUUAUCACCUUGGGCUAUGUAUAUCUGCAAGGGUGAGCACAAAUCUCUGCUCACCGGACUCCCAACUAAGGUAAGCCGUGACAUAACGAACUGACCAUCAUGGAGUCCGCAGACAUGUGUAAGCUGCUUACCCAGCAAGUGUCCAGCCUGGCCCAGACUGUUUAGGAGCUACAGCGAGAUGUUCAAUUUCUUAAAGGAAUAGUAUGCCCAGCCCCUGAACCUGCCUAUCCUAAACCGUUCGUCAUUAUGCCUGAGAAAUUUGAUGGUAGCCGUACAUCCUUCCAGCACUUUAAGGUGGACUGCGAAUUGUUGUUUUCCUUGAAGCCUCGGACUUAUGCUACCACCUUCAUAAUGAUCAGAGCGGAAAUGCUAUCAACCUCCUGUCUGGAUGGAUCAUAACAUGGGCACACCAGAUGUUGCAGGCUAAGAGUCCUGUCCUUGACAGUUGGGAUUCCUUCAUGACUGCUAUGGACUCAAAGUGCAAGACCUCUAGGAAGACCGCUGUGCCAAAGCCUGCUCCACGUCCCAGAUUCCUAGAACCAGGGAUAAUCAGUACCAAAACUACUCCCCUGUGUUUCCUCCUUAUGAUCUGGUUCCUAGGAAGACUCCAGAGGUAUCCUAUGUUCCUCUUGACUCUGAGGAACCUAUGGAAAUAGGACUAGUCCAGCUCAAAGUCACUCAUGAAGAAAGAGACCGGAGGAGAAGCCAUGGUCUUUGUUUUUACUGUGGGAAAGGGGUCACUUCAUCUCUCAUUGCCCUGUUUGCCUAACUAGGCCUCCAGUUCUCCGAUUGGCUACCACCUUUCUUUGUCCUAUGAGCUCUGCAUGCCAGCCUGUAAAACCUCAAAUACGCCGACAUGCCUGUCUGUGCUUAGCCUCCCUGAGAAAUUCUCCAUGUCUUUCUCCAGAGAUGUCUGCACCAUCUCCUGAAAACACUCAUGUUAAAACCGGUACCAUCACCACUUCCUGCCUGCUCAAAGAUCUACCUUCGGAUUGUACCUAUGCCUCUAAUGGUACUAAAGUCCGCAUAAAGGAUUUGGAAACGUUUGAAAAGGUGUUGCAAGACACAAACUCCAUUCCUGUUGAUGUACGUAAGGAGAAAAGUUCAGAGGAUGUGCAUCUACCUUUUGGCACCUCUGGUGUAGGACUAAGUAAUCUGCCUUGACAUGGCAGGUGAGCUUACACUUUUUAUGACUAUUAUAGAAGUAGCAAAAACCUUUAUUUAAUAGUGUGCAUUGCAGGCAGGUAAUAUGUUUGGUUUUGCUUUGUUAGGGCUGAAUACUAGAGCCAUUGCUGCCACCCAUGAGAAGUGGAAGUUUGAGCAUCGGGUUAUGUCUGGUUUUAUCAUUUAUGGUUUUUUGUAUGGAUACUCCAUUCAUGGGUUCUCCAACUUGACUGUUGUGAUAAGGUGAAUGGGGUGGUCUGUGAGGGAGUUUAUAUUUCAUCUACAUUGUUCAGAGAGGCAUAUGAUCUUUAACCCCAGGGGGAAUGUAUGUAUGUAUGUGACUUAAAUGCAUAUUUAGUUAUGGCCCCCUGGGGUGGAGCAUUUGGAGAGAAGGGUGGGCCAGUGCUCCACUCCACUAUUUACUGUUUUCUCUUGGGAGACUAGGUCCAGACCAGGCUUUGGACUGUCUCCAACCCACUGCUCAGCUGCAGGUAAUCAGCUGCAGCAGUGGGAAUAAACCCCUCCCUGCUAGACAGGUGGGGAGAAUGUUUGUUUAUUUCUCUCCUGAAGGGCUGGAAGCAGCAGGCUGUCUAAAACACUGGAAUGCUGAGAGCUGACAAAGACGCUAGGUUGGUGAAACCACUUCUUGUUUUGUUCUAGAUUAAACCCUUGAGAGAGAGAGGGAACUUGAUGUCAGUUAGUGCUCAGACCGAGCUAGGUUUUUGUUUAUAGGAUUUUGUUACAUUUUUGUUUUCAUUUGCUGCUGUAGCUGUGGUGGAGUUUGACAAUAAAACUGCCUGAAUUAUAUGCAAACCAAAGGACUGUGCCUGUUGUUUACCCUAGAGGACCGUGCUACCUGCAGACAAGGAUGACAUGUGUAGAAUAAGGGAAUUUACAGAAGAAGCUCUUCCGUUUACCACUACUCUCUAAACCAGUGGUAGUCAACCUUUUUCUACCUACCGCCCACUAAUGCAUCUUUCUUGAUGGAAAAAUUUCCUUACCGCCCACCAGUUUUCGCGCAAGUGCAGAAUAUUUUUUAGAAAGGAGGGUGUUUUAAAAAAAAUAAAUAAAUGUACUGCGUACAUUUUUUUUUUUUUAUUUCUACUUAAUGCAUGUUUAUAAUGUUUUUAACUUUAUAAAGUUUAAUGAGAAAACAAGAAAGUAAAUUGAAAUUACCUUUACUAGUGAUUAAUGAGAUCCUUGAGGUUGAUGCUGCGAGACUAAAUAUUUGAUAUCUGGUUUGAUUUUCGUAAGGAACAAACGAAGGUCUCCUCUUUCGGUGAUAUUCAGACGACUUCUCUGUUUGCGCAUAAUUUGAUUUCUCAUCUAUGCAUCAGCUCCCCUCUUCUCCCUCCUCAAUUCCCUUCCCCACCUUUUUUUUUUUUUUUCCUUUUUUCUUUUUUUUAACCUUCCUUAUAGCAAUACAUACAAACAGGCACACACAUACAUACAGACACACACACACACACACACACGACACAGACACACACACACACACAUACACACACACAUACAGACAGACACAAGACACACAUACAUACAAAGACACAUACACACACAACACAUACAUACAAAAACAAGACACACAUACAUACAGACAGACACACACACACACACACACAAUAUAUACAUACAAAGACACACACAUACACACAAAGACACAUACAUAAGACACACAUAUAUACAAAGACACAGACACAUACACAUACAUACAGACAGACACACACAAGACAUACAGUUGCAAGAAAAAGUAUGUGAACCCUUUGGAAUGAUAUGGAUUUCUGCACAAAUUGGUCAUAAAAUGUGAUCUGAUCAUCAUCUAAGUCACAACAAUAGACAAUCACUGUCUGCUUAAACUAAUAACACACAAAGAAUGAAAUGUUGCCAUGUUUUUAUUGAACACACCAUGUAAACAUUCACCGUGCAGGUGGAAAAAGUAUGUGAACCCCUAGACUAAUUACAUAUCCAAGAGCUAAUUGGAGUGAGAUGUCAGCCAACUGGAGUCCAAUCAAUGAGAUGAGAUUGUAGGUGUUGAUUACAGCUGCCCUGCCCUAUAAAAAAGACACACCAGUUCUGGGUUUGCUUUUCACAAGAAGCAUUGCCUGAUGUGAAUGAUGCCUCGCACAAAAGAGCUCUCAGAAGACCUACGAUUAAGAAUUGUUGACUUGCAUAAAGCUGGUAAGGGUUAUAAAAGUAUCUCCAAAAGCCUUGCUGUUCAUCAGUCCACGGUAAGACAAAUUGUCUAUAAAUGGAGAAAGUUCAGCACUGCUGCUACUCUCCCUAGGAAUGGCCAUCCUGUAAAGAUGACUGCAAGAGCACAGCGCAGACUGCUCAAUGAGGUGAAGAAGAAUCCUAGAGUGUCAGCUAAAGACUUACAAAAGUCACUGGCAAAUGCUAACAUCCCUGUUAGCGAAUCUACAAUACGUAAAACACUAAACAAGAAUGGAUUUCAUGGGAGGAUACCACAGAGGAAGCCACUGCUGUCCAAACAAAACAUUGCUGCACAUUUACAGUUUGCACAAGAGCACCUGGAUGUUCCACAGCAGUACUAGCAAAAUAUUCUGUGGACAGAUGGAACCAAAGUUGAGUUGUUUGGAAGAAACACACAACACUAUGUGUGGCAAAAAAAGGCAAAGCACACCAACAUCAAAACCUCAUCCCAACUGUGGUUUGGGGCUGGUUUGGGGCUGCUUUGCUGCGUCAUGGCCUGGACGGAUUGCUAUCAUCAAAGGAAAAAUGAAUUCCCAAGUUUAUCAAGACAUUUUGCAGGAGAACUUAAGGCCAUCUGUCUACCAGAGAGAUACUAAUUCUUUUCCCACUGUGGGGAUGAGCAAACGAGUUUGCCGGAAUCAUAUGGCUACAGGUCACACAGCCACUGCAUCUAUAGCAUCCUGGUUUCUUGUACGUUGUAUUUUUCUUAUAACACUGGAUAGGAUCACUACUGAUCAAAAUGUCUCUUAAAUUUCUGUUCCUUUUGUAACUAAUAAUUGGAUUUUUGCAAAACAUUGAAGACAGAUGUUUAUCUGAGCCUAAUAUAGCCCAGUGUCUAUCGAUUGCUUUCCGUAUGGACUCAAUGACUACAAUACAUACUCGAUGUAUACAACCUUGGUAUAAGGUUGUAUUGUAUUUGGCAUAGUAAUAUUGACUGGAUGUGUCAUCCACAGCUAAGAUCUAUUUGUCUUUAUAUAACAGAUCCAUUGUGGGUGGGCACUUAUGAGUAAGUAGGCACUUAUGAUAUCGUGUGCCAUGUUAUUCUCAUGGAAUUGUACUAGGCACCCUAAGUGCCUUAUUCCCACAGGGACGAUCUUUUUAUACCCUAUAGGUAGCCUCCCUAGAAUAGGCAUUUUUAUAUACUCAGAUCCCUGUUACACAUCACUGCUGGGAUCACAUGGGUCACAUGAUCGCUUCCGGGUUUCAGACAGCUGGCGGUGUUUCCUCUUUCCUACACACCUGUUGGUAAGUUAUUAACAUUUAUUUUUUGUAUAUAUACUUACCUCAUUCACUGUUUAUUUGAUCUUGAAGAAGACCCUGUGAGGGUCGAAAUGUCGAUUGCUUAAGAUUUGCACAUGUAAUUUGCACUAAAGAAUAAAUUAGAUUUUGGAUGUGACCUGUGAGUGCUCCUUAUAUAUUGAUUUUUUUGCUAUAUGGUAAACGCUGAGGAUUGCACCCAGGCAAGGAUUGAUUAUUUUUGGAAACAGUAAGGGUGAGUGCCAAGGUUAUAUAUAUAUAUAUAUAUAUAUAUAUAUAUAUAUAUAUAUAUAUAUAUAUAUAUAUAUAUAUAUAUGUAUGUAUAUAUAUAUAUAUAUAUGUAUGUAUAUAUAUAUAUAUAUAUAUAUGUAUGUAUAUAUAUAUAUAUGUAUAUAUAUAUAUAUAUAUGUAUGUAUAUAUAUGUAUAUGUGUGUGUGUAUAUAUAUAUAUUUAUUUUAUUUUAAAACGUUUAAUUUUUUUUUUUUAAUACUUCCCACCAGCAGGGGGCCUGUCUGACAUUUCUGACAUAGCACGCCCGCCAUCCUUAAGGGGUUAAAGGCUAAAGUUCUACACCUCUGAUAUAUAGUCUUCUAUAUAAUCUACUAACCUGAAAUUGACUUCACAUAUUGAUUAUUAUGAUUUAUUUCACUGAUCAAACUCUUUUCUGAAAGAAAAGUGAGUACUUGACUGACUUGCUUUCAUCUGACAGCAUUGAUUAACUAUGAGAAAAAUGGGUUGUUGUGGAUGGACAUUCAUACAGUGCAUUCACUGUUAAUUAAUAACCUGUCAAUGUCUCUUUCUUCUUAUUACUUAAAGCGGCACUGUCACCCUCCCCCCCCCCAAAAAUGAACAUUUUAUAAAGAUAGAAUCUUUAUGAAUUAUUUACAUUGACUGCGUUGAAAUUUUACUGAGACAAAAUACUGAGUGAUACAGCUACCACAGUCAAGCUGUAUCACUUCUCCCAGCCGUUACUAGUGACAGGUGUAGGUGUCCCGUGUGGCGGUCCAGAGACCGGGACCCAGUAUGCCUGAAGAUGGUAGGAGUUACAGUGUGUAAAUGAACAGUCAAGGUCCGGUGCAGGGUAACCACACAUCCCCUGGUGUUGAGCACCAGGGUUUGUGUGGUCACAUACCAGGACCCUGAAGCAGCUACUAUGGAUCCCAGGAGCUUGAUAAUAUGCAGAUAUGUAUCUAGUACUAAAAAUAAGACAAGACUAGAAUAGGCACCAAACAAAGUAACAAGGAAAGACUAGAAGAAACCAUAACCGGAGCAGGACCAAAAGCAGAACCCAGAAAUGUACACAAGCCAUGAGGGAAACAACAACAGGACAUGGACAAGGCAGGACAGAACUGUACAUGAACUGGGAAUGCAAGACAAAAUAAAACAAGAGAAGAGAUACAAGGAAAAACAAGAGGAGAAAUAACUAAGUACUAUAUAUGCAAUAAACAUUGGAGAUUUAGACAUACAUAAAUGUCCAAGAUGUAUGCAGUCCACCACUGCGCCAAAGUACUCCAAUUAAGGUGGGUCCUAACUGCCUAGUUAUGCAUGACCAAAAGUACAAUAAUAACAGACACAGUACUUACCUGCAAGGAAAGCAGCAGAAGAAUGAGACCACUGCUAGCAGGAAUACUGAAACAAAAGGAUAAAUGGCAAAGGAAUGGGUGUAGCAACAAAAAAAAAAAACACUUAAGGGAUUCCAGGAGACUGGGAUUUCAAGGAAACGGGAUAAAGGAAUGAACCCAGAAAACUCAGCAAAAAGAAAACCAGGCAUAGAACAGAGAACCAGAAAAAAACAAGAAAAACUAAAUAAGAAUUGUAAAAAGAGUUCUGGAUACCAGAAGCCAUGGCCAGAAAUGAUCCACAAACAGGAACAGGCUAUGACAGUAGGGAAAGUAAGUGAGAAUACAGCACUGAUAUUAACUCUUGGCAUCGUUAGCUCUAUGAGCUGAAGAGGUGCAGCAGACAGAAGAUGGUGGUGCCCGUAAGGGACAGGUUCAGGUUCACGGCCACCAGACCCGCAGUGGCUAUGUCACCGUCAGGGGUCUCUGCAAAUUAUGCAUAGACCUCCAGACGGUGACAAUUCAACUUUAACUAAUGUCAAUAAAUUAGAGAUGUUUACAUAAUAUUAUAUAUGGGGAACGUUUUUGUUUUUAGCAAAUCAGUACAUUUAUACUUAGUAAAAUCAUUCGAAAAUAUUUUUUGGGGAUCCUAGGAACAUACAGUUGAUAUUUGAAAUGUGGAUUUUCAGUUUUCGUUUGGAUUCAACCAAUCUCAGGUAGUGUAUACAUUGAGAUUUACAAGUUUAUUUACUAAAGUGAGAAUUUAAAGUGAAUUCAAAAUAAAUUUCAAAUUUAAGGCUAAAAUAGCUGAACUGAAAACAUAGCUGACUUGUUCCUGUUUGGCUAUUAUGACCUUAGAUUUGAAAUUCAAUUUCAUUUCACUAAUUUUCAAUUCAGUAAAUAGUAUGCCAUUAAACUGGUUGAUAAUAAAAAAAACAGAUCCAGGAUUUGUAACUUUCCUGGUGACAGCUGCCCUUUCCCUUGUCUCAAUAAAUGCAAUUGAAUGGUUUAAUUUGGUGAGAAGUGCAGUAAAUUAAAAUUUAAAAGUACCUAUUUAUACAACAUUUUCAUGUGUAGAUGCUUCCACCUUCCUAUGAUGCUCCGAGAUCUCAUACAUACUUGAGUAGAGUGCUUUGCCAGCAGUGUGCUCAUGGCCAUUCUUUCCACAAUGCUUAAUCUGCAAACAAUGUUCAUGCUCCACAUUCCCAGUGUCACGGUUCCGGAACCAGACACAAGGACAGAUCACGAGAGGAACAAUUGCAAUAACGGUCCUUAGAGUGGCCGGGCUAUGCAAAAGGAGAAAGGUCAGUGUACAAGCCAAAGUCAAAGGAGUAUAGAGAUACGGAGCAACGAUAAGACAAGCCGAGGUCAAGGAUCAGAGAAGACAGAGUGAACGAGAGAUAAAGCCAAAAUUCAGUAACCAACGAUCAGACAGCGUAAACGGGCAGAAGACAGAAAACCACAACAGGGCAACAAGGCACAGAGUAGAUAAGUUUAAAUAUGCUUAGGGUUAUUCUGAUUGGCUAGUUUCCAAUUAGAGUUAAUUAUAACACGUGGCAGGUAUUCGAACCUUCCACGUUGAUCCCUGACGUCAUUGAUGUGUGCUGAGUCAGGUGACUGACUCAGGGGCAUAUUUAUGCACGCUGCACGCUCGUGUGCAGCAUUAGAAAUAAUGCCGGCGGGACCUGAGGUAACUGAGGCAGCUGUGAGCAGGCACUAGAAGCCGCCUUGAGCGGUGAGCGGGUAAGUGAAGCCGCCUUGAGAGGCACGCCUGCAGGGGGCCUGAAAAUGCACAUUCCACAAGCACUAUACAAAUUAAAGGAACACUGAAGUGUCAAGAAUGCAAACAGGUCUUCCUUACACUAUAGUUCUAAAACAACUGCUUAGGGGUCCAGCCCACCUUGCCCCUUGUUAAAAAGGUUAUUUUAAUCCAAUUAUUUUAAGCACUGGUCUCGUCGUGGCUGGCUCCACCCUGUCCCUUUGGCUGAGAUUGUCAAAUUUGAUGAUCCCAGCCAGUCCAAUACUUUCCCAUAGGAAAGCAUGCAGAGGCUUUUGCACAUGCGCGUCAAAACACCGCACUGCGCCAAUUGGCAUUUUCCCUUAGAGAUGCAUUGAAUCAAUGCAUCUCUGUGGGGAAUGUUCAACAUCUGCAUGCAGAGUGUGGAGACGCUGAAUGCCCUCUAGAGGCUGUUGAUGUUGCUUUCAGAGGCAGUUUGGAACUCUUUAAUUAGCGAUGCAACAGAUGAUCAGUGAUUUUUAAAUACUCUGUGCUUCAGCUCUGAGUAUGUAUGCUAUUGCUGCAGCUAGACUUUAUUUUUUUUUAAUUUUUUUUCUAUCUUUUCUUUUCCUUUUCUUUCAAAAAAAUUCAACAAAAUGUUACAGUAACAUUCCAGUUCCCCAAACCCCUUCAUAAUCAUAAACAUAUUACAAUAUAGUACCAUAUUCAAAUUGUAACUCGUAUAUUACAGUUCCACAUGAUAAGUAUUCAGUUAAUGCAGUAUAAUAGGGUCUAACUGUACAUAAAGUUGCAUAAAAUUAUGAUCAUCCUUUACUUUAAUAAUAUUGACCCUUUACUCCAACCAUUUAGUGGUACCAUACCAGCUCAUAAGUCUCCUGAUACCUUGAUCUGACAAUAGUACUCAAAAUAAUCUAAUACCUCUUAAAACUGGGGUGUUCAAAAACAGAACAAAAAAAGACAGUAAUAUAUUCAUAUAAGAGUAAAAACAGUCAAUGUAUUUGUUUUUAUUUCCCUUUCUCCCUUUCCACUUUGUUAUUUUUGUUUGUUUUGUUUUUUAUCAGGCAUGGUCCUCAAUUUCGAACUGCUAUGUUAACCAAUACACAUAAAAUAUAUAUAUUUUUUUAUUUUUACAUUUUGUGGGCUUUAUAUAUUUGGUUCUCACAUAUGGGAAGGUUCACUAGGGUACUUGAUAUUUUUUCUUUUCUUUUUUUAAGGAGCCAAAUAUUUAUCUCUAAUCUUCUGGCAUCCGCACCAAUAUUUGUCAUAAUUCUAAUCUUUUCCUUUUAUCCGAUAUGCCAUUUUAUUUUAUACUGAGAUGUCAUAUGGACUCUCUUUAACACAUCCUGAAUGGUAGGGGGACUUUCCAUUUGUAUGCACUGCCCAUUUUAGCAGCUAACAGAAUAUGAAUUAUUACUAUAGACUGAGACACCUCCACAUCCUCAGGAAGCAUAUGUAAAAGGUCAAUUUGUGGCUCAAAAGGCAAAGUUAUUCCCAUUAUUGAGGGGAUCACCCCUUGAAUCUGCCUCCAGUAAGAGUACAACAAGGGGCAGGACCAAAAUACAUGCAACAUGGAACCUCUAUUUCUGUCACAUCUCCAGCAUACUGGGGACGAAUCUGCAUAUAUGUGAGAUAGCCUAGAGGGCACCAAGUACCAUCUCAUAAUCAGCUUACAAUAGGCUUCCCAAUGGGAAAUGCUACUUGAUGACUCCUUCGUCAUUGAUAUAGCGUUUAACCAUGAUGUCAUAGGAAUAACGGCCCCCAUGUCCCUCUCUCACUUCUGCAUGUACAGUAAUUUCAGUUCAGCAGAUAAGGUAUUAAAAGCGUUAUAGCAUACAGAGAGAGGUUUGAGCUUAAUUAAUAGCAUUUAGACUUAAUUAAUAGCAUUUACAGUUGACAGAUCUUCUAGGGCAGAAAUUUCCCAAGCCGACUUGGCAAAAGUCAAUAAACUUUUCAGUACGACCCAUUCUAGUGCCACUGUUUGUUUAUGGAGAUUGGCUAUGGAUUUUUUUGCACCUGUGUUUGAUUGUGUGUGUGUGGGGGGGGGUUAAUGAGGAAGCAAUGUUGCUUGUGAAACUGCCACCCAAGAAUGUAUCUCUGCAUGUGAAGUUUUCACCAAUAAUGUGGUGUUAGAGCCAAAUGACUGGAAUCAUUGGAUCAUUGUAAUAGUGUGCUUCUCUCCGUGUUUUUGUGCAAUUAGUGCAGGUGGUUGCAGUGGCCGGUGGUGUGAUUGGAGGUGUCCUUUUCCUGCUCCUGGUUGGCAUUUGUAUCUACAUCUUGUGGAAAAAGGUCUGUGUUGGUCCACCAUACGAAGAGCUUCACAACGUGGCGACGCCCACACACACAGAUACCAUUACUGCGGAUCAGAUGAUGACAUCAUCGGUGGGCCACAACAAAGAUAACGGGUAAGAAGUGCCUUUACCGAAAUGUAAUCAUUUGUUCACUUUUAUGCAAAAAUAUAUGAAAAACUGUAAAUUAGAAAACAAAGUACGAUGAUCACCAGCUUUUCAUAGGCAGCGUUUAAUGGCCAAUGGAUGUUUAGGGUGAAUGUUGUAACAGAAAAACACCAAAUAUGAGAUUCAAGAGCGAAGAUUUAUUUCACUAGGUAAUAACCUUAUACAUUAAUGGAAAACUGUCAUCAAAAUGAUGUAUUUAUGCAAUGUUUAUGUUAUAAAACAUCAUUUAAAGGGACACUAUAAUAACUAGAACCAAUACAAGUUAAUGUAGUGGUUCUGGUGUCUAUAACCUGUCUUUGCAGUGUUAGCACUGUAAAAACUGCCUUUUCCCAGAAAAGGCAGUGUUUACAUUGCUACCUAGUAACACCUCUAUGGGCUGUCACUCAGACUGCUACUAGAGGUGCUUCCUGUAUGCUGAUGUUCAACACUGAAUGAUCCCCAUAGAGAUGCACUCAUUCAAUGCAUCUCUGAGGAGAUGCUGAUUGGCGCAGCGCAAGACUGAUGAUCUCAGCCAUGGAGGCAGAGCCGGGUGGGGCCAGCUAUGACGAAACCGGCGUAGUAGAAAACGUCAGUCAAAUCUCCUUUCCCAUGCGUGCUAAAGGAGGCCAGAGACCCACAUAGUUAGUUUACCAUUAUACUACUAGGAAUCCAUGUUUGUAUUGACACUAUAGCGUUCCUGUGUUAUUUUUUUUGUUUUUUUUAAUUCAUGAAGAAAUCACUUGCCUAUAUUUGUCACAACCUUUUCUGACAGCGAUCUUAAUGCACUUUUAGUCGGAUUGUCAGUUAUUUGUCUUAGUACUCACUAUUUUGCAACUGUCCAUUGCUUUUUUUUUAAAUUGUCUGACAAAAUGUUAGAGGUAGAAAUAGCACAUGAUUUUGAAAGCAAUGGAUGGCUGCAAAAUAGGGAGCAUUGGAUCAAAUAACUGACAAUCUAACUGAAGGUGCAUAAAAAUGGCUGUCAGAAAGAGGUAAUGGGAAAGACAGACAAGUAAUUUCUUCAACAAUUUCAAUAUACAUGAAUUAAAAAAAAUGAACAUAUGGUAUAUUAUAAAGAUUAAGUGUUCCUUUUAUUAAAUAAGAUAGAUUCAUGAAAUAGACCUAUACACACUUCCCCUUUAAAUCAAACUUGGCAGAAUUUUGACCAAUCAGCCAUUUGUCCACAAUUCUGAGCGAAAUGGAUAAUGGACAUAUCACUAAACAAUACUUUACAAAUACCAACUAUUUGUCUGCAGGCACCACUAACAAUGAGCAAAUAGUUAAAAGAAACCCUCAGUGGUGAGAGGGUUAAUUAUGGCUUGCCAGCAAAUACAUGCAACCACCACAUUAAUAAAGUUAAUACAAAUAAAAAGAAAAAAAAAUAGCUUCUGUGGUGGCUCUACAAAAAAAAACUGGAGAGACAUUCUGAAGUCCCAACCAGCCCCCCAAAUGGGGGAGUGUCAUAGUGUCCCCCCCAGUCCCUACCCAUGUGCGGCAGGUGGGGACCAUUAAACGGGGGGUAUUAAACAAAGAGCUACUGUGCACCCCUUAACCCCCCAACCAUGGGCUAAGGGUGGGGGUAUUAAUAACAUAGGUUUUGGUGGAAAUGUCAUUGUCCACUCCCCAAUAGUGUGGGUCAGUACCUCCUCAAGAUAGCUAGGGGUCCACAAGCCCCCAGCCAGCCCCCUCAAUCAUAAUAAUAAUAAUAACAAACUAUGUACCCCUUCGCCUAAUAAUAUUGAGGGAGGGCACAAUAAGUCUAAUAUCUACUUAUCGUCAAGUCUUUUGUGCAGAAUGAGCUUUUAAGAUGGGAAUAGCCUUAAUAAAGGCCUACCCAUGCUUCCAAAAAGCUCAAUUUGAAUUAUCUGAUUGGUUGGCUUGUAAGGCAGCCAGUCAGAGCAACAGUCUAGUUUCACCUCUCGCUCAAGACUGGGAAUAUUCAUUUGAAUUUUGUCCUUGAAAUUGUUUCGGACAAAAUAAUUCAGAUGAUUUGAAACGCCACAUAGAUUAUUAUUUUAUUUUUUUUGACCAAUUAAUUUAGACGAAUCACUUUUUUUUCCUUGUGCAAGUCUAGAAUUUAGUCAUAUAAUAUACUCCCAUGAAUCUGCUUGACAUGAGUUUAGAUUAGUGAAGAGAUGUAAUAAAUAAAAUGAAAUUAAGUGAAAUGUGUGUUUUAAUUUUACAAAUUCCUUGAUGGUCUAUGUUUAAUAGAUCAUAUUCCACCAAAUUAAGGUUACAUGUUUUUACCCCUCUAUCCCACCAAACCACAUACACAUGUAUUCUACAAAACAAUGUCAUUAGUCUCAUCCCUAUGUCAGAAGGCUGUCCACCACCCUGAGGAAAACACUUUAUUGUAGGCGUUUCCAUGGAGUCUGCUGUCCCACCAUUGGGGACUGACUGAAAUAGCUUGGCAGACUCAGUUUUGGGUCCUGACUCAGAGAUUAAGACCCACUGCCCUAGGCUACAUUCUUGUUGACUGACUGUGAAUAUGUAUAGAGCUGUCAAUGAUUAAUAAUCACAACAUUCCACUUUGACAAUGUAUCUACAUAUGCCAGAUUAUCGUGACUCAACAAAUGUCGGUAGACCAUAAGGGUUAACAGAAACAUAUACACUGAUGUUUACCUUUUCACAUUCAACUUAGCACCUAAAUUGGAAAAUAUAGAUUUUUGUUUAAAGAUAAUUAAUUGUACUUUUGUCUCAUUUGCUGUCAUAACUAGUUAUAUUGCUGUGCUAACAGCUUAUACAAAUACACCUGGUUGCCUGUUAUGAGAUGUUUAAGUAAAUAUACAGUAGAAUUAGCAAGCAUUAGAUGUAGAUGUUCUGAAUGUUUCUACAAUUAGUUUCAGUGCUAUGUUGGUCACUAAUUAGUCUGCUGAAUGUUAUAGGAAGCUGGUUGAAGUGUAGGAAGAAUAAGCCUGAGACUUUUUUCUUUGAUUUUUACUAUAUGUAUUGGGGCUGAUGUGUACUAUGGUCAUUGCUGCCGCCCAGGAGUGAUGGGAGUUGGAGCAUCACACAUCUAUGUUACAAUGCUGCUGCCCAUCCCAUGUGUUCCUUAUUAGGGAUUAAUAGGGGAAGAGGUGUACAUAUAAAAAAAAAUAACCCCUUUCUGUCUCAUUAGAGAUAUCUUUGCCAGAAGCUCAAGGAAGCCAGGUGAAAGGUUAGUGUCGGACCCACCUGAGAGCCUUGACGUGGCAGGUGGGCUAAAGGGCUGAAGUUUUUCAUGGCCAUUGGAGAACCUAAAUAACCUCCAUUUAUUUAUAUAUGCAUAGGGAUUUGGGAAGAGUGCAGGUAACUUUCUUUGGUUAUUACUCCAUUAUAGCCUGGAUAGGAAACCGUAGUAUAUUCUAGGUUGGCCUUGUUUUUAAAAGCUGCACUAGGUAAUCCCUUCCAACAACCUGGAAUGACUUUUAACAGCAAAGUAAUGCAAAACAUACUUUUUUCGUCCAAACUCAACUCAUGUACCCCUUUGCUUCAACUCUGGUUUUCAUCCUACAGAGAAAUGAACAUGUAAAACGUAGGACAUUUCUGAAUUGGGAUAGUUGCACAUCUUACUGGAACAGAAGCAAAUCAUUUUUGAAAUUAAUAUACCCUAGUGGCAUUUUCAGGCACACCUUACAUUGCUGUUUUAGUGUUCAGGUGUAUAGUUUGUACUAAUAUAGUAAUAUACCUAUCGGAUACCAGGUAGGGAGCAGAUACUGGCUGACAAGGUCCUGGGAGAGUGACCAUUACCAUUUGUAUGGCAGCUUUUGGGAGGAAGUCAUUUAAAGGACCACUAUAGUGCCAGGAAAACAUACUCGUUUUCCUGGCACUAUAGGGUCUCUAGGUCCCCCCCCCCACCAUUAGGGCCCCUCUCUGAACUGCUAAGUUUACAGCAGAAAGGGUUAAUCCUAGAUGGACCUGGCACCCAGACCACUUCAUUAAGUUGAAGUGGUCUGGGUGCCUAUAGUGGUCCUUUAAUGUGUGAAUAGAGGCCGUAGAAGGUGCAGUGGGACUGCAGUGUGUGCAUAGGGGGAUAAAGGCUGUAGAGAAUGCAUAAGGAUUGGGGGCUGUAGCGGGUGCAUGAGGGGUAAGGGCUGAUAGUGGAUGCAGCGGAGAUAGGGGCAGGGAGGAAUAGUGUCUGUAGUGGGUGCAAGGGAGACAUAAAGGGCUGUAGUGGGUGCACUGAGGGAUUGGGUGCAACCAGAUAGGGGUACAGGAUGCAAAGAGAAAUAUAGGUUGUUUUUGGUGCAGGAAUGGAUAAGGGUUGUUGGUGCAGGGAAGAUAGUGGUACAGGGGUCAUAGGGUCUAUAGUGGGUGCAGUGGGAUAUAGGGGCUAUAGUGGGUGCAGGGGAGGGAUUGGGUGCUAAAGUGGGUGUAGGGGACAUAGGGGUGCAGGGUGGACAUAAGGGCUGUAGAGGUGCUUGGUGGGUUCAGGUUGGGGAUAGGAGUCCCAUCUAACUCGUACUGCCUGUGCCUCUGCCCAUCCCAUGUCGCUACACCUCCCAUUUUCCUUUUUUAAAUUUUUUUUUAUAUUCUUUAUUUUUGUUGUGCAUAUAGAUACAACAGUGCUUGAAUUGCCACAACAGCAGUCUCAAGCGCAAACUUUAAAGUAUAAUAUAACAUGAGUAUGGCUCGGGUAUACUUUGCACAUUUUAGUAAGUUAAGGAUGUAGAUACUUAUCAGUGUGGCAUGAGUGAGUGUGUAUUGGGUGUAUGUCCGUAAGGAGACAAUUUUAAACAUUAGAGUGUGCUGCGUGUUCCGUUGGAUGGUGAGGCAUUAUAGUUGAAAAACUAGGAUGUUGUGUGCCAUUUUACUUUUUAAAAUAGGAACAUACCUGGUGUGUGCUGUCUACCCGGCUGCUCCAAAACUGCACUCUGCAAGAGAGGAGAGCUCCUCACACAGAGCACCGCACAGGAAAUCAUGGAGACCUGGCACAGAGAGAGCAGAAUCUCUGCCAUGUCUCACUGAGAAGGCAAGGGGAGGAUGUCCCUUACAGCGAGAGGUUGCAGAUCGCUAAUCUCUCCAGCCACAACAUGGCUGUUCAGCUGGUCAGUCCGCCCCUGCUCACGUCUUUUCAAUCUCCCCCAAGGCUGUUUUGUACCUAUCUGGCCUUCUGUGGCAUGCAGAUCCCCCUGCCCAGUCUCUUUGGAGGAGUUCCUGCCCCCUUCACGUCCACAGCAUUUUAGGCAUUGCCAUGAAAAGACCAGGCAGAUGGCUGUACAUUACUUCCUGGUGAUGCUCCCUGAUGGCACCUCCCUCUAGGGAGCACCCCUGUCCUCUAAAAGGAUGAACAUCCACUCUCCUGUAUGUACCCCAUGCCCAUGUAACAUUAACAUGUGUUUAGAAAAACAUUGUGGAUAUUGCAACCCUUCCCUCUGUUUAAGCUGCAUUGGAUUAUAGCUUAUAAUAUUUUGCAUAUUGAUUGGGUGUGUUGAAUAAAAUCAGAUAUGCAAGGAUUUAAAACGUGAUAAAAAAAAACUUUUAAAUUCCUCAAAGUAAGAAUAAAAGGGAAUAUAAAAUGGUCUCGCUAUACUUUUUUUUUUUUUUUAUUGGCCAACAUCUGGCUAUGUAAUUGAACAUAACCACUUCAACCACUGCAGACACAAACCACAUGGCUCUGGCAUCCUGUACCAAUUAUCUCCAGACAUUGCUAAUUGGAUAAGUGUAUGCAGUGAUAUUCCCCACAAUGCAUUUUAUGAUUCCUUAAAGUUAAGUAAUAUGGAGAGCUUUAAAAUUAGAUUUUUCUGCAAAAAAAAACUGUCUCAGGGACGAGGUAUUUAUUGAUUUCUCUUUAAAUCUAGUCCACCUAUUGUUUUCGAAGGGAGAAAAUACCUUAUACUAUUACAUUGCCCAACAUGAAUAAUGGGACUUUUUUUCUGCAAACCUAUCGUAACAAUGGACUGUCUACUACUUGAUUGCAAAGUAGCUUCAAUUCUAUUUUUCCAUAAAUAAAGUUUCUAUAUGUACAAUCGAGCAUUCGUGAAGCUAGUGUACAAGCUCUCAAUGAAAGCUCUGUAUAGGUUACUUAGGACAUGUCAUAGGGAAAUGUAACCUUCCUCAUUUCCAUAUGAGAGAGUGCAGGAGACAGCGACAGAAACAUUUGAAAAUCAUUGCAGAUAUAACAAAUGUGGUGAUAUAAAAUUAAGGGCUACUUGUGUUAGUGACAGCUGUUAAACAGUAGCGACAGAAUUCGAAACCAGUCGCUACGUUUCAGAGACUGGGAACCUUUAGUGGCUACUUAGCUUAGUGAUAGUAGCCUGUCCCUACUGGUAAAAUCUUGCAGUCAGUAAACUGCCAUACGCUAACAGAAGUGACAGACACUUUAGUGAGUAGUAGCUGGCCUAAAAAAUAAUAUUGAAAAUGAUGCCUGUGUUGGGCUGUGUGGAUUCAGUAUAUGAAGGUUUAAUUACAAAAUUUGCAAAGUCCCCCAUUGGUGACAUCUCACUGCCACGGCCACCUUCCUCUGGCAGGACCUCUUCAACUCUGGCGCUUUGGCACCAAGAACCAACAUCACUGCUGUACUCUCAUGCAUGCGUGAGAGUACAGCAUUAAGGUCUAUACAGGAUCCCGCGAGACUGCGGGAUCCUUCAUACACAGAGCCAAUUCCCUGCAGAUUUGAACCCCGUCAGCCCAGCGGGAGUGGGACCCUGAUGGUAGGGAGGGGACCUAAAGCCCCUAUAGUACCCGGAAAACUAGUUUGUUUUCCUGACACUAUAGUGGUCCUUUAAGGCCAGAGUAGCAAAGCUAAAAGUAUAGCUGACUUAAAGGAUUUUCAAGCUCAGCUAUUUUUACCUUAAACUUGAAAUUCACUUGCAAUUCUCACUUUAGUGAAUAAACUAAUGAUUCCUAACUUGGGAAUUAAUGUUCCUCAGCAACAAGGACAUGAUGAGGUCAGUUCAAAACUAGUUUCAUAUCUAACCUGAGCAUCUCUACCUAAUAGUGCAUCAAGGGUUAUUGUAGUUGAGUUUUUUUGGUCAAGUUUCAGUGAAAUCCGUGGGUAGAAAACUUGGGGGAUGCACAGUGCAUCAAACCAAAUUGUUAAAUUCUCGAUUGCCCAAUCAAUUCCUCUUCUCUUCCUCUGUCAGGAUCUGAUUUCUUCCUGUCUGCUCUAGUUUUCUUUAAAACAUAAGACAAAGUAGGGACUGACAGGUAAGUAUCUAAAUUUACCUGUCACAUUACACUCUGAUUGGUUGGCUUGAAAUCCAACCAUGGAUCACGGAUCAAAGGUGAGAAUUGUGGGAAAAUUGCUUUGAUCACCGGAAACAAAGCACACUUUGUUCCCUCGCUGGUCAGGCAUAGGAGACCUCCAUAAGACAAAGUAGUCCCUACUUUGUCUUAUGUUUUAAAGACAACUAGAGCAGAUCCUGACAGAGGGAGAGAAGAGGAAUGGAUUGCGGAAAGGUAAGUUCGGCAUGACAGUGCCGCUUUAAAUAGUCUGACCAGAUUUUUUUGCUUGGUGCAAUUGGUUUACACUUGACCUUGGAAUUUCUGGUGCAUACAUUUGUACUAAACCUCUGAAUUUAUUAAUAAACAUGUCUCUCUGAGAAAAACAGACAUACUUUUAUUCUUAUUAAAUAAUUGUCAAUAUUUCAAAUAGAUCACAAAACACAAUUACAAGAAAAACAGAAAAAAGUAAUAGAGAUGGUUCCCUUCACAUUCUAACAGAUUAUUAUCUAUUUAUCAGGAAUAAAGGUGUUCCCUUUAUUUUGCCUCCCAAGUUCCAUGGACGAGAUUGGGUUGAUUUACAGAAUGGAGAGCGAAUUCAGGCGGACAGUGAACCCUAUAUUGCCCCUGGUAUCCUUCCUCGGUCAUCAUUCUGUUCAAUGGGUACAGUUUGGAACAUUCUAUUUUUCAAUAUGUAGCAUCACAUCAAUCUGAAAAGUGUUGCUGAUCCAAUAAAUUAUAGCACAGGUUACAUAUUUUAUAAAGUUGUUAUUCAUGAUAAGAAAGUUCACAGCUUUGUGCAAUCAAUUAAUUAAUCCUCCAAAAAAGUGAGUUGUUUUUUUGUUUUGUUUUUAAAUGGCUCCAAUGUUAUCAUGUAAUGGACCAUCUGUUCAAUUCUGGACAUUUAACUAAGCUGAAUUUUAUUUUAAAUAAAUACCAUGACAUUAAAGCAAAACCUAUUGUGAAUCACCAGUUGCACAGAAUUGAUCUAAAGUACCCCAAGAUAACUUUGGAACCCCCAGAUUUUUGUAACUCUAUUUUCCAUUAUACCCAACUAGUCGGCCAUAGUUUUUAUCUUGUGUAUUUCACAAACAUCUGCAAUGUCAGUUACCCGUCACUAAUCUGGGGAGUUAUAGUUUAAAAGGUGUGAUAGCAAUAAGGCAAGCAAAUAAUAUGCACUUGGUCAGACCUCAACGAAUCCCCUUCAUCACAGACAGAACAAAGAUCCUGAGAAAAAGAGUCCAAAUAGACUUCCAUUAAACAUGUUUUAGCUCCUAAUAACUUUAACAAUGAGGUAAGAGUAUCUAUAGUGUUUCAUAAGCUUGCUGCCAAGUUCACUUACAUGAGAAUCUUGAUUUUAUAAUUAUUUUUUUUAUUUUUUUAAUCUGUUUAAAAUUAAUAAAAACACAUUGUAAUUUCUCUAUUAAAAAAAAAAAAGAGAGGGAGAGAGACAAAAAUACCAAUAAUUUAUUUUCAUGACAACGGUAAAAAUCACAAUAAUCUAACUAUACAUUUAUUUUGGUUUUAAGGGGGAGCAUAUGUUUUGGGCUCCAUCAAUCCUGAUUUGUACAAAUAUCCAGAUGAUAAUGAAGAGACCGAUUUCCCCAAGGGUAACAUUGGCCGUAUUUGGUUUGCAGUGGAGUAUGAACAUGAGACGGAGAGACUUGUGGUCUCCCUGAUUAAAGUGAGGAACCUCCAGCUCAACUCUGAUUCAUGCAACCCCUUUGUCAAGAUCCAUCUCCUUCCAGAUGAACGGCGCUAUCUACAGUCUAAAGCAAAGCGCAAAACCGUUAACCCACACUUUGAUGAAAACUUUGUGUUCCAGGUACGAUUAUUAACAUGCUAACUUCUAAAUUUGCUUUAUGAUUAAUAAAGUAUUUAUUGCUUAGAAAUAGAAUAUCAAGUUAAACUGGUUCAACAUUUUUAUAUUUCAGAUGUAAGCAAUCCACCCUUCAACUAUCAAUAAUACAUUUUCUAAUAUCAGGGAUUUCCUUUACCCUUAAUUUCUCUGCUUUGUGUACAACAAGAAUAAGCCACUACUUGUUACUAAUCUAUGUAGAGAAUGAUAGGUGAGGGAAGAGACCAUGUCAUGAGGCAAUCCUCACUGGAUAGAUCCCAACAUAUAGGCUUAUGAAUACAAAUGUGUAUAUAUAUAUAUAUGUAUAUGUAAUGACAAUGAUUAAUUGUCCUUGUCGUGACUGGACUUGAUGCAAAAUGACUAUGAAAGAUAAAGAAUUGUAGUCAGAGGAAAAAUAAGGUCCAAGUUCAAAUGAACUUUUUGAUAAUUCUAGUCAAGACAGGUACAACCAUGAUUUGGAUAUCUGUAGAACGAGCUGUGUUAAUUAUGACACAACAGAGCAUCAAGGAAUUGUUAAAGGGCUUGGAUACCACAACAGGGCGCUGCUGAUAAUAAAACUGUGUGGUGGGUCAAGUGAACAUCUCCAAACAGAGAUGGUGCUCAGGUGCAUACAAGCUGGUCUAUUCUGUGAUAUUUGACACAAGUGUUGGGUAAGACUGAGCAUACUUGUGUGUGAGUCACAGCAUCCCUGCUGCUGGCUGAGAUAUAAGUACCCUGGUAAUGAGCUAUUGUAACUGACAUUGUAAUGAUAAUAAACAUAUCAAAACUACUAGCCAGGCUGUUACUUGCCACUGCACUCCUGCGGGGUUCAUGGCACUCUUACCAGGGGUGAAUUUCUAUUCCACUAGGGUUAAAUUUUGACUUGUCAAGUGGCGAGUGGAGAUUUUGUACUCUGGCAUUGUCAAGGUACUUUGUGUUUAUCAUAGGGAAGCACAGCGUGGGUGACCCCUGCAGGUAGUUGGUGACCUUCCCCAUGGUCCUUCUCCUCUCUCCAGUGGUCCAAACACCACCUGAUGUGACCCCGCCCCCUCUUAUGAUGCUGUUGAUUAUGUCGCAACCCAUCAAAAUCUGCAAAUUCAAAAUUUUGUGGGCGUGGCUAUAGCGUUAAAGUGACAGACUAUAAAUAGUUUUGUUGUGGUUCUAAUUUGGUUCUCAAUAGCGCAUUUUCCUCUCAUUGUAUUUAUGGCUUUAAUCUUGGCCAUAACUGACCAUUUUUCUAUCUAUACUCCUCGACUCGGCUAUUGUACCUCACUUUUCCUGAUUUAUGGCUUUCCUGACUCUGGCUUGUCCUUGCCUAUUCUCUAUCUUUUAACAGAUUAACCCCGGUCACGCUAAGGUUUUAUUCUUGGUUAUUCAUUUCAUACUGCGUUUUGGGUGUCUCAGUAUUCCUGACAGGUAUAGACCAAUCUUCAUUGCUAACAAUGCAAUCACAUAGUGCAAUACUCUUUGCUGUGUUAUGUGUUUACUGCAGGCUCUGACACAGUCCCAGGCCACAUCACUCUUCAGGAAGAAAGUAUUUCUAGUUAACACUGUCAGAUGAUUGAUACCAACAUUACAUAUCUAAAACAAAAACCGCAUUCAAACUUAUUUUAUAUAUAAAAUAAAUAUAAUAAAGUAUAAACACACAAGAGAGGGAGCUUAUACAAUCAGAAUACGUGGUAAUUGGAAUAAAUAGGACAGAAAUGAUUAACCCUUUUCUGGGGCGGCUUAUCUAUUUUCAGUUCUGGAUUAUUUUGAUAGAUGGUAAACCAAAACAGAGAAGAUUCAGGAUAUGGCUGUGUAAAUCUACAGAAAAAACAUAAAACAAAACAUAGUGUAAUAUUGUUAUAAAACGCAGUAUUCUGUGCGCAGCAAUCUUUUUCACUCACAAGAUAUAGAUGGUAUAAGCGCUCUUAGGGUGCCUCCCCCGAUGUAAUGGGGGGCUAGCUGGUACUUAUCACCUCUGGAUUAUUUUGAUAGAUGUCUGAGAGGGACAGAAAAUAAUAGUGGGUUAUAUGAGUGUGACAGCCAGUUGAGCUGGAUAGCGGUGGGUGAGAGAAAUAUGGCCAGAGAUGGACAGGAGAGUGUCACAAUAAAUCUGGCAUUUUGUUCCCUUGCUCCACAUUUCGACACGACACAUCAAGUCUGACGCCGUAUGCUUCUCUCACACAGCCUGUAUGGGUUGAUACUAUGCACCAGUUUUACCGUGUCCCCUGUGAACCCUUGCUCAUGUAUAGUUUGCGCACACAGCAAGAACACAGGCCAAUGGUUGCUAGGGAAACACUAGUAGGGUUAUUCAUUAAUGUGAGAAUUCAAAGUUAAGACCAAAAUUUUCAGCUAUGUUUCCAUUUUGCCUACGUUGGCCUCAUAUUUGAUAUUCACUUUGAAUUCUCCCUAUAGUAAAUAGCCUUGCAAUAUUCUCCCAUAACCUUUUAGUAAUUGUCCUUUCCUAAUUCCUGCUGCCCAAAAAUUGACAGUGGAUUUUUUGAUCCUUGGUUCUCAAUCCAGUUAGUUUAUCAUUUAUCCCGAUUUGUUGUUCUCCUGAACUGGGUUCAAUUUCGGAUUUUCUAUAUUUCUGUGUUCCUUCACUUUUGCUUGUUAUUCCACCUUUGCUAACCUGUUUGUUGAUAUCUUUUUUUUUUUUUAUGGUAAUCCCAGCCACAUGCAAGGACUGGUAAUAUGCUAAAAUCAUGCUUAUUUACUGUUAGUACCAAGAAAGUUGUGAAAGCCUAAAAUGGUUUUAAACUAUAUUUUCAUUGUGUUCAAUUAGCUGUUUGCAUUGUGUAACAUUUAAUUUAAAGCUAUUUACAAUGUCCAAAUCUUGUUGAAGAGAGAUUUGGGGAGGUUACUAGUGGACUCUAGACUCCAUGACAGUUGUCCGCAAUCAAAAGUCAAUAUGUUACAAAUGUAAAGGCAUAAUUUCUUAUAACUGUAUAAAACAUUACUUACACUUUACUUUAAUAUGGAUCCCUAUUUUGGUCCUAAUUUGUAAAAAUAAAAAUAGAAUGGACUAUACUAGAGUGAAUGACAAUGAAUUUAUUAAAGGAAGACGCCAAGCACCAUAACCACUUCACUAUCACGAAAGCCAAUGGAAGUUCCUGCUUAGGAAUUUUCAGCACUCCAGCAUUAGUGGUCAAGCUGGGACAGCUAGUGGACCCCAGGUUAUGGUAAAUGGUUUAACUCAGUCCUGCACAACCUGCAGCCCCCUAGAUUUGAACUACAAUGCCCAUGAUUAUUUGAAUGAAGCAGCCAGGGAAUCAUGGGAGUUGUAGUUCAAAACAUCUGGGGUCCCACAAAUUUUUCAAGCCUGGAUUAACUACUUACAACGGGGGCGGGAGCCAGGGAAAUUCUGGAACCAUAACCACUACAGCAAGCAUAGUAGUUAUUGUGUGUGGAGUGUACAUUUAAUAAAAAAGAGUGAAGGAUUUUCGUUAUGAAAUUCUAUAAAAAUUGUGGUUGUUUACUCUUUAAAAGUACAUUACUGUGUACAAAUGUAUAUAUUAAAACUGCCUCGACCUGUUUAAUUUUCAUGUAUUGCUAGGUGUGUUAAGGAAUACUAAAUGCAUUCAUCUAGGUAUAGCUAUUAGUUUCAUAAAAUAUCAGUAUAUAGCCAGGGGCUGAAAAGGGAUGAAGUGACAUCUAUUGUGAUUCAAAAAACACACUAAUAUGACACUUUGUAGAAGUUUGAAGAAGAAACAAAAGGAGCAUUGAACUAGAACGUGGAGGAAAGGCUUCUAGCUUUUAGAAAAUAGCAGGAAAUACAUUUUAUAGAAUAUUGUAAGCUUCAUGGAAUAGCCUUCCAGUAGAGGUGGUAGUGACCAAACCAGUUGAUGAUCUUCGGUGAAAUUACAUAUUGUGUUUAUGGAGAUUCCAAAUCAGGAAUAAAGUGUUUUUUGUUGAAAAUAGACAGACGUGAUAGGCCCUUGAAACCCCACAUGCCCUAAACACACCUUUUCCCUAACUCUAAAUCUAACCCCUCUCGAAACACAAACAAACUCUUUCCUUAUUCCCAAAUGAAAGCACUCAAAGCCUAAAGCUGAAAAAUCUCUUUAUCUUAAAAACUAAACACCCCAUUUAUCCCAAAACUAAAUUUAACCCCACUCUAACCCUAAACCCAGUAAUCCUAAACAACCCUUAAACCACAACUAAAACCCUUCUCAAGCUUUUAAUCCUUACCACUAAAUGCCCUAUGUAAUCUAAAUCUGAAAUGUAAUCCUUCUAACUUUUUACACUAACCACUUCUAACAUUAUCUUUGACCCUGCAUGUAUUUACACAGCUGCAAAAACUCACUAUACUCACAGAUUCAAACACAAUACAUUACAAGUAGAAAUAUGCAAAUACUUAUGUAUGCAAUUGGCAAAUAUAAAUUCCAAACAAUACCAGUACUCUGGGAUUUCCAAAAAUGUCUUCUUUAUUCAAGCAAACCACGUCAACGUUUCAGCUCCUCAACAGAGCUUUCAUCAGGACAUACAAAGCAUACAACACAGUAAGGGGCUCUAUAGCAUAAGGGUACUCACCAAAUCAGCUGUUCCCUGUUCUGUCAAUUGAUCGGCGUGCGUUGGACGCCACUGCACGUGCAUGAAAUCCCAGGGUUCACACCCAUGUUUACGUUCUGGAGCUUGAUAAAGACCUUAUAGGUCGAAAUGUUGCGGUGUGACAUUGGGUUUGAAUAAAUUGCCUCCUUAAACCUUGGAGUGCCUAAACCUCUCUUUUUAUUUUUUUGCAUAUGAUAUCUGGGACUUGGUGCUGGGUUAAGGUUUAGUUGCACCAUGGCUUAGAGUGAUUGGAUUGAGUGCAGUUCCUAAUUUAUUUUUGGUACGGUCUGGAUCAGGACCAAUCGAAGCUUUGCGGCUACGUCAUGUUGCCAGGGAAACAAUUGACACAUAGCGGCCAUUGGUUCCUCCUGCAUGUACAGAUGCUGUCGGGAAAUUCACUUCUCUAAGCCAAGACAGACCUGGGCUUGACGUGGGCUUUGGUGUGUACAUAUAUAUAUAUAUAUAUAUAUAUAUAUAUAUAUAAUAAAUCAGUAGCUUGGCACUCUCCUUCAUGGACUUCCUUGUAUCCGCCUGGGUGCAGAUGGUGUGCGUAUAUAUACUGUUUUUGUGCCUGUAAUGUUCACUAAAUGUAUUAAAGGAGAGCACAGUGAGUGCUUUUCCAUGAAUCAAUGCUUUUCUAAUGAGAUGUUGAAGACGCUGGACAUCCUCAUGCCAGACAUGAAGACAUCCAGCGUUGUUUCGCUGUAAAAAGCACCGCUAGAGCCUGUCUGGAAGACAUACACUAGAGGUUGUCUUAACCCUGCAUGUAAACAUUACAGUUUCCCUGAAACUACACUGUUUUACAUUGACCGGUUAGGACGACAGGGGCACUGCAUGCAGAUCACUUCAAUAAGAUGAAGUGGUCUGGGUGCCUAUAGAGUCCCUUUAAACUUACGUUAGCUGCAGGGAGCACCUUAGAAUUCUGUGCCCACAAGACACCUGAUAUGUAAAUACAUAUAUGAGCAAAUCACAUAAUAGAGAACCAGUAAUCCUGAAAUACUUUAUUUUACCAAACAAGUAUUGGGCUACACAGACCUUUUCAGUGUAAAAGUCCAAUUCCACUAUUGAAAUGCAGGGAAGAAAUUUGUACAGUAUGGCAGACUGAAUAAAAUGUAACAGAGAUAAGCAUAUGCAGUUAACGCAAAACAGAUCACAAGGGAAUUACAAGGUUAUGUAUUCAAAAGAAUCAUUUACAUACCGAAUAUUUCAAUAUUAGCAUUGCUCCAGAUAUGCAGUACUGUUUGUAGAGGCAGAGGUUUUAGUCUAGUGGAGACUGUAUGAUUUCUGAAAGGACAUCAAACAGUAGUAGGGGUCUACAAGAGAAGCCUGAUUGUCCCACUUACUUUUUGAAAUAUGGAUGAGUAAUAAAUGGAGGGGGGAGGGGGCUAACGAGUUCCUCACUAACGAGUAUAUAAUGAUCCGAGACAAUUAUGGUACUUGGGGUGUCCUUUUAACAUAUCAUAAAGAUUAGUAUUUGUUAUCCAUUGCCUGACAUAUCAGGAUCUUUAUUUAUACUCAAGAAGGAUUUGUGUGCAGAUGAUAAUCUCACAUCAACUUUUGCAACAAAUACUUGAACUAGUCAUUAAAAAUGUAAUUUCCUUAGAAAGCGACUUAAACCUGGUGUGUUUCUCAUCAGAAAGCCAAUUUUAAGAUAAAUUCCAAUAUGAAGUCUUACUGAGAGAUCUUGGGCUAGCAACAUACCAUAUAUGUUCAGGAAUUUUAUGACUGAUUGAGAUUGUUCAGUAAUUUGUGCAGUUCUCAGACAGCAGUUUUUGGCAUUACAGAUUAAAAAAAAAAAAUUUAAAAAAAAAUUAUAUAUUUAUAUUUGAGACUACUACAAUUUAUGUAGUGCCAAUAUAGAAAUACAAUAGGUAACAAAGAUAAACAUUUAAUUUUAACAAAUCAUGAUUGACAUUGUGGAGUAGUAGGUGAAGAGGGCCCCUCCCAAACGAGGAAUAAGUGCACAAAGGGAGUUUGUUAUCUGUAUUUACCUGAAGGACGGGGGAUGGGGCGAGUGGGGUGUUUGUCAUCUCCAACCUACUGUGCUCCCUCUUUUCAGAGGAAGGUUAUAAAGGAUGAGGCAUUAAGGGAAGCACUGAUAGACUUUUCUACAGAAGUAUGGUUUUGUUUUGUUUUUUAAGGAUUUUUUUUUUUGAAGGACUGCAGAAAUUGGGACAGUUUAAUAUGGCGCAGGAGGACAUUCCAUAAGGGGGAGAUGUCCUGCAGGCAUGAAGGCAGGGUGCGGGCAUGAGAAGGGAACAAUAGCAGGUUGAGUGAAGAGGCCUAGCUGGAGCAUAUCUGCUAGUGCAGCGGUUCCCAAACUGUGUGCAACACUGAGAAUAUCAUGCUGUGCCUCACUCUCCCCUGCCGUCUCUGCAGGACCGCAGGAUCAGAGAUCUCCCUCACCGGCCCGCUAGCACUGUAAUGCUGCAGCCGGCAGAGGAAGGAGAGAGUAUCCGGGGGAGCUCUAACCGGUAGCUCCGCCGGGUUCUCCUCUUGUGAGCGCGGAGUGUUGCCGCGGUUACCUCAGAAGCUGCUAGAGUUCACUCUCACCACUGGGAUCCACCAGGGCUUCUCCACCGGACCACCAGGGAUUGCCUUGUACUGUCCCACCUCCCAGACAAAGGUAAGAAGGGUGGGGGGGAUAUGAAAAUUACUAUAUUUUUUUUAAUUAAAAAAAGUUUAUAUUUAUCAAUAUCCCCUCCUACCCCCACAGACCCACAAUAACUCCCCCCCCUCACACACACACACACACACACACAUACACACACUGCCCCUAUACACACACACACGGUACCCAUCACACAUACACACACACACUUCCCUCCAUGAACACACACUGUACCCCUCACACACACACACACUGCCCCCUCACUCACACAUUGUACCCAUCACACAUACACACACACACACACACACACACAUUGUACUCCUAUACGCACAUUGCCCCCCAUAUGCACAUAAAUAAGUUAUAAAAUAGUAAUUUAAAUUAGUAGUAAAAUAGUAAUAUUAUGCUUUGAUUUUUUUUUUUAUAUAUAAUUGGCUGAUAUACUAUAAAAAAAAUCUAGUAUGUAUAGCAUUUUAGUUGUACUCUAGUUUCCUUUAUGCAGUACACACAAUCAGAGUGGCAGAGAGGUUUAUUUACAAACGUGACAAUUCAAAGUGUUUGGCUUUGUUGACCUUAAAUUUUAAAUUCACUUUGAAUUCUCACGUUAGUAGGUAAGCAUGAAAAAAGUGGAUUUAAUGUUUUGAGCUGUACAGGCAAAUGGCUAUUAAGUAACAGGCUAUAUAUAUUUAUUUAAUUUUUUUUCUUCACAAUCCGCAGUGAAGUGAAAUGUUGUUUUGGAAUGGAUUUAAUUAAUUUGUACUAGCACAAAGACUCAUAGUAGCCCAAUAAUAAGAAGAGACUUCUGUGCACAGCUUCUUCCAUUGGUACCCUCUUUUCAUUUGUCUGUGAUCAAAGGGAAAUGGAAGUUCCUGAACAGAAAAGGUUGGCACAAAGUAUAGCAGCAUGAUUAAGAUUGGGGGAACCUCUGAUGUACACAAAGGGUGUUUUUUGAGUCCUCUCCAGAGACCACAAGCACCACUACCAAUGCCGCUACUACCAAUAGCAAUGGCUCUACAGUUCCCACUACCUCUGGUUCUGCCGUGAUUCCUCCUAUGUUUUAUUGUAAUAGCAAAGUUGCUGCUGUCAUUGAACAUGCUACCUCCUAGUCCUCACAGGCACCCUAAAAAGGAACUAAGGGAGGGGAGGUAGAACUGCAGAGUCUUUCAAAGUAGUUUUUAGUUUGUGUCUGCCAGAAACUGCUCCGGUAAUCAAUGCAAGUGCUUCAUAAGUCUUGCCAUUGUCUGCUCUUGCAGAAGGUGAUACCAGUCUCACCCCCAGCACUGCAGGAAUUGCGUUUAGUCUGGUUUAUAAAGAGCUUCACUGUGAACCAGAGGAGGAGCAGAUAGUAGAAUAGAGUCAGUAGAUGCCCUAGAGCAGUCCACUUUGUUCUCCACCAGCUAGUGUACACUCUUCCCCUGCCUCUCUAUCUUUUCCUCUACCACCUGCUACAACUGGUAAUGUACCGCCUUAUACUGUGGAGACUGGUAGAACGUCCAAAUCCAGAUCUACUGCCAGGUUUACUACUCCAGCACUGGCACAGUUGCCAUCACCAGGGCAACUGUCCAAAUCACUAGCACCACCACUAUUACUAGCAGCAGCAAUCCAAGUAUUCUAGUUAGUACCAGUGCAGAGUCUUGGUCAUGUCAACUCGUGGGAGUGCUGCUAAUGCUAAUCCACUUGUAGGGGAACAUUGUAGCAAAGUUUGGACCACUUUAAAAGCUUUGGAGGUGGGUGGCUUUAGAAAGACCCCAGUGAGGGCUGAAAUUAUGCAUUUUUUUUGUUUGUUUCAAACAAUAAAAUGUAGUGCUGACUAUCUGGAUAGGAGAUGUACUGGACCAGUGCCAUCUUAACAACAUUAUGGGCCCCCCGGGCAAAGCAGUGCACUGGAGCCCAGCCUACACAACCACUCACAGGAAUAAAAAUGUAUAUAGUCGAUCAAAUUAAGCUUGUAUUUAUUGGUACCUCUAACAAAUACAUUCAUACAAUACAAAGACACGGACUGCUGAAUACACACACACGGACUGCUGAAUACACACACACGGACUGCUGAAUACACACACACGGACUGCUGAAUACACACACACGGACUGCUGAAUACACACACACGGACUGCUGAAUAUACACACACGGACUGCUGAAUACAUACAGGCUGCUGAAUACACACACGGACUGCAGAAUACACACAGGCUGAUGUAUACACACACACACAGACUGCUAAAAGCAUAAACAGACUGCUUAAUACCCACACACAGACUGCUGAAUACAUGCAGACGGCUGAAUGCAUACACAUAGAGUGCUGAAUACAUGCAUGCAGACUGUUGAAUACAUGUACACAGACCGCUGAAUACAUACACAGACUGCUGAACACACACAAAGACUGCUAAACACACACAGACAGACAGCAGUGAGGGUGCUGUGUGUGUGUGUGUGAGAAGGGUACUGUGUGUGUGAGAAGGGUGCUGUGUGUGUGUGUGUGAGAAGGGUGCUGUGUGUGUGUGUGUGAGAGGAGUGCUGUGUGUGUGUGUGUGAGGGGUGUUGUGUGUGUGUGUGUGUGUGUGUGUGUGAAGGAUGGUGUGUGUGGGGGGGGGAAGGGGCAUAGGAAAAAUAGAUUUUUUGUUUGUUUGUUUUUAUUUAAAAUUAGAAGAAGAAAACCAACCUUCAUGUCCCCCCUUUAAUGCCCCCACCCUUCUUACCAUAGUGGGAGGGGGGGGGGACACUGCCAAACCCUGGUGGUCCGGUGGUGAGUAAUGAUCUAAAGCCUACAGCUCCUCUGGCUGCAGGCUAUCGUCACUCCUCCUGCGAGCAGAAUGCUGUGUCAGAGUGUUGCCACUGCAACGUGCGGCAACGCUUAGACCAGCAUGCUCGCGGGAGUAUAUGCCUCCCAGGUCCUCUUUACCUCCCACUCUCCCUCUCUCUAACAAAGGACCUUUUGGCCGGUGAGGGAGAUCUCAAAAAAAGUAAACAUGGCUGACUCUCUGUGGGCUGGCAGGGGAUCGGUCCGGUACAUGGGCAACGCAGUGGGGCCCCUAUGUUUGUGAGGCCCCCGGGCAAGUGCCCAGCAUGCCCAUGUAGAGAGAUGUCCCUGUGCUGGACCUUCUUUUGAUACCUGCAAGUUUGUGUUGGUUUGUGUUGGUUUGUAAAAAAAACAGGGUCACAGUUGCACACUCAACUGCUGAGAUAAUCUCUAUGAAUUAUUAGUGUGUGCUGGCUAUUUAUCUUUAUUCUUUAAACUGCUGCAGCAUCAUAAACAGCAGGCCAAAGGGAAGAGGCCAAUAUGUUGUUUCAAAGCAAAAUUUGUGACUGUGACGGAACGCUUGCACUCCGACCGAGUACCUCGCCAAUCGAUGCUCCUAGUGCUUGCUGAGGACUCCAAGCACUCCAACCGACACAAUCAGCACUGCAGACCCCACUUCCAGUGAUGCAACUGCGCCGGGGGCUCACCAACCUUCACCCACCCUGCACCCAAAGCCAGGAUCCAGCUUCCAGUGGGCAGACCUCUCUUCCUCCAGAGAGCGUAGCAGGAACAAGAACAGCUCUUACAAAAGCUUACCCUGGGGAGUAUAGUGUGAUUAUAGCAAUCCAGAGUGUAGUUAUCCCAUCCACCAAGCAUGAGCCAAGGCUUCAAGAAAGGGUCAAGCAGGUCUGUUUAAUGAGCACCAAAGGACUUUCUUUUAUACAAGAUUUUCCACGAGGUCUUGUGGAACAGCCAAUCAAACACAUUACAAUACAGUCAGACACUCCCAGCCAAGGCACAGAACUCCCAACCCCCUCCCCCCCAGCCUGUGAUACAAUUACUAAACACAAUGGGCUAACUUAAUUAUCACAGGCAGAGAAAUUUACAGUUUUACACAAUAUUCAUAACUUCCAAACCAUACAUGCAAUUCACAUAAAAGUCAGAUAUUCUGAACCAGCAUAAACAGUAUACAAACAUAUGUCAAAAUCAUACAAUUUGGUCCAGUGGUUAAAAAGUUAGAUGGAAGUCUUAUUUGACCGACUGCAAGCAUGGCUUUCCUGCCCAAAACAGUUUCACAGAUUUAGGCUGUGCAGCCGGUCUAUCUUCUCCUCUAUCCUGGAGAUAAUUGGCUUAAGUGGGUGUGGUAAGCCAAUUAUCUCCAGGUACAGAAAAUAUCUCCAUUUACAACAACAGUAAAAAUACCUAAAAAUACAUAAUUCCUAUUAAACUGAACAGAACGCCCACAUUCAACCUAUCCCCAGGUAGCUUGGAUCUGAGCGCUCAAUAUAUCCAAACAGCGCUCAGAUGCCACGAACAGAAUAAAAUCGCCAUGUGGUUAAAGUUUAGCAAGAGCUGAUGAGAGAUUGAGGAGGGACAAAGCAGCCAGUUUAAACUGGCCUGUCAGUGUCCCUGGGACAACGCCCUGCUGGAGACACAAUAGACAGGAAAACUUGGGAGGGGAAGAGGCACAUUUUCUCAUGGAAUUAAAGGGGUAGAAAAAGUGUGUUACAAUCCAAUAUGCCCAAAUAAUGUUUUUAAAGGGCCAUACACCCCAGGGCCAUAGUCAUAAGGCAGGAGGCUUGCAAUCAGGCUCCUCCAAAAGCCUGGGGCAAAGGGCAGUUUGUUGCAUAAAAAGCCAGUGACAAAGGGCAGUUUAUCACAGUGACCUCUUUGAAAGCGAUUGAGAUGGGCACUUUGCAAACUGUGUAGAAAGGAAGUAGGCAGGCCGGAGACUGUUAAGUCAUUUUACCAAUUCUGGGAUUCACCAGCAACUCAGCAGCCGUCACAAACCUGUUUUAAUGAGGGUAGAGGCAGAAAGUAGUAUGUUAGGCAGCAGAGCUACCACUGUCUCUGUAGAUUUAUUUACAGCUAGCUCCAGCACUAGUACCAAUGUUAGACAGGACAGGGGAUGAGUUGAUGAACUGUAUCUCAGCAACCUAAUGAGAAUAUCUCAGGAAGCUAAAAGUGUUGGACAGUGUUAAUUAAGUAGGAGGUGCAACUGCUACAAGUAGUAACCCUAGAAGUAGGGGAAACAUGCACUUUCCAUAGGCUAGCUUAUUUACCUGCUCUUAAUUAACCUGCCCCCAGUAUCCCUGUUACACAUCCUAGUGCAACACUAGGGUGUGAAGCAGUGGCGUACACAAGCUCCAUGGGGCCCCGGUGCGAAAAUUGAUCCAUGGCCCCCCCUGCGCACUUACUCUGCGCGGGCAGGUGCCGCUACACAUGGCGGCGGGCACCUGGUUGCAGGGCUGCGUCCCCUGCGACCGCGGUGUGCCGCCAGUGCAUGCAGAUACACUUAAAGGACCACUAUAGGCACUCAGAUCACUUCAGUUUAAUGAAGUGGUCUGGGUGCCAGGUCCUUCUAGUGUUAACCCUGCAGCUGAAAACAUAGCAGUUUGAGAGACACUGCUCUGUUACACUGAGGGUUAAUCCAGCCUCUAGUAGCUGUCUCACUGACAGCCGCUAGAGGCGCUUCCGCGCUUCCCCUGGACGUCCAUAGGAAAGCAUUGAGUAAUGCUUUCCUAUGGGCGGUUUGAAUGCGUGCAUGCACAUUCAGAGCUGAGAGGCAAAAAAGGUAAGUGCUGAAGGGGUUUUAACUACACACACACACUCUCACGAACAGACGCAUACACACUAACUAACACACACACAUUUACUGACAGACACACACUCAGUGACACACAGAUACACACUCACUUACAAAACAUACACUCUAACUGACAAACACACACUCACUAACAGACACACAUUAACAGACACACACUAACACACUCAAUAACAGACACACAAACACACUCAGUGACACACACAGUAACGCUCACUAACACACUUACUGACGCUCACUAGCAGAGACACAAACUAACACACAGUAACAUACUCACUGACGCACACAAACUAACACACUCAUUAACAGACACACACACACAGUAACACACACACAGUAACACACACACACACUAACACACAUACACACAUUUUUAAUUUUUUUAUUUAAUCCCUUAGCCUCCCUACCUUUGGGAGUGCUGUGGGGAUUCCUGCUGUCCGUGGGGUCCUGCUGGGCUUCCGGCCAGGCUGAAGGGCGUGCUCUCUGCCCAGCUCCCUCGCGCUGCUUACUGAUGCCGGAGCCGGAAUAUGACGUUAACCUUGUUCGUCCAUUAGUAAAUCCCCACUUCCUGAUCGCUGGCAAUCUCCCGCCGUUGAUCGCGAUCAUGGGGUCUGCCAGACCCCCUCUGCCCAAUAUGGCCCUCCCAGGCUAUGUGAUCGUGAGGUCCUCGCGAUUAUAUGGCCGGAAUAGCCGGCUUGAGAAAAUUCCAAGUUGGAAAACUGGAAUGCACACCCUCCAAAUAAGGAAUUUUAGCCUCCAGAGAACCCGACACACCUAUACAUGGGUGGCAUCACUGUACUCGGGAGAUGUUGCUGAACACAUAUUGGGGUGUUCUUUGGCAGUAACCCUUAAAGUUCUCAGUACAUGUAUUCUUAAAUUGCUAUGUGUGUCAAAAAAAUUACCAAUUAUUAUUUUUUGAAAUUUGGCAUAGAUUGGUGGUAUUGGAUGAAAAGAGCAUGAAAAGAGUCAUAAUACCCCAAGUUUAAUACCUUAGGUUGUCUUCGUUUAACAAAUAUAUACAUGUGAAGGGUUAUUCAGGGAUUCCUGACAGAUAUCAGUGUUACAAUGUAACUUGCGUUAAUUUUGGAAAGAAAAUGGUUUGGAAAUAGCAAAGUGCUACUUGUACUUAUUGCCCUAUAACUUGCAAAAAAAAAGCUAAGAACAUGUUAACAUUGGGUAUUUCUAAAAUGAGGGCAAAGUUAGAAACUAUUUAGCACGGGUAUUUUUUCGCAGUUGGAGAUGCGCAACAGAUUUUGGGUGUCAAAGUUCGAAAAAACUAGUUUUUUUUUUUAAAUUUGGAAAACAAGGGGCUGGCUGCACUCACCUGAACAUGCUUAAAUGGGGUGCUGCUGGGGGCCAAUAAGUACAGUAAAAAUGAAAAUUCAGUCCACUCCCUUAUCUACUAAACAGCUACUUUGGUGCUGACAGAUUUUGCUAGUUUUAUUAAAAACACCUAAUCUAGGCAAAAAAAUAAUGGGGGUUUAGUUACAUUAUAUGAUCAUACAUUGCAUAAGCCUGCCACAAUUUUUAAAUUUUUUCAUCAUAUUUUAGAAUUUUUUUAUAGUAAAUUAUAUGGUGAAAAUAAUAGUAUCUUUAGAAAGACUAUUUAAUGGCGAGAAAAAUGGUAUAUAAUAUGUGUGGGUACAGUAAAUGAGUAAGAGGAAAAUUACAGCUAAACACAAACACCGCAGAAAUGUAAAAACAGCCCUGGUCCCAAACGGUAAGAAAACUGAAAAGCGAUCUGGUCACUAAGGAGUUAAUUAAGCAGUUUUUGUGUACAGAUCCAGCCUCUGAAGUACUGCUCAAUUCUCUGACAUUUAGGAGUUAAAACACUCUUUAUUUCUGUCCAUGCAGCCCUAGCCACACUUACCCUGGCUGUGACUGACACAGCCUGCAAUGAACAAAGUGGUUUAAUCAGAUGUAACUUACUUUAAAAGUGUAUCUUACUUUAAAAUUGUUUAUCUCCUGCUCUGUAAAGUGAACUUUAAUUACAUACAAGAGGCUCCUGUAUGGUUUAACAAGCUAUUGAGAGUGCCAGAGAUAAGAAAUUUGCAAUAAAGGAAGUGUAAACAUUAGAUUACUCAUUACAGGAAGUGUUUAGGAAGUCACAAGUAGGGCAGUGUGACUAGGGUUGCAUGAACAAAGUCAUGUAACUUUUAAAUAACAGUGAGACUGCAGGGGCAUGAUCUAUACACCAAAACUGCUUCACUAAGCUAAAGUUGUUUUGGUGAAUAUAGUGUACCUUUAAUAUAUUUUGGUCCACUGUAUCAAAACAUUUUGAAACAUUUAAGAAAAUAGGUCUAAGUUUAGUUUUUGCAAUGCAAUUCUAAACAUCAUUAAAGACAGUUGUCAUGGGAUGUUUAGAACAAAAUUCACAUGAAAUGGGCAAAAUGUUAUAUCUGUAUAGUUGUUCAUGAACAUAUCUUUCUAGAUCUUUAGAAUGGUAUUUGCUGUGUUCCAUUCUUGGUGUAUAACACUUGAAGAUGGGCACAGGAAGAACUACCAGAGUCGCAACAUUUGUGAUUGUGACCAAGUGCCUGGAGCACCUUCUGUCAUCGGGUUCAAGCCAUGAGGAGGCCCCCCUGUAAAACAGCUGUGCCGUUCCUGCCUCCGUGGCUGAGAUAAUCCAUCUUGAUGAUCUCAGCCAAGCCAAUGCAUUCCAUGCUUUCCCUUAGGAAAGCAUUAGGAGGCAAUUGUGCAUGCGUUAAUCAGCAUCUCCUCAUAGAGAUGCAAUAAAUCAAUGCAUCUCAAUGGUGAACAUUCAGCACCUCUGUGCAGAAUGUGGAGAUGCUGAGUAUAGGUAUUCCUGGUCAGCAAUGUAAACACCUCCUUUAUUCUGAAAAUGCUUCUAAUGAAGCUGAACCACCAGGGACUGUUAGGUUAUUCCCUCAUCUAUGCAAAAAGGCAAGCAUGAGGAGUGUAAUUUUGCAAUUUUUUUUCAUUUUGAUUAAAUAAGUAGGAGAAAUAUGGGAAGUAGCUUCUCCCACAGUCAAACCUACGCACAUCACACUCUGCAAGUCUUACACAGAUCCCACUCAUCCAAAUCCCACACCUACAUAUCACACUCAGCCAGCCACACACAUCACACUUUGCUAACCUCCCCCACACAUACACUGACAAUUCUUGCACCAGGGCCCUGAAGUUUCUAAUGGUGGCCCUGAUUAGUGGGAAUAUAUAUUUAACAUUUAUAUUUAGCAUGAAGAAUGAAUGUUGGCGUCUGAUCAUCGCCAACUUCCUCAUCAUCACGUUUCUAUUUUAUAGUCAGGGAAGUGGAACAUCUAGCAAAGCGGCUUUUAAAAGUUUGUUUGCUUUAGCUCCAGGGUCUUUUAACAUACCUAUAUAUUUUUUUUAGGAGUGAUCAAGAAUGGUUUUAGGAAAAACAGACGGUUUGUAGAUGUUUUCAAUUCUAUUACAGACAUUUGUCAGAUUUGAUUAUUUCCUCUUUAAGUUAUUUGUAAAAUAUUCAGCAGUGCAGAAGUUCUCAGAUGUUUGAAAUAUCACACAAUUAUUUGUAAAUGAUGUGCUUAAAGAGACUUUAAAUAUGUUGCUAUGUUUAACUUCAUAUAAUGCUUUCAGUGAUAAGUCACAAUGAGAUCCAUUGCCAGCUGUGAUGUACGGAGGAUCACCCUUUCAGAAAGAUUAAAGAUAGAUACAGUUGACUGUAUUCCUAGCUCCUGCAUUGUAUCUGGACAGGACAAGAGGAUCGAUUCGAGCAAAAUAAGGUGUUUUGAAUAAUAGAUUGGUAUAUGAACAGCGAAUGCCGUAUCUGAUCAAGGCAACUUACUUAAUCAAUAUAUAUUUGUAAAGCAUUUUUAAACCUCAAGAUUGCAGACUGAAUUUUUAUCUUGGUAAACUCAAUCUUGCAAUUUACUGAUGAUGGUAAAGUGAGCACCAAUUGACUUUGGAAAUAUCUAUUCUGCAGGACAAACUUAUAAAAAGGAGAAAAUCUCCAGGUAUUCUUCCGAGUAAAUGUUUUAUUGUUGCCGAUCCUACAAUAACUCUCACUUGAAUUUCGAUGAAAGUUUAAGGCCGGCCUGAAAAAGUUAUUUGCAAAUAAGAAGUAUUGAAAUGUUCAUUUUCACUUGGAUCCCACAGACCUAUGGAAUAAAUAUACACAGCUAGAAGUGGUUAUGGUUAAUGAGUUAGAUAUGGAUAUAAAGGCAAAUAAAAUGAAAGCGAUAUAGUGUUAACAUGCGUGUUAGACUUUGGUCUCUGGAUGGUAUUGCAGCAGUUAAAUUAUCUUGUAAAACUCUGUUGCAAAAGUUUUUAGAAAACUUAGUGUACUUCUCAUGCAACCCUAUAUUGACAGGUUAAAGCUAGCAGCAGAUGACAAAUGUCAGGAAGUGUCCGUGUAAAUCCAAUACAAGCUUCCUUAAAAGCAUAACUCCAUAAAGGGCCUCUUUUAUAAGCCCAAAGGAACACUACAGCAUUAGGAAUCCAAACUGCCCUGUUAACAGUUUAGGUGCUUGACCCCCCCACCUGUAAGGAGUGAAACUGCAAGAAUCACAUUUUCUAUAUGUAUAUUAUAAUUCUAUCGAAGAACACUUAAUCUCACCAUAUUUUGAUAAACAGUCAUAAGUGUGGUAUGUUAAACACAAGGUGAGCAUGAAUGUGAUUUGCAUUUUUAAAAAUAGUAACAUUUGUUUGGCGCAUGGGAUCCAAAGCUUGCCAAACAGCAAAUUCAUGAUUAACAUCUUCCCUUCUCUUGCAAUAUUUCAAUAAAGGUCUGCCAUAUUAAUAGAUAAGCACAAAUAAAAUAUAUGUUACAUGUUUUAGAUGGCAUAAAAUGCAAAUAUUCUCUGUUUAUAGGUAUUUGGAAGGGAACCGAUGGCAUUUUUGGAAAUACAGAUUCUCAAAAGUGCCACCACAAUGCACAAAAAUAUCUGUAUAGUGUGCAUAAUGCCCACAUAGCAUGAAUACAAGUUACACCAAGCAUAUGCACUACGCAUUGUGCUAGGUAUAUUUCGAGUUCAUUAUUUUAUUAGCCUUCCUGGCUGCUAGGAUGUAUCCUCUAAAUCUGACCCGAAAAUGAUUCUGUAGAAUGUGAGAGAUAGAAGGUACUACUAUUUACAGUGCCUCUGCAGAGAUGCUGAGGGUCCAAAUGUUGCCAAAUGUGUUUUUCCAAGUUGAGCACUGGAGAAAAGGGGUAGGUGCUUAUUGGGCUAAACUUAAUUUUGCAUUGUUUUGCAAUGAGGAUGCAAGCUCAUGUAAUGAUGUUUAAAGGAAAGGGGGUAAAAAUAUAUAAGUGGUUCCCAAUAAUAUUACUCUGGAUUGUGGCUAUAGCUUAAUAUGUCCCACAAAUCUAGAUACCUGUGACAUAACCCUAUUUUAAUCGUCACAUUAAUUAAACCAUUGCAUUUCAAAGAUCUGUUGCUCUCAAUAACUACUCAGAAGACUGACAUCAUGAAGGAGCAGGAGUUUCAUAGAUUAGUUAACAGCUCUCAGGAACAAAAACUAGAAUUAAUGCCAAACAGGAAAAAUGGAAGGCUUAGCAUUUAGCAAACAAUUGCAAAUGAGCCAACAGGGUCAAAUCAAGAUAUUUUUUUAAAUUUAGAUCACCUCUGUCCUCUAGACAUCCUCUUUGGUGCAGGCAAACAGUAAUUAUGGUGCCUGCGUAGUAAUAUUCUACAUUAGAAACUUGCAUUUUUCAUGCCGAUUUCUUUAAAAAAAGUGCUUUAAGUCAACUGAAUCCAUAAGCAACCAAAGUGUGUGUCCAUGUGUGUGGCCCGGGCAGAUGUUUUCACAAAGGUAGAUCUUCAGUAGUUGCAGAACUACAACUUUAGGCUGGCUGAGCAUUAUGGGUGUUGCAGUUUUGCAGAAGCUGGUGAUCUACCUUUUGUGGACUCCUAGUCUAUAAGUUGCCUUGCUAACAAUCUUUGCUAACUUCAAAAGAAUAUCAAAUAAACUAUGUUCAGCAAACAUGUCCCAAAAGAACUUUAAUUAAUUAUAAUAGGUUAUCUGUAGAUAAAGUAGACAAACACUUGAGUGUUAUUCGGCACAGUCUGCAUAUCUAAGGAACAGUCAUGUUAAUACAAUUUCAUUUACAAGGAAAUGACAGACAACCCAAAUAUGUUCUCCCUUCAUGACCUCAGCUCCUAAAAGUGAAGAAUACUUGGCGCUUAACAGGUUCAGCAAGAUAUUUCUAUCAAUACACAAAACACAAAAAAAAAGCUGUCAUCUAUGGGUUUUUUACGCUAAUGAUAAUAUUCAUAGAACUUCUUUGGAAGACGAAAAACAUGUUAUCUAAACCAGCAUUCUUGCAUCAUCUGGAUAGACGUGUGAGAAAGUAUCCAGAUGUAUUAUAUCAGGGUUAAUUCCAGUGAAAGUUUGACUCUAGAUAAGGCGGAAUGAAGUGGAAGGAAUCAUUUUUGAUUAAUGAAAUGUAAAACUAAUGAUUACUUUGCAGUAAUAAGAGUGCCUCUAGUGGCUGUCAUUCAGAAAGCCACUAGAGGCACUUUCUGCUUGCUAGGCGACAACUGACGCUGGACAUCCUCACGCUCUGCAUGACGACAUCCAACGUCUGUUGACUCCCCACAGGAAAGCAUUGACGCAUUAUUGUUGUGGUGUUGCGAGGGGGGGGGGGCAGAGGGACACGAUAGCAUUAGGAAUACACUUUUGUGUGCCAUACCUGUGAGGUGGAUGGAUUAUCUCGGAAAAGGAGAAGUGCUCACUAACACAGAUUUAGACAGAUUUGUGAACAAUAUUUGAGAGAAAUUGAGAGGCCUUUUGUAUACAUAGAAAAAGUCUUAGAUCUUUGAAUUCAGCUCAUGAAAAAUGGGGGCAAAAACUAAAGUGUUGCGUUUAUAAUUUUGUUCAGUGUAGCUGUCUCAUUUCCUUUUUGCGCUUUUUGGGCCAUAUCCACUAAAAUGUAUGUACUGCAUGUAUGAGAAAUGUAUGUAACAUACACAGUAUAGCAAAUUAGGGAGCUGUCUUCUAGACAGCUGAAGAAUUAAAAAAAUUAAAAAAGCCUUUUAUUCAUUUUGGUCUUUAAAGAACCAUUUAGGUGGGUUGGCCUCCCUUAGCCCCUCAAUAAAAGUUUAAAUUCACCUUUUUUCCAGCGCUGCAUGGGACCGCCGGUGCUGGCUCCGCCCCCUUUGUGACAUCAUCAAACGUGCCGAUUGUUAGCCAAUCCUGUAGCUGUAGUUGUUCUGGUGACUAUAGUGUCCCUUUAACUCCUUAAGGACACAUGACAUGUGCGACAUGUCAUGAUUCCCUUUUAUUCCAGAAGUUUGGUCCUUAAGGGGUUAAGCUGGUUUAGUAGAUAGUUCCCUAAUUUAGUACCUUGCCUUACGAGGGAUUGCCAUUUUAAGGUUACCGAAUAAAGGAGCUAUCUACUAAACACAACAGCUCCCUAAUUUGGCACCCUUAUAUGGGAUUGCUAUAUAUAAAGGGGCACUAUAGUCACCAGAACAACCAGGGCUUAAUGUAGUUUUUCUGGUGAGUAUAGUCAGUCCCUGCAGGCUUUUUAAUGUAAACACUGUGUUUUUAAUGAAGUCAGUGUUUAUUUUAUAGCCUAAGAACACUUCUAGUGGUCCUUAACUAUGACAACCCCAAGUAGGGAUACCAAAUUAAGUUAUCUAUAAACAGUUGAUCAAAAUUAAGAGAGAGGCCCUUUUUAUUUAUUUUAAUCUUUUUGCUGUGUUUAGCAGAUAGUUUCCUUAUUUGGUAUCCUUACCUAGGAUUACUACUGUCAAGGAAGCCAAAUAAGGGAGCUAAUACCCUAAUUUGGUAUCCUGGAAUAAUGAGAAUAAUGGUGUCCGAAUUUCGUUUUCAUUCCUAAUUUAUUCUAAAUUUUGUUUAGUUCUGAAUUUCAGACAUACCAAAAUUAGAAAAUAAACUAAUUGAAACAAAACAAACUGAAACAAAUUUUUUCACCCAUGCACCUCUCUAUCCAGAGUAGCGCCUGUAUAUACCUUGAUAGGUUUCCCUUAUUGUCUACAUGCCUUGGAGAAGAGAGGAGUGGUUAUUUAAGAAUUCACUUUAAACAACUGAUGGUCUUUCACUGUAUCCUGAUACAUUUGUCCAGUAAUAAAUAUAUAGGAACAUUUUGUUAUUUUAGAAAAAUGAUCUCACUUGUCCUAGCCAUGAGUUUGUUUCCAAUAAGUCACCCUUGAGAUAAUGAUUAGACCAAGGACAUUCUAUUCUAUUUAUAUUUGCUAUAGGCAGUAUAGAAAAUCACAAAGAACAAUGGGCUGUGCAUUUACGUACCAGAACCCAUCCCUCAAAUUAGCAUCCUUACUACUGCAAUUGCUUCCAGAUACUAGAGACUUAUUAACAUACCACUCAUGUUAUCAGAAGUAACACAUAGUGUACAUGUGAUCUUUUAGGCCAAAACAGACUAACUAAAAACAUGACUGACUGAAUUUAUAUUGGCAUUAAUUCAAGUGAAAUUCACUUGAAUUUGAAACAAUUUACACGUUACUGAAUAACUAUAUUUUACAAAAAUAAUUUCUUACCUACUUGCUUGCUAACUACUACUGAUGAAAUAAUAUAUCUGGUAUGUUAAGCAAUGUAUUGGAAUGUCUUCAUAAUCAUCUACCUUGUAGUAAAUGAGCAGUGUUUCUUGUGUGCACUUUGUGAUGUCAUCAAGCUGUAAUGACAUCAGAGUUCUGGAACGGUAAUAUGUAUCUCAGUGUCACAGUUCAGCAUGACCUGUAUUCAGGCAGCAUCAUUACAAACAUUACAAGUGAUGAUCAGAAAACUAUAUAUCCAUACAUUGGUAAGACAUAACAAAUAUGUUUUUGGAGAAUCCUGUUAAACUGUAAUGAAAAAUGAUAACAUCUCAGUUGUAGAGGUAUUGCUUCACUGAAAAAGUCAGAACGAGGCUCCAUGUAACCUGUUAAUUUUAACCAAUGAUAUGUUUAUGACAUGUUUUACUGCUUUGUAAAUAUUCCCCAUGGUACUAAAUAUUGAAAAUCUUUUUAGUUGCAGAUGGGGGGUACAUGCUCUACGGUAGUGGUCAUUCUGACUUGUUUGUCUUAUUUAUUUUCAAGGUUUCUAGUAAAACAGUGCAUCACAGAACACUGAGGUUUUCCAUUUAUCAUGUGGAUAAAAUAAAGAAACACCAUCUACUGGGGCAGGUGCUGUUCCCUUUGAAAAAUGAAAAUUUGACAGAUGAUGGGAAGCUUGUUAUUUGGAGGGAUCUAGAAGUUGAAAAUAUGGAGGUAAGGCUGUAAUUAGUAUUGUUAAAUUCUAAAUCAAAUGAUAUCUGAAAGGGUCUCGCAGCAUUGCACCUCCUAUACCCUUUCUGUAUAAUCUUGUAUUGAUCUCACUUUAAUAUAGAGGGGCAAUGUGUAUAUAUAAACACAUGCACACACGUUCACUUUAUAGUGUGUUUGUCAUGGUACCUGAAUCACAGACCUCCUUCUCCUCCAGCAUUUUCGGCACUUUAGAGGCCGGCCAUGAUAGUCUGGUUAAUUAUCUUCAUGAAUUAUGACUUUCAUCCUACUAUUCUUCCGUCGGUGUCCUCUUCACAGGGUAUACUGAUGGUUGAUAUCCAGGUCGCCAAUCUGAGGAAGUUGUGAGAUCAGAUUCACCAUAUUCUUGUUCACACUUCGGCUUUACCUAAAUGUCAAGUGGAUAAGCGCAGAAAACCUGCUCCUGUUUUUCACCCAGGGGAUAAGGUAUGGUUGAGUACCAGACACAUACGUUUAAGGGUUCCUUCCAUGAAAUUCGCACCUCGUUACAUAGGGUCUUACAAGGUCUUAUGGAAGAUCAACCCAGUUGCCUAUCAACUUGCGCUCCCUCCUGGGUUGCGCAUUCCUGAUUCUUUUCAUGUUUCACUAUUGAAACCUCUCGUUUGUAAUAGAUACACCUCGGCUUCGACUCCUCCCUCUUCUGUUCAAAUUGAGGGUCAGGAGGAAUAUGAGAUUAAUUUCAUUCUUGACUCCCGUUUCUCUCGUGGGAGGUUACAGUAUCUUGUUGACUGGAAGGGAUAUGGUCCUGAAGAAAGGUCCUGGGUGCCUCAUGCGGAUAUCCACGCUCCUCGCCUUCUCCGGACAUUCCAUGCCCGCUUUCCGUCUCGUCCUGGCUCCUUUCGCCUGGUGGGCGUUCCUAAGACAGUGGGUACUGUCAUGGUACCUGAAUCACAGACCUCCUUCUCCUCCAGCAUUUUCGGCACUUUAGAGGCCGGCCGCGAUAGCCCCGCCCCCUUUUAUGACGCGGCGCAAUCCCGCUGACGUCGUGACAUCAAUGAGAUCACGAACUGCCGAAAAAAAUCAAACCAGGAUGUUUUGGGGGCGUGGACAUCAAUUAAAGAGCCAGGCUAUAAAAAGUACUCACUUACAGUGAGUCAUUGCCCUGUCGUGGUUUCAGCUUGUCUGUUCCCUCAGUGCAUCUCUCGUGAUUGGUUUUCUGGUUAAUUAUCUUGGCUUGUAUCCUGACCUUGCUGUUCUCUCCUAUCCUUGUACCCGGCUUGACCUUCGCUUACCUGUCUUCUCGUUCCCUCGACCUCUGCUUGUCUGUGACCAUUCUUAGUUUAUGUGACGUUAGUCCGGCCACUCUAAGGUCCGGUAUACGUCUUUAUAGUUUCAGUACACUGCGUGUUGGAUUCCUGUCUUGAUCCUGACAGUGUUUAUACAAUAUUUUUGUUAUUCAACGAAUUACCUUUUCAAGUCCUCACUUGAAAACAAUGUAAAGGGAUACAUAUGACAUUUAUAUAGCACCAACUUAUUCCGUAGCGCUUUAGAAUAUUGUAUAUAUUACUCACUGACAGACAGACACUCACUCACUCACUGACAGACACUCACUCACUGACACACACAGAAACUCACUGACAGACAUACACUCACUCGAUAACAGACUCACACACACAGACACUUACUGACAUACAUUCACUCACUGACAGACACACACUCAAUGACAGCCAUACACUCACUCACUGACACACACACACAGAAACUCAUUGACAGACAUACACUCACUCAAUGACACACACACACAGACACUUACUGACAGACAUUCACUCACUGACAGACAUACACUCACUCAAUGACAGAAACACACACACACACAGACACUCACUGACAGACAUACACUCACCGACAGACCCACACACAGACACUUACUGACCGACAUACUCACUCACUGACACACACACACAGAAACUCACUGACAGACAUACACUCACUCAAUGACAGACACUUACUGACCGACAUACACUCACUCACUGACAGACUUACACUCACUCACUGACAGACACACAAACACACACUCACUGACACACACACACAGAAACUCACUGACAGACAUACACUCACUCAAUGACAGACACUUACUGACCGACAUACACUCACUCACUGACAGACUUACACUCACUCACUGACAGACACACAAACACACACUCACUGACACACACACACACAGACACUCACUGAAAUACACUCACUCACUCACUGACAUACAUACACUCAUUGACACACACACUAAUAGUCAAACAUUCACACACUCACUGACACAAACACAAACACACACAGGCAGACACUUACUGACAUACACACACACUCACAGUCGAACACACACCUCCCUGGGAUCCAGUGUGGGGCAGUUCCUCACUCCUCCAGCGCGUUGUUUAGUAUGCAGUUGCUGGAAUUACGUCAUAGUCUGACUCCCAGCAUCACAGAGGGCGCGCGAGGGACUAGUGGGAAGCUGCAAGAACAGCCUCCCUCAAUGCCUGCCUUCUCUGCCCCCCUCUUCUCAUGACACCAGCAUUCGUUGGCAGAGCAGGCACCUACCAUCAAGGUAAGCAGGUGCCUGCUCUGCCUUAACUAGCGCACAGCUUCGGGGGCGCCCUGAGAUGGCCAGAUGGCCUCCUCCUGGCCCACCUGUGAAAGGGCUCCUCUCAGUGCCCCCAACUUCUGGCGCCUUGAGGAUCGGCCCAGCGCUGGGGGCAGCUCAAGAGUUGCUCACCCAGCUCUGCGGCCCCAGACAGGGGGAGCCCACCAAGAAACAUACAGGUGGGUGCCCCCAGCAGCAGCCACCUAAAUUGCAAUUAGUGUCUGUGUAUAAAUAGUUAAUGAGUUUGUUAGCUCUCACGUGAAUGCACUGAGAAAUGGUUGAGUUGCCAAAAAGAGGCCUUUACUGCACCAAUGCCACAAAAAAGCCCACUUACAAUACGCCUGAUAACACCUUGGCAUGCCUCACAGCUACUGGCACACUGUAAUUUGGAGUGACGAGACCAAAAUAGAGCCUUAUGGCCACAACCAUAAGCACUAUGUUUGGAGAGAAGUCAACAAGGCCUAUCCCCGCUGUGAAGCGUGGUGGUGGCUCACUGAUGUUUUGGGGGGGUGUGAGCUCUAAAGGCACAGGGAAUCUUGUGAAAAUUGAUGGCAAGAUGAAUGCAGCAUGUUAUCAGAAAAUACUGGCGGAGAGUUUGCAUUCUUCUUCACGAAGGCUGCGCAUGGGACACUCUUAGACUUUCCAGCAUGACAAUGACCCUAAGCACAAGGCCAAGUUGAUCCUCCAAUGGUUAAAGCAGAAAAAGGAGAAGGUUCUGGAGUGGAUACCUUAAUAUAGAGCCAUUCUCGGGAGAUCUCAAACGUGCGGUUCAUGCAAGAUGACCAAAGACUUUGCAUGAGGCAUUUUGCCAAGACGAAUGGGCAGCUAUAAUGCUUGCAAGAAUUAGGGGCCUCAUAGACAACUAUUACUAAAGACUGCACCUGUCAUUGAUGCUGAUGGAGGCAAUACACAGUAUUAAGAACUAAGGGUAUGCAGACUUUUGAAUAGGGGUCAUUUCAUUUUUUUUCUUUGUUGCCAUGUUUUGUUUUAUGAUUGUGCCAUUCUUUUAUAACCUACAUUUGAAUAUGAAUCCCAUAAAAAAUAAAAGAAAUGUGUUUUGCCUGCUCACUCGUGUUUUCUUUAAAAAUGGUACAUUUAUGACCAAUUCUCCUGUGGCGGAACCAAUCUCGCCACUGUGCAUUGGAGGAGCCUGGUUGCCUGCCUGCUGCCUUUUGACUAUGGACCGGCAUUUAAAUACUUUAUUUAUUUUCCUAUGCAGAAUGGUAUAUUCGUGUAUUUCUGCCCUGGCGUUCAGUAGAUUCUCGGAUUUACUGAAUGAACUCAUUUAACCCAGAUAGCUAUGCCAUGGAGCCUAUUCGUGUAAUAAAAGAAUUUGGCUCCAUGGCAAUUGAACUGUAUGUGUGUGGUCUAAGCGCCAUUCAGUAAUAAUGUGCGCUCAGACCUAAGCUAUCUGGGGAUAUGUUGCAUGUCUGUAUUUUAUGUAAUAAAUGUAACCUUGUGUAUUUUAUUGUAUUUUACUGUAUUUUGCUAACAUGUGGCUAAUGGAAUUUUGCCUCUGUCCUUGGAGAUAAUUGGAUUACUUCUCAAUUAUCUCCAGGAUAGAAAACUCUGUGGAACUGGUUCUGGGCAGAAAAGCCAUGCUUCAUUUGGUCACAAAGGACUUUGAUCUAUCUUUUGAACCAAUGGACCAAUUUGGAUGAUUUUGACAUAUGUUUGUAUUUGGAGUAUGUUGAUUCUGAAAAUGUGAAUGUGAUGCAUACUUUUAAACUUAUGAAUAAUGUGGAAAAACUGUAUUUCUCUGCCUGUGAUAAUUACAUUACCCAUUGUGUAAGGUAAUUGUAUCACAGGCAGAGGGGAGGAUUUUGUGUGGCAGUGUCUGAGUGUAUUGUACAUGUUUAUUGGUUGUUUUCCAAAACCCUGUGGGUGGUACUAAUGUGUAAGAAUGUGUAUAUAAGAACAAUAAACCCACAGCUCUGUCUGUUCAUGUUUUGACCCUCAAUCAAUAGAAUCAAUAGAAAUUACUUUCAUGAGGCGGGGGUACUUAGGAAUUUAUUUGAUACCUGCAGGAGUACUUCUCCAUAACAUUUUGAGAAACACUGCUCUAGAGUAAAGUGAUAAAUAACGAGUAAUCGCUUUGGAAACCAAUAGAAUGUCUCAACGCGUAGCCCUUUUCUCCCAAAAUAUUACCUGAUUUUCCUUUCCCCACUUACAUAAAAAAAAAACCUAAUGAUUAAAGUUGUGGAUUUACGGUUACAGAUGUACAGUUACAGUGUGCAGCAUCUUCAAACAAGUAUCCCUGCAUAUUAUGGCUUUGGUUUAAUAUUUUUGUAUACGCUUUCCAAGUUAUCACAAUCUGUUAGAAAAAGUAUUUGAACAGAGUAUCUAUAAAAAUUCCAAUAGACUUUAAAAACGAUUUCUGUAGAUAAAUAAUUUGAAAUGUUUUUCUAACAGAUUGUGAUCUGUGACUGUGAUCUUCUGAAAAGCUUAGCCAAAUUUUUUAACGUGAGGCCAAUGUUCCCUCUACCCAAAGCCGCUCUAACCCACAAGAUUAAAUAAAUUGCACAGAUUUUUCUUUUAAGCAAGCACAAAACAUUUCUAAAAUAUUACGUUGUUAUUAUUGCAAAAUAAUUUUCAACUGUUGUAACAGUUGAUGCAUUGUUAAAGCAAGUUGAAAACUUUGUUUUUAUGGGAACUUUGAAAGGGAUAGGCUGAGUGCUUGACAUUUUUUUUUUUGAGAAAGCUAUACAAAACAAAUUUAUUGCAAAAGCUUACAGUAAAUUUAAAUUAAACCUAUCAUCUUCAAAAGCUUGUAUUGUGUUCUUUAUUUAGACUGGAUGAAUAAACAUAAUAUGAAUUCAUAAAAAGUGGGAAAAAUUUUCUUAUCAUAGAAUGUCAAGUUUUAAGAUUGACAGCGGGUGUUCUUAAAGGCACAGUAAAUAAUGCAACUAAUGUAUUCAUAAUAAAAAUGUUAAGCCUUGUGCUGCAUAAUUUGUAUUUAUCCCACAUAAAAAAAGUCGUACAUCCUGAUCAUGGUUCAUUUGAUCACACAUUGCUCUCUUCAGUGAUGCAACAUCUGAAGCUACACCCCACCCUGAAAUAUUUUUAAAAUACUAGUCCCCAAGCACGUUUGACGACUCCUGUGCAUAGUUCUAAACUGCUUAAUCCUUCAUAUUUGACUUCCCAGUUUGCCUAUGUGCUAUAAUGUUUAAAACAGAAUCAUGUUCAAAUAUAACGUAUUCUUAUUGUGACAUAUAUUGCAGCAUGAUAAGUUACCGGGCCUCCCAAAUUUCCCAAUUUCAGUGGUACAGUCCAUAUUUAAGGGUCUUAUUCUGCUGUUCUGACUGUCCCCUGAAAGCAUAGUGUGAGCAAAUUAUUAUACACGCUUGUUCUAUGCUCAGGGCACUUGUACCAUGCGUAAAGUACUUUUACAGUGCUGUAUGCAUGUUCUACCCUUAGUGGGCUGGCAUUCUUGAUUGACAGUAAGGCUGACAUGCAUUCAAGCCAGGUUAUCUGCUGAGCUGACUGGUCCCUUUAUGAUUGAGUCUGCCCAUAUUAUUCCACCCACUGGCAUACCGCUUUAUGAGAUGUAAGUGUUGGGGGUUAUGGUAUAUGCUCACUUGGAUUUUUUUUACAUUUCCCUAAAUAAUUAUUAACAAUAAGAAAACAUAACCUAUAUAGGACAAAUAUAACAGAGAAACGGCAAACAAAAAUCUUAAAGGAUAUUCUAUAAUGAGUUUUUAUUUUAUUUUUUUUAUUUUUAUAUUUACAAUUUAAGAUGUUGUCUAUUCAUCAAUUAUGGAAUAUAUUCAAAUAUAAUGAAAUCUUGAUAUCAGAUAAUAAGGAAGAUAAUAGUUCAAUUAAAACUGCAGAUUUCAUAUUUCUCAAACUCGUCAUCUCUAGGAACUUUUAACAAGUCUACCGCUUGGUCAAGUGUAAAUCACAAAUAAUAAUAAGUAAAAUCAUUUCUUUCACAUGGUUACACCAAUUCUCUUAAAAAUCUUAAUUUCCAAUAGGUGUAGAUGGAGUUAUUAUUACUUUAUUUUUUUUCUAUGUUUUGUGUUGCGAUUUUGUGAGAUCAGGUAAGUAUUGUUUAGAAAUGUGUUGGUCAUAACUCUGCAACUCAAAGGGAUAAACAUUUGAAAUAUACAUUUCUGAUAUUACAUAUUAGUCCAAUAGAUUAGGAGGUGGAGAGUCACUGGUACCUGGUUAUGUUGUGGCUAGUUCAACUCUGUCUUGUUCCCUCUAGGUUGCACAGUACCUGUAAGGUAGGUAAGAGAGGAAUAGCUGGGAGAGGAAUAAGUGCUAGUUAUUUACUGCAUAAUAGACUGGGGAAAAAAGGAAUAUAAUAGAAUAUAAAAAAAAAAAUCAUGCCAAAUGUUUUGGCUAUUGAUUGUUUUUUUUUUUUUUUUUAAAUAAUGGAGCUUUUAACAAUACAAGUGUACCCUAUAAAACCAAAAAAUAGUUUGUUUUGGCUUUUAUGACUUAAAAAAAGUGAUACGCCUGUUUUGAAUUUUUAAUGGAUGACAUUCAGUGAUAAAUGCAUGGUUUGUCUUUUUUUUUGUAUCAUGGCAGGAAUUUUAAUUUCUAUCAAUUUACACACUAGUGAACUGAACAUUUUUUACCAAAAUAAUCCAAUUGAAAACAUAGUGUAGAGUCCAAUUUGGAUUGUUGCCUAAAAAUUGAGUCAUGUUCUCAACCAGAAGGUUAUGUUUGAAAGUGUAAACUCGGUGGAAGUUAAUUCUUUUUAAAUAUCGUAUUAUUUAUAUUGCUUGUAGAUUAAUGGGUUUUUUUUUCCUCUUUUUUUUUUUCCAGCCUCCAUCAGAGUAUGGAGACAUCCAGUUCUCUCUUAGCUACAAUGACUACCUGGGGCGCAUGACGGUAGUUGUUCUCCGUGCCAAAGGUUUACCAUUUCAAGUGGAGCCUGGUAAGAGCAGUAAGUAACGUCCAACUUAUCAUUCAACACCAAAUUAACAUCUUUCUGCACAUUUCCUGCUUAGAAUGUCUUUACUGAUAUCUCUGUUUUAUAUAGCAACCGAGUUAGAGAUGGCCUGGGAGAUUUGCGAUUGGAGGUUAGACGUUGUUAAGUAUUAGGGUUAAUACAGACCUAUGACUGGUUUAACAUUAAGGAAUCUUAGAGAGAAAGUAUACGUGCAUUCUUGAACCUGUGGUCUGUAAUUCAUAAAAGCCAUUAUAUGUCUACUGUGCUCGAUGAAGGAUCAGGGAAGAUUUUAACAGGUUUAUUUACCAAAGUGAGAAUUCUAAGUAAAUGCAAAGUGAAUAUCAAUUUUUUUAGGCUGAAAGUAGCGGCAGAGGGGAAUGUGAGUUUACUUUACCUGAAUCUAUCUAUUACGGGCGACGCCAUCCUCUUCCAGACGGUUCUCUUCUGCUCUUGACACUUCAGCACCAGGAGCCAAUGUCACUACUGUGGGAUCCUUCAUAGACAGAGCCAAUUUCCUGCAGCGGUCACUGGUUACGGCUGGGGAAUUGACUCUUCUUGAUGACGGUAGCUCCGCUCAGUGUCUAGAAGUGCCGGGUGUAGGAAAAAUUACUAAGACAAAUUAGUCACACCUUUGUCUCACUAUAUCUUUUGACUGAGUUAGGCUGGGUUUAAAGCAGAUCUGCUAUGUUUAUUCUUUCUUGUGGUUUUCCUUUCCUUAUGCCCCUGUAUCUUAAUGAUUAUACUCCCCUACUUGUCUUUAUUUACAUUCUUUUCUUCCUUGUGCUGGAUCUCAAUACCUGGAUGCAGACAUUUUGUUCUUCUCUGUCCAUGAUGUCUGCAGUUUCCCUUCUGCGGGAUUGAUUCUACUGUAUUGUCAUUUGAUUUGAUUGGUCACUGAAACAGAACCUUGUUUUAUGCUCCCCCCCAAUGUCAAGUUUUGUCAACUUAACUGCUACACAUGAAGGGAAAUAGUCCAUAAUUUCCUUAUGUAUUUUAUAAAAACUAGAGCACUCAGGAAAAAUAAAUAAAUCAGAUUCAGAAACAUGGAGCUAUAUAGAAGAGAUUAAAUAGUUUAUUCUUUAUCUAAUGCCGCUAAUGCUCUGAGAAUGCCGCUCUAAAUUCACAACGAGUGCAGUUGCCUUUUGAUAUAAGGUAGAUUCAUUUUGUAAUGAGGAUGUUUUCAAGGACUUCCCACUGGUGGGACACUUGAUAUUUUUUGUCAGAUUUUUCCAUGUAUGCUGAUCUGUAAAGGAGAAAACUGCUUGACUGACCACAUUUUGAGGUAAGUAAUGGAAAGGAAGGAACAGGAGGAGGACAUGGGCAGUGGAGAGCAUGCUCCAGUAAGCAUACUGGUUAUGUAGUGUGGACGUUUACCAGUGAGAUGGUCAUGAACCAAAAUAUAUAUGAAUUUGAAAGUUGGUAAAUUUAGCUGUUUCAAAACAUCAUAAUGAUGGUUACUACCUCUAUAAUGAAGGACAAGCUACUUAUAAAUUACAUAUAAAGUUGUUAACGCACACAUAAAGUGUUCAGUUAUUGAAACAUUAAAAGAACUCUAUAUGAACCCAGACCACGUCCUCUCAUUAAAGUGGUCUGGGUACACUGCCUCUGUCUGUUUAACCUUGCAAUGUAUAAAAUGAGAAACUGCAAUUAUUACACUGCAGGGUUAACUCCACCUCUAAUGGAUAUCUUCCAGACUGCCACUAGAGGCUCUUCCAGGUCCCUAGGAGAGUUUUACUUCACUAUCUGACAUUGGACGUCCUCACACUUUGCAUGUGGACGUCUAACAUAUUCUAUGUUCCAGUAAUGAAAGCAUUGAUUCAGUGAUAGACAUGUGCAAUUCGUUUCGGUCCGAAUAUGAAUUCGGACGAAAUUCAGGCAAUUCGGACAUUCGGGUACUUCCGAAUGUCUGAAGUGCCGAAUUGCCGAGGUCCCGAAGUUCCGAAAUUACCGAAGUGCUGAAGUGUCGAAGUUCCAAAGCACAGUAUUGCCUAAGUACUAAUAUACUUACCCAGGGAAAGAAGAAGAAUGUUACAUUGUAUUCAAUUUUAAAUAAAAAGUAUACAAACAUAGCCAGGAUUCAGCUAUAAGCAUUUGUAACAAUGUAAGUUACUUAGCCAGUCAAUGUAAUGACAGGAAUGAAUAAGUAGAUAACUCCCUAAUUCCCACGGUAUUAGGGAGCUAUCUACUAAAAGGCUGAAAGACCGAAAUUGGUCUUUCAGCCAAAUUUACUAAUACUAAGUAAAGAUUACUUAGUAUUAGUAAAUUCCCUACUCGCUAUAACGCGAGUAGGGGCAUGUCUAUUAAACCUAAAAUGUCCCCCCCCUCGCGCAAGUGGGGGCUUUUAAACCUAAUGUCCUCCCCCCUGGCCCCCACCCCUGAGCAGUGGGUGGGGGCCCUAAAUUAUAAUAAGAGGGGGCCUAAUGUCCUCCCCCCUGGCCCCCACCCCUAAGCGGUGGGUGGGGGCCCUACAGUAAAAUAAGGGGGGGACCUAAUGUCCUCCCCCCUGGCCCACACCCCUGAGCGGUGGGUGGGGGCCCUAAAUACUAAUAAGGGGGGGACACCAAAUGUGCGGUGGGUGGGGCCCCUAAAUACUAAUAAAUGGGGGACACCUAAUGUCCUCCCCCAUGACCCCACGUCUGAGAUGCAGGUGGGGGCCCUAAAUUGGAAUAAGUGGGGGGACCUAAUGUCCUCCCCCCACCCCUGAGUGGUGGGUGGAGGCCCUAAAUACAAAUAAGAGGGGGGGACCUAAUGUCCUCCCCCCUGGCCCCCACCCCUGAGCGGUGGGUGGAGGCCCUAAAUACAAAUAAGAGGGGGGGACCUGAGCGGUGGGUGGGGGCCCUAAAUACUAAUAAGGGGGGGAACCUAAGGUCCUCACCUCUGGCCCCCACACCUGAGCGGCAGGUGGGGGCCCUAAAUACUAAUAAGGGGGGAACCUAAUGUCUUCCCCCCUGGCCCCCACCCCUGAGCGGCGGGUGGGGGCCCUAAAUACCAAUGGGUAUUUAGGUGGGGGGUGGGGCCCUAAAUACCAAUGGGUAUUCCCCCACGGCCCCCACCCCUGAGCGGCGGGUGGGGGCCCUACAUUAAAAAAUAACCCCCCUCCCCAGGUGACUAGGGGUCCCCAAACCCCUAGUCACCCCUUCCCCCCCCAAAAAAAAUUAACCCCCUACCUACCCCCCUCACCCUAAAAAUAAUGAGGAGGGGCACCUUUAACUAAGUACCUGUAAAAAAAAAUAAAACUUACCAUUCAAUGUUUUCUUUCUUCUAAAAUCUUCUUUUUUCAGCCCCAAAAAAAGCCAAAUAAAAAUCCAUAAUAACCGACGCAAUUCAAAAAUGAAAAAAAAAAAACAGCGCAAAAAAAAAAAAUCCAUCUUCACCCGGCGAGGGCUCAGCACAGACUGAGCUCUGCAGGGCGGGGGAAGGCUUAUAAAGGUGGGUUUAAGCUAUCCAAUCAGAGUGCUCUGACAGGUAAGUCUCUACAUUUACCUGUCACAGCACUCUGAUUGGUUGGUUUGAAAUCCACCAAUCAGAGUGCUCUGUGUCAUUUUACACAGCGUGGGAAAGUUCUUUGGAAUUUUCUCACGCUGUGUAAUUAGACUCAUAACUCUCUGAUUUGUGGAUUAAUCCACCAAUCAGAGAGUUAUGAGUGAAAUUACUCACACAGUGCACCCCCCACACACGUACUCUUCACACUGCAUCCUUCGCACACACAGUGCAUACCCUGCACCCCUCACACACAGUGCACCCUUUGCACACACAGUGCACUCCUACAUACAUUGCAUUCUAGACACACACACUACAUCCCUUACACACCCACACACACACUACAUUCCUUAUACACAAACCCUAGAUCCCGUACAUAACUAUGGAUCCUCUACACACAUACACACUAGAAUCCCUAUACACACUCAAUCUCCUACACACACUCUGGGUUCUCCACACACACACUAGAUCUUCUACGCACACAAUAGAUCCCCUAUAGGCACACAAUGCACCACCUACACACACUACAUUAAUGACAUACACACUCUGGAUUCCCUAUGAACACACUAGAUCCCCUGUAAGCAAACACACACUAGUUUCCCUAAACACACACACUCUACAACCCCUACACACACUACAUCAUCUAUACAUACACUACAGCCCCUAUGCACACACUCACUACAUUACCUAUACUCACACUCUCUACAGCCCCUAGCCAUAAAUAUUACACCACAAACACAACACAACUGAAACCGACAUUUACACAAAACUCCUCACCACCAUGAACUCACUCUACACACACUCAAUCCGACAAGCAAGCUCUAAACACACGUACAAUACGCUUUCCUUACACGUUUGUUCUUUGGUAUUCCACUUACGGAGACACCGGAGACACGUCACAAGCAAACACAUAGAAUGUGACAGCAGAUAAGAACCAUUCGGCCCAUCUAGUCUGCCCAAUUUUCUAAAUACUUUCAUUAGUCCCUGGCCUUAUCUUAUAGUUAGGAUAGCCUUAUGCCUAUCCCAUGCAUGCUUAAACUCCUUUACUGUGUUAACCUCUACCACUUCAGCUGGAAGGCUAUUCCAUGCAUCCACUACCCUCUCAGUAAAGUAAUACUUCCUGAUAUUAUUUUUAAACCUUUGCCCCUCUAAUUUAAGACUAUGUCCUCUUGUUGUGGUAGUUUUUUUUCUUUUAAAUAUAGUCUCCUCCUUUACUGUGUUGAUUCCCUUUAUGUAUUUAAAUGUUUCUAUCAAAUCCCCCAUCUUGUCUUUCCUCCAAGUUAUACAUGUCUUUCCUCCAAGCUACACAGCGCAAGCAUGUUAAUAAAUUUGCUUGUGCUGCAUAGAACAAAUACAGGGCCUUUUUUCAUGCAAGGGCUCUUCAGCAGAGCUCUGCGCAUUGAACCAACAUGCUCACUUUGAGAGGGGGUGUGCUUGUCAUUGGUGAUGAGAAAACACCCCCCCCUCUCUGUCCCGCCCCCUUCUCAGUGGGCCGCUGUGAUUCAAAAAUGCCCUGGCCAAAUUUUUUUCCCCCAGUCCGGCCCUGCUUGGGGAUACCGAGUCCCGAAUCCCUUCCCCGCUGAAACUUUGGAGCCCAAGGUUCAUCUACCAGACAGAGCACUGAGAGUACAAAGGCCACACAUGAAGAUAUAGGUGACUAUUUGGUGGAGAUAGAUUUGAAUAUCAUUGUUGAAGUUUAUUUACUGUUUCUUUCUUUAUAUUUAUUUUGUUGAUACUUUCCAUUUCUCUUAACCAUUUAAUGGUCAUGUUGCCUACUUUGUGUGCAAAUACAAAUAAAACACAAAUUAAAAAAAAAAAAAAGUGUGGCUAGAUGUGUAUGCAUUAUUAUUUUGAUGUUAAAAAAAGAAAAAUGGUUCACCUUGAAAGUGUACUGUGACACAUGUUAAAUCAAUUGCAUUUCAAAGAGUGGAGAAUAGUACGUAGGCUAUUUUACUGAUGGAUUACCAAAUAAAAUUGUAUAAUGUACUCUUACAGUGCAGAUGUGUCAUUCGAUUGUUGUAAACGGUUUCUUUAGGCAGCCAUAAUGAGGAUGACCUAAUUUUGAUCUGCUUGACGAAUAUCUGAUUUAACUAGCCCUUUUCAUACGCUUUACAAAGCAAAUGUUGUACAUCCCUAUAGCCCUAACAGUCAGAUUUCUACCUGGUCAAAGCUAUGAGUCAUUAGGUUGAUACUGAAUGAAAAAGUGAUAUUGACGUACUUUGCAAGCCAUGCUUGAUGGACACCUUGAAAAGGUCAUCAGAUCUCUUUGUGUUUGAAGUUCACCCAAACCAAUUAAAAUAUUGUUUCCAGCAAGCAGUUUCACCCUCUGACAUUCAGCUCAUUACCGAUCUUUUUUAACAUUAAUUAAAUUAUGUAGAUAGAAAUGGUCACUUCUGAACUUCUAAUGGUGAAGCAGAAGUUAAUAGUAUAAGCUUGCUAUUAGGUGUUUCAAAUAGAAAGGUCAGCAUAGCUAACAAAAUGACACAUAAUAAUUCAUUAAAAAGAACUAGGCUCUCACUACUAUGACAUAAUUAAAAUUGAAAUCCCACAUUUUAUUCCAUUAUUAAUAUUCUGUAUCACAUUAUGAACUGCCGGGAAAGGAGUUGUAUAUUUCUUAAGGAUAUAAAAAGUGCUAUUUUUCAUAAAUACUGCCUCUAUUCCCCAAUACUAAAGGGGGAUAUAAUAAACUAAAGGGGGUUUAACACACAGGGAUAACACAUUCAAGAGGGGAUAUGUAACACUAAAGGGGGUAAGAAAUUCAAAAGAAGGGUUACGGGCACACAGGUGAAGAUACAUUUAGGGUGAGGGGGUGGGGCAAAAUGCUUAUUCGCCAAUCGGUAUCUCCUCAUAGAGAUGCAUUAAUCAAGAGGGUGGAAACACUGAAUGGCAGCACUGCCCCAGGAAGCACCUCUAGCACAGAAACAUAGAAACAUAGAAUGUGACGGCAGAUAAGAACCAUUCGGCCCAUCUAUUCUGCCCAAUUUUCUAAAUACUUUUAUUAGUCCCUAGCCUUAUCUUAUAGUUAGGAUAGCCUUAUGCCUAUCCCACCCACGCUUAAACUCCUUUACUGUGUUAACCUCUACCACUUCAGCUGGAAGGCUAUUCCAUGCAUCCACUACCCUCUCAGUAAAGUAAUACUUCCUGAUAUUAUUUUCAAACCUUUGCCCUUCUGAUAUUAUUUUUAAACCUUUGCCCUUAAGACUAUGUCCUCUUGUUGUGGUAGUUUUUCUUCUUUAAAAUAUGGUCUCCUCCUUUACUGUGUUGAUUCCCUUUAUGUAUUUCAAUGUUUCUAUCAUAUCCCCCCUUUCUCGUCUUUACUGCAAGCUAUACAUGUUAAUACCCUUUAACCUUUCCUGGUAAGUUUUAUCCUGCAAUCCAUGAACUAGUUUAGUAGCCCUUCUCUGAACGCUCUCUAAAGUAUCAAUAUCCUUCUGAAGAUACGGUCUCCAGUACUGCGUACAAUACUCCAAGUGAGGUCUCACCAGUGUUCUCUACAAUGGCAUGAGCACUUCCCUCUUUCUACUGCUAAUACCUCUCUAUACAACCAAGCAUUCUGCUAGCAUUUCCUGCUGCUCUUUUACAUUGUCUGCCUACCUUUAAGUCAUCAGAAAUAAUCACCCCUAAAUCCCUUUCCUCAUAUGUUGAGGUUAGGACUCUAUCAAAUAUUCUGUACUCUGGUUUUUACAUCCAAGAUGCAUUAUCUUGCACUUAUCCACAUUAAAUGUCAGUUGCCACAACUCUGACCAUUUUUCUAGUUUACCUAAAUCAUUUGCUAUUUGGCUUAUCCCUCCUGGAACAUCAACCCUGUUACAUAUCUUAGUAUCAUCAGCAAAAAGACAUACCUUACCAUCAAGACCUUCUGCAAUAUCACUAAUAAAAAUAUUAAAGAAAAUGGGUCCAAGUACAGAUCCCUGUGGUACCCCACUGGGGACAAGCCCAUGUUUCGAAUAUACUCCAUUGACUACAACCCUCUGUUGCCUGUCACUCAGCCACUGCCUUACCCAUUCAACAAUAUUGGAAUUCAAACUUAAAGAUUGCAAUUUAUUGAUAAGCCUUCUAUGUGCAAAAGCCUUACUGAAAUCUAGGUAAGCAAUGUCUACUGCACCACCCUGAUCUAUUAUUUUAGCUACCCAAUCAAAAAAAUAAAUAAGAUUAGUUUGGCAUGAUCUCCCUGAAGUAAACCCAUGUUGUCUCUGAUUUUGAAAUCCAUCUGUUUUUAGAUGUUCAACAAUCCUAUCCUUUAACAUGGUUUCCAUCACUUUCCCCAUUACUGAAGUAAGGCUUACUGGCCUAUAGUUGCCCGACUCCUCCCUAUUACCUUUCUUGUAAAUGGGCACAACAUUCGCUAACUUCCAAUCAUCUGGGACUACUCCUGAUAACAAUUGGUUAAAUAAAUCCAUUAAUGGUUUUGCUAUUACACCACUAAGCUCUUUUAAUAGCUUUAGGUGUAUUCCAUCAGGUCCCAUUGACUUACUUGUCUUUACUUUUGACAGUUGAAAUAGAACCUCUUCCUCUGUAAACUCACGUGUAAUAAAUAACUCAUUUAUCCUUUUUCCUAAAAGCAGCCAUCUAAGGAGUGGCCAGUGAAGUUAUCACUAGGCUGUAAUGAAAAUUUGCUCUGAAAAAACAGUGUGUACAGCAAAAAGCCUGAAGGUAAUGAUUCUAUUCACCACAACAAAUACAAUACGCUGUAGUUGUUCUGGUGUGGUAGAUGGCAGUGUUUGCCAUCUAGCUUUAAAGCUCAACACUGCCAUCUACUUGUUUCUUGGUCAUACAAUCCAGCAGGAUACGGUUAUGUUACUGUAAAUAAUACAGAGUAUCUCUUAGUUCAUUUACCAUUUAUUAACAAGGAAAACAAAUGUUUAGACAACAAAAAAACAAGUAUGUCGAUUAGAGGAAAUUAAUAAACACAGGAGAUCUCAGUACUGCCAUCUACUUAUCUUAUGGCCGUAGAGCUAAAGUGAAUAUAAUUCAAUAAAUGUAGAGAUUCAAUAUAUCACUUUAUUUACUAUGUAUCCUUUAAUUAGUAGGCAUGUGCAUGGGGAAAAUAUUCGAUUCGGUUAGGCAUUCUGAACUUCGGCACUUCGGAAUUUCCGGACUUCAGAAUUUUGGGACUUCGGGACUUUGGAUGUUCUCUUGCAGCCGCUUAGUAGAUAACUCCCUAAUUCCCAAGGUAUUAGGGAGUUAUCUACCAAAAGGCUGAAAGACCUAAAUUGGCCUUUCAGUCAAAUUUACUAAUACUAAGUAAAAAUUACUUAGUAUUAGUACAUUCUGCCCCUACUCGCUAUACCGCCUGUGGCUGCUUAAAAAAAACAAAAAAAAAACACCUGUGUCCCCUCUCCUGAGCCCCCACCUGUGCCACGCGAGUGGCGGCUUUUAAACUGAAGGGGGGACCUAUUGCCCCCCCCCAGCGGCAGAUGGGGGCCCUAAAGAAGAAUAGGGGGGGGACCUAUUGUCCUCCCCGCGGCCCCCACCCCUGAGCGGUGGGUGGGGGCCCUAAAAUACUUCAAAUGGGGGGACCUAUUGUCCUCCCCCCCGGCGGGUUAGCCCCUAAAAGUAAAAUAAGGGGGGGGGGGCUAUUGUCCUCCCCCCCGGUCCCCACCCCUGGGCGCUAAAUAAAAAUGCUUCCCCCCACAGGUGACUAGGGGUCCCAAAUCCCCUAGUCACCCCCUCCCCAAAAAAUUGUUUAAAUCCCUACCUACCCCCCUCACCCUAAAAAUAGUGAGGGAGGAACAAUGACUAAGUACCUGUAAAAAAAAAAAGAAAUAAAACUUACCAUUUGAUGUCUUGUUUUUUCUAAAAUCUUAUUUUUUUCAGCCCCAGAAAAGGCCAAAUAAAAAAACCAUAAUAUCUGUCGCACUUUAAAAAAAAACAAAAAAAAAAGAGCGCAAAAAAAUCCAACGAACCCCCCCCCCCCACGUUGAAAAAAUAAUCCAUCUUCACCCAUGGAGGGCACAGCGGACUGAGCUCCGCAGGGCAGGGGAAGGCUUAUAAAGCCUUGCCCCGCCCUGCAAUUAGGCUCAGAGCACUCUUGUUGGUUGGUUUAAGCCAUCCAAUCAGAGUGCUCUAACAGGUAAAUGAAGAGACUGACAGGUGAGUUUCUACAUUUACCUGUUACAGCACUCAAACGGGCAAAUCUGUUAGGCUGCAUGAGAUCAGGACUAGCUAAACCUUUUCUCUUCCCUCCCCCCCUGCUUCCUCUCCCCACUGUCACCCAGCUACGUGCCUGUUCCCCAUCUGUCUUAUCUCCUCCCUCUCCACUACCUGUCCCCACUAAACUCUGCUCAGUGAGCAGCAGACUCCUCUCAAGAUUGUCAAUCUCCCUCAGUGUUACAAUUUGCCUCUCCAGAUCUCUAAUCUGAGCUUCCAGAAAUGCCACUCGCUCACACCCACCACAGAGGUAUGGACCCUGGACAGAAUCAUUCAGGCAUGCAUACAUGUGGCAUGAUGUGCACUGAGUUAAAUUUGCAAUCUUGCUAGCACUCAUCCCCAGUAACAAAAAACACAAGUGAGAAAAAAAAAAAAAAAAAUGUUAACCCUCUUGGUUUAAACUCCCUUGUAGUUUCAACUCCUGUUGUUUUAACUCCUACUUAAAAGAGACUACUUGAAAUAGCCUACUUUCAAGCAAACUCCAGUGAGCAAGCUCUGUGAGUCAGUAGUGGGUUUAUAUUUGCAAUACAAAUCCCACACAGGUGGAAAUUAAGGGGCACUCCCCCUAAUUAGCUCAGCAGCAGCAGCACCCACAAGGAGGGGAAUAGAAACAACAAGAGAGGGGGAAAAAAAAAAAGGAGGGAAAAUGUUUUAAAUAAUACCAGCAAGGUGAAAAUAUAGAAGAAAAAAAAAGGAACAAAGUUUAAAUAUAUCCAAAGAGAAAAAAUAUAUAUAUAUGAAAAGGGGAAAAAAGUUACAAAAUAUUAAAAUAAAUCAAAACAUAAAUAAAUAUAUAUAUAUAAAACGAUCGAUCUGCCACAACAUUAAAACCACCUGCCUAAUAUUGUGUAGGUCCCACUCAUGCUGCCAAAACAGCUUUGAUGCGUUGAGGCAUGUACUCCACAAGACCUCUGAAUGUGUCCUGUGGUAUCUGGCACCAAGACAUUAGCAGCAGAUCCUUUAAGUCCUGCCAGUUACGAGGCAGGGCCUCCAUAGAUCGAAUUUGUUGUCCCAGCACAUCCCACAAAUGCUCAAUACAAUUGUGAUCUGGGGAAUUUGGAAGCCAAGGCAACACCUUAAACAUGUUGUCAUGUUCAUCAAACCACUCAUGAACAUUUUUUGCAGUGUGGCAUGGUAAUUAUCCUGCUGAAAGAGGCCACUGUCAUCAGGGAACACCAUUGCCACGAAGAGGUGUAUGUUAUCUGUAGUGCUCUCUAGGUAGGUGGUACAUGUCAAAGUAACACCCACAUGAAUGCCAGGUCCUAAGGUUUCCCUACAUAACAUUGCUUCCACCUGCCUGCCUUCUUUCCUUAGUGCAUCCUACUGCCAUCUCUUCCCCAGGUAAAUAACGCGCCCACCAGGCCAUCCACCUGAUCUAAAUGAAGAUGUCAGAUAAGGCAAUCUUCUUCCAUUUCUCCAUAGCUCAAUUCUGAUGCUCAUGUCCCCAUUGAAGGUACUUUCAGAGAUGGAAAGGGGUCAUAUACAGCAAACCACAAAGCACUGUGUGCUCUGACACCUUUCUAUCAUGAACACACUAUAAAAUAGAUACAAAUUCAUACACCCCAGUGUGGGCACACAAAUAUAUUUAUGUAUGCAAAAAUGAGAUGAGAACUUCCACAUUUGUAUAGCAGCAGCAGCUACAUGAGUCUGAAACAUAAAUAAAACACAAACACACAUAGUGUACUCCAUGACAUAUAAACUGAAUCUAAAAGAGCUAAAAUAAAACUCACAAAAUAGAUAUCCACCAUGAGACAGAAUGCAGGAAUCUUCAGUUAAAAAUCUUUAAAAAUCUUGUGAAUGAACAAUUAAUAAAAUAUAUAAAAAAAUAUAUAUAUAUUUUAAAAAAACGACUACAGUAGUAAUCAGCGUGACAGCAUAAGUCGUAAUAUAAAAACUUUGAAAAGUCCCACAAAUUUGUUUUUCCGGUACUUUGCAGUUAUUUAUAUUUUUAAGAAGUUUUUUUUUUUUUUUUUUACAUAUUUCUUAUAUAUUUUAUUUAUUGUUCAUUCACCUUUCUAUCAUGGCCAGCAUGUUUUUUUCGCAAUUUGAGCUACAGUAAUUCUUCUGUGCGAUUGGACCAGAUGGACUAAUCUUUGCUCCCCACAUGGAUCAUUGAGACUUGGGUGCCCAUGACCAUGAUGCCUGCUUACUGGUUGCCCUUCCUUGCAACACUUUUGGUAGAUACUAACAACUGCAUACCGAGAACAUCACACAUGACUUUCCAUUUUCAAUAUGCUCUGACUCAGUCGUCUAACCAUAACACCCCUUGAUAGGUGCCAUUGUAACAGUAUAAUUAAUGUUAUUCACUUCAUCUGUCAGUGGUUUUAAUGUUGUGACUGCGUAAUGUAUAUAUGUAUACACACAGUGGCGUACAUACCGGGGUCGCAGGGGUCGCGGCAGCGACCGGGGCCGCCCCUGCGACCCAGUAUGUACCCACAGGGCCACCUCAGGCCCCCCCCCCAGGCUGGCCCUGCUGAUCCGGGCGGGCUGGCUGUCUGGGUGGCCGGCGCGUGAGGGAGCACUCUCCCCCGAGUGUUUCCUCUUCAGCUCCCUCGCGCACCGCACUGAUACCGGAGCCGGAAGAUGACGUCAUCUUCCGGCGCCUGCAUCCCUAUGCAGCGCGCGAGGGAGCUGAAGAGGAAGCACUCAGGGGAGAGUGCUCCCUCGCGCGCCGGCCACCCAGACAGCCAGCCCGCCCAGCAGCACCACUGGACCCCAGGGAAUCCCCUCAGCUCUCCAAAAGGUAAGGAGGCUGGGGGGGAUUAAAUUUUUUUUUUAAAUGUGUGUGUUUGUGUGUUAGUGUGUGUGUGUUAGUAUUUGUGUGUGUGUGUGUUAGUGUGUGCGUGUGUUAGUGUGUGUGCGUGUGUUAGUGUGUGUGUGUUAGUGUGUGUGUGUGUUAGUGUGUGUCAGUGAGUGUGUCUGUCUGUUACUGAGUGUGUUUGAUGUCUGUUAGUGAGUGUGUUUUUUAUAAGUGAGUGUGUCUCUGUCAGUAAACCACUGCAGCUUAAUAAAGUUGUUCUGGUGUCUAUAGUUUGUCCCUGCAGGCUUUUUAAUGUAAACACACACUGUGUGCAGCACUGGCAUUAGUUCAUAUGGGUGGGGCAUUGCAUGUUGGGGCGGCAAAUCUUUCUUUUGCCUAGGGCGGCAAAAAUCCUUGCACCGGCCCUGCCCGCCGCCAUGUGUUGCGGCCUCAAACCGCGCCGAGUAAGCGCGGGGGGGGGCCCACGGAUCAAUUUUCGCACCGGGGCCCCAUGGGUCAUGUGUACGCCACUGUAUACACACACACAUACACAAGCUAUUUUUGCAUCUUCCUGUUGAAAUGUAACUUUUGAGGAAAUUAUUUCAAAAGCAACGCCACCAUGACAUUAUUUACACAUUUACAGAUAAUUCUGGUUUUUUUUUUACAUACUGGAGUUUUCAAAUAGAAAUAUGGAAAAAAAAAGAAAAAUGAGCUGGAUAGGGGCUGAAUUGUUCUUUGUCUCCCCAGCCCGUCUACCCACAUAUAUGUAACAGAACGUUAAACAUACAUUACAAUCUUAAAUGUGGAAGGUGCAGUCAGGGCCGGACUGGGGAUACAAAGCAGCCCUGGAAAAAUAAUUGUGCCAGCCCCAUAAGUCACUGUGCCAUAUAUUGUCGCGUGUAAUAUGUAAGGCUAUGUCUUGCCAGGACAGAUGAUUGAGUAAUAUAAAUAUAUAUAUAUAUAUAUAUAUAUAUACAGGGAGUGCAGAAUUAUUAGGCAAGUUGUAUUUUUGAGGAUUAAUUUUAUUAUUGAACAACAACCAUGUUCUCAAUGAACCCAAAAAACUCAUUAAUAUCAAAGCUGAAUAUUUUUGGAAGUAGUUUUUAGUUUGUUUUUAGUUAUAGCUAUGUUAGGGGGAUAUCUGUGUGUGCAGGUGACUAUUACUGUGCAUAAUUAUUAGGCAACUUAACAAAAAACAAAUAUAUACCCAUUUCAAUUAUUUAUUAUUACCAGUGAAACCAAUAUAACAUCUCAACAUUCACAAAUAUAAAUUUCUGACAUUCAAAAACAAAACAAAAACAAAUCAGUGACCAAUAUAGCCACCUUUCUUUGCAAGGACACUCAAAAGCCUGCCAUCCAUGGAUUCUGUCAGUGUUUUGAUCUGUUCACCAUCAACAUUGCGUGCAGCAGCAACCACAGCCUCCCAGACACUGUUCAGAGAGGUGUACUGUUUUCCCUCCUUGUAAAUCUCACAUUUGAUGAUGGACCACAGGUUCUCAAUGGGGUUCAGAUCAGGUGAACAAGGAGGCCAUGUCAUUAGAUUUUCUUCUUUUAUACCCUUUCUUGCCAGCCACGCUGUGGAGUACUUGGACGCGUGUGAUGGAGCAUUGUCCUGCAUGAAAAUCAUGUUUUUCUUGAAGGAUGCAGACUUCUUCCUGUACCACUGCUUGAAGAAGGUGUCUUCCAGGAACUGGCAGUAGGACUGGGAGUUGAGCUUGACUCCAUCCUCAACCCGAAAAGGCCCCACAAGCUCAUCUUUGAUGAUACCAGCCCAAACCAGUACUCCACCUCCACCUUGCUGGCGUCUGAGUCGGACUGGAGCUCUCUGCCCUUUACCAAUCCAGCCACGGGCCCAUCCAUCUGGCCCAUCAAGACUCACUCUCAUUUCAUCAGUCCAUAAAACCUUAGAAAAAUCAGUCUUGAGAGAUUUCUUGGCCCAGUCUUGACGUUUCAGCUUGUGUGUCUUGUUCAGUGGUGGUCGUCUUUCAGCCUUUCUUACCUUGGCCAUGUCUCUGAGUAUUGCACACCUUGUGCUUUUGGGCACUCCAGUGAUGUUGCAGCUCUAAAAUAUGGCCAAACUGGUGGCAAGUGGCAUCAUGGCAGCUGCACGCUUGACUUUUCUCAGUUCAUGGGCAGUUAUUUUGCGCCUUGGUUUUUCCACACGCUUCUUGCGACCCUGUUGACUAUUUUGAAUGAAGCGCUUGAUUGUUCGAUGAUCACGCUUCAGAAGCUUUGCAAUUUUAAGAGUGCUGCAUCCCUCUGCAAGAUAUCUCACUAUUUUUGACUUUUCUGAGCCUAUCAAGUCCUUCUUUUGACCCAUUUUGCCAAAGGAAAGGAAGUUGCCUAAUAAUUAUGCACACCUGAUAUGGGGUGUUGAUGUCAUUAGACCACACCCCUUCUCAUUACAGAGAUGCACAUCACCUAAUAUGCUUAAUUGGUAGUAGGCUUUCGAGCCUAUACAGCUUGGAGUAAGACAACAUGCAUAAAGAGGAUGAUGUGGUCAAAAUACUCAUUUGCCUAAUAAUUCUGCACUCCCUGUAUAUAUAUAUAUAUAUUGCUUUUUCUAAUAUAAAAUAUUGGUCCUUUCAGGGUAAAACGUUUAAUUAUACAGUAAGCAUACUCACAUGCAGACACAGGCAAUUUCACUGACCUCUCAAUGACACACACAAUCUCAUUGAUACACAGCCUCAUAGACAAACAAUCUUACUGAUAUACAUCAGCUCUUUGACAUAAAAACACAAGCUCACUCACUAGCAGGCACACGCAGUCAAGCAAGCUCACUCACUAGCAGACGCACACACAGCUUAAUGUGGUGGUACUGGUGUCUAUAGCAUGUCCCUACAGGCUUUUCAAUGUAGACACUGACUUUUCAGAGAAAAGGCAGUGUUUACAUUGCUUCAAAGUGACACUGCUAGUGACAGUCACGCAGACGGUCACCAGAGGUGCUUCCUGUGUCAGUGCACCUACACUCAGGGCCUCCACACUCUGUAGGUGCUGAACGUUCCCCAUAGAGAUACAUUGAUUCAAUGCAUCUCUAUGAGGAGAUGCUGAUUGGAGUGGCGUUUUGCAGCCAAUCCUAUGGCAAAGCAUUGGAUUGGCUGAGAUCAUCAAGCUUGAUGAUCUCAGCUAUAGAGGCAGGGCCAGUCAAGGGGAGACCAGCACGCUACGUGGGGAAAAAAAAAGGUGAGCAAAAACACUAUUUUUAAACACACAUUUACACCAUGACAGACACAGAAGCACACAUAUACCAUGACAGAUACACACCCCAUGACAGACACACACACACACCAUACAGACAGACACCAUAACACAGACAGACAGACACAUUACUAAUACCUGCCAGGGGGAGGUCUUCUGGAGGCCGCUGGGGGAGCUGCGCUGGCUCUGCUCUCCCGCCCUCGCGCACUGCUGAAUGAGACCAGCGCCGGAAUAUGACGUCAUAUUCCAGCGCCGGUCUCAUUCAGCAGCGCGCUGGGGAGCAGAGCCAGCGCAGCUCCCCCAGCGGCCGUCAGAAGCCCCCAGCAGACCUCCCCAGCGGCCCAGGUGUCUGCCCGGCCCCAGGUGCCGACCGGGAAAUUUCCCGGUGGGCCAGUCCGGCCCUGGGUGCAGUGUUAUCACCCACCAUACAUUAAGGGAUUUUAAAUGAUGGUCAGAAAUAAACUGUGUAUAUAAUGAUCAUGCCCCCACACAAGGAAUUAGAUUUUUACUUGUAAUACGCCCCCUUUAGGGUAUAUAUCAUGCUCAUCUUUAACUAAGAAGCAAAACAUACAUUUCCAACUUCUGAUUAAAGUAACAACACACUGGCUUCACCAACCUUGAAAUCAGGAGUAGGUAUCUGGACAUUUGGUCUUUACUUCAGUUCUUUAGAUUUCAAUAAACAUUACCAGUGUUAUAAUUAACCUUGUUACAGACCUCUGUCUGUCAAUCAGAAAACGUAACUUCCUGGUCUGGUUAGCUCAGUGGUGUUAACUUCAAGAGGCAGCAAUUGCCCAGAGCUGCAUUGGGAAGUCCAUGAUUGGACAGCGACAGAAAGCCUGGGUGGGGUUAGAAGGGGAGGACUUACAAAGGCUACAAACAAGAGAUCUGCGGGGUUUGCAUGUUUUUAGAAAUAAUCCUAAUGAAAAAUUGUGUGACUAAAUGCAUGCAUGCUUUCAUUAGGGGGUAUAUAUUAAUAACGACUUUAAAAAAUGUGUUUAUUUGGUAUUUGGCAGCAGAAUGUCUCUUUAAGUUGCUGCUAAUAUUCUCUUGCAGCAGAGGACAGUUUGGCAUCAAUCUGAACUCCUGGAGUCUUCCAUUUUGUUUUGCAGUUGUUUACAAACUGCCGUGUGGAUAACAUACUCCUCACUGAAAAAUAGAAGUGAAAUAUAAUACAAUUCCAUGCACCUUAUCACAUAAUUAAUAAAUAUUUAUUCUAUAUACACAUAUGCCAUCUAUAUAACCAUCAUAUUGUUCAACGUAAUGCUUCUGUCUCCCCUGCUUCAAUCUCCUUAUAAAUAUAUUUUCUCUUUUUAGUGAGAUUCAAUUAAACAAAGCAAAUAGCAGAUCACCAGCAGGAAGGAAGGGAUUCUCAAUAGCUCUUCAUUCUUUGAAUUAGCAGUACUGUAAAAAUACAUAACAAUUAUCUUUCCUUAUAUGCCCUUGUGUACAGUAGCAAAUAUCAAAGCAUCUGUGUCACAACAGUUUGUAUUGUGUGAUACAUUUGUGACUAGUUGGCAAUUUAUACUAUAGUGCGACCUAAGCAUUUACAGUCAGGACGCCUGAAAUUCAGGGACUCAUUUUGUGUGGACAAGUAUUUAAUCUAUGAUGGUGCAAAUGUUUGUGCUGGAGUUGAGAUACUGAUGAAACACUGGGCAUGGGAAUUCUUGCACACUGCUAAGUUAUGUUUUAAUUGUUUUAUGUUUUAUGUGUGAAUAGUAUAUGAAUAUAUGUGCUUGUAAAAACACUAAGCCAUUUUUCUAGCCUAUCCUUACCUUUUGUGUCACAAUACCCAUGUAAGCUCAUUGAGCAGAAACCUCAACCCCUCUGUUCCUGUGCGUCCCUCUCGUCUUGUUACAAGUACUUGUCUGUUAGUCCACCAAUUGUAAAGCGCUGCAGAAUUUGUUUGCGCUUUAUAAAUAUUAACAAUAAUAAUAAUCAUGUGUAACUGUGCUGGUGUACAUACUGUACAGUGUACCUAAAUAUAUACAUGCAUAUAAUGUGUGUGUUUUAGUAACAAAUAUAUUUAUGAUUAAACAUGUCUAUAAAACAUGAGCAUUAAAUAUCAAACACUUCUCUUUUUUGGUUGCCAAGGAUACAUGAUUUCUAGAAGCUAGUUGCUGCCCCAUGUCUUUCUUGAUCUCUUACUGGCAUUUUCACAUCAUUCUGCCACCAGUGGCAUCAGUACACUAUUUAGCUAAUUACCAGCCAACAGACUACUAUCUAUUUGGAGCCCCGCUGUGCUGUACCUUGGUAUCGUAUUCUUUUGUUGUGACUCAGUUUUGUUGACUACCGCUGUUUCUGUUUAUCUGACCUCAGUCCUUUCAUCCAUCACAUCUUUCACACUAUUUGCUCCCUGCUUUGAUGUUUUGCCCCAUCCACCUUUAUAUGUGCCCCGUGCUCCUGCUAUUUUUCCAGUUUUUUUUAGUUCUUUUACAUCAUGGAAAAUAAAAAUGGAUCAUACCAACAUAAGCCCAUGACUAUUUGGCUUAUAUAUAGAUAUUUCUCUGGGUAAAUGCAACCAUCACAAAAAGCAUUUCAACGUGUCCUAUCAUCUUUUUUUUUUUUUAAUUCUUUAUUUUUGUUGUGCAUAUGUGUAGUACAGGCAGGCAAGAGGUGCCCCAAGAGCAGUCCUCCAGCAUUUCCCACGCUCAACAUGCGGGGCACAAGAUGAACAAGCACAUUUUAUAUUAAUGACAAGUAUAAACAAUCGAUUGUAGAAGUAGCUAUAUGGUAAAUUUAGGCUGGGUCAAUGCGUUGACUAAGCUUUAAAUGCUCUAAAUAAUGCUGGUGCAACAUAUAUAUUAUGAAAGUAAACUAAAGCUUUAUGAUUAAACAAUAAUCGUGCAUUGGUUAGCAACAGGCUACAGUUAGGUAAAUCGCUUUAAUGCUAUUAUCACCCCGGCCGACCGGGACCACCCAUGCUGCCUCUGCGGGGAGCCAUCUUCUUGGUGGUCCAGAGACCUCACACUCAGUGGGAGACCCACUGUCAUUCGAUACCUGCUCUGCCCUAUCUGUGUAACAUGGAGCGAGUGUCCACCAGAGCAGGCAUCAGGACACAGUCCACUCAUGCUGCGCUGUAAGGUUCUCGCUGAGUUCUUCCUCUGAGUCUGCAGCUGUGCUUCAGUAUGCUUGUCCCUCUUGGUUCUCUGAGGGUCGGCCUCAGCCGUGAAGGGGAGCUUGGUGUAGUCUGCAUGUGGUUGUCGGUUCCUGGGUGGUUUUUGUUGCAGGCUGGGUGUGGGGUGAGUGGUUGGUAUGUCUUUGCGCUCAGUCCGUUCAGGCGGCAAUAGUCGGUGCGCGGGUUACCUCCAUCCCCCCUGUGCCGCCGUUGUCGUCGCUGAUUCAAAUGGCUGCAGGGGUAAGUGAUAACAAUCUCGCUUCUUGGUUUAGCCGGGUCUGAAGGCAGGAGCCGCAUUGUCAGCCGUGGGCACUGGUGCUGGGUGCUGGUCCUCCCUUCGUCACUUGCGCACAUGGCGCCUGCCAUCUUGGACCUAGCGGUCUGACCCCCCAGCUUCGGCCACGGCAUCCCGGUCAAGGUCUAAGGGUGAGGACCGGGAUCACCCCCCCAGUCCAUAGGGGGGGGGGGAACAGGGCCGGGUCCGCUCAAAUUUGUGGGUACUGUAGAGAUUAGGUUGGGUACUGUAUUGCAGGAUUGUUUGGGCAGCGGCCGUCUGCCCCACUCACUACCAGAGAAGGCCUCAGGUAGUUCAGCGAAAAUUUAUCCUCAAGGGGACUGUAGCUCGAUGAGCAAGCCUCUCCCUGGAUCCAGGAGUCCCUAUGCUUUAGGCAUCAUUGCUGUCGGUCUGCUUUUUGUUUUAAAGGCAUGGUUUUUAGUCGUUUUUAAUGCGGUGUUGCAGGAGCUCUGCUUACCUGCGACCGUCCAGCUCGGCGGUCCGGCCCCGCCCCCGCGUCCUAUCAUCUUUAAAUUUUUAUUUGUGAGGCAUGAUGAUGUUAGCAUUUUCUUUGUGCUGUUGUAAUGGUGUUUUGUACCAUGUGGUGCCACCUGCAUUUAGGUGGAAAAUGCAGGCCUCUUAAAAUGUGGCCUUCCAGUGGUGUGGUGUAUAUUUGAACAAGCAGGGCGAUAGCGUAAUCAUUUUUGUCCCUUCUGUUCCUUAAUCAUUUUAGAUUUUUGCGCUCUCCCCCCUUUUUUUUGUUACAAAAAUCAAUAUUAAAAAACCUUUAAUCCAGAGCCAAGUCAAGUCAUCAAGAUUGAUGAUUUUUGUUCAACCAAAUAUUUUGAUUGAGAAUCAUUUCAGAUGUAUGGCAGCAGUCAUGCUCAGACAUGCUCAGCAGGUAUGUCAAGAACCAUGUUAUUACUGGACUCCUCAAUAGCGAGACAGUGCAGCAAUAGCCCUCCAUCCCAUGCUGCCCAAGGAAUAUCAUUGCCAAGGCAUUACAUUACUGAGAUUAGAUGCCAACUGCCAUAACAAAUGAUUGGCACACAGCAAAUAAUGCCAUAGCCCAUUCUACAGGACUACAUGCAAUAAAGGACUCAGCAAAAGUAUUUGAUUGGACCCCAAGCUGGGUGAUCACCAUGUGGAACCAGUCACAGUAAAUGCAUUAUCUACAAUCUACUAAAUAGUAACCCUCUAGGGUUUGUGCUAGGGUCAGUGUGUUUUGGCCCUUCAAGUUCUCAAAGAAAACUGACAGAAGCAUACAUGUGGGAUAUUGUUGUAUUCACGACUCAUGGGAUUCCAAUGAAUGCUAAACUAGGGUCUUUCAAGUAGUAGAAUACCCAAGGCAAAUGAAAUUCACUAUUACUUUUUCAUUUGUAUGUGAAAAAAAUGACAAAAUUCCCCCUAAAUUCAGCAGAAACUGGGGAUGAAAUGAGCAUCUUAAAGUAUCAAUAUGUCCUAUUUUAAAUAGUUGAAACUGUUUUUUUUUUUGAGGUUAUGAUUUGGGUUAGUGCAGUUAAGCUUUCUAUUCUUUUCCCGAAAGGGCCCAGUAAAUCAGUCAAUGACAAUUGGAAAUUUUCAGUGGGAUACAUAAAGUUGUGUUGUUCCCAGUGAAAAUAACGUGUAUGUGAAAAACACCUAAAAUAAUUAUAACCAGCUGAUUGUUGGUUGGUUAUGAUAUAAUUAUGAUGGCAUAUUUCUUAUUUUAACAAAGCAUAAAUGUAUCCAAUAUAUACUACUUCAGUAUAUGGUAGUAUAACAUACUGAGAUUUUCAAAACAUGAGUGUAUAAGUCAUAGGCGUGCGCAGCCUAUUGUAUAAGGGUGUGCACCCUAAAGCACAAACACACACGCUGGGGGAUCCUGCUGCUCCUGCCUUCCCUGGUGGUCCAGUGGAGGUGGGGCAGAUUGCUUAAUAUCCCCCCUCCCUUCUUACAUUAUGCCUGGGAGGGGGGAUCCUUUCUGCUGUUUCCAUCCCUGGUGGUCCUGUGGAGGUGGGGCAGAUUGCUUAAUAUCCCCCCUCCCUUCUUACAUUAUGCCUGGGAGGGGGGAUCAUUUCUGCUCCUUCCUUUCCUGGUGGUCCAGUGGAGAAUGAACUCUAGCCUGCCGGGGCAACGCUCAGAAUCCCGCGAGAGGAACCCGGCGGAGCUGCCGGCAAUAGCUCCCCGGGUCCUCUCCUGCCUCCCUCCCUGCCUGUGGGUCGGUGGGAAGGGAGGCUGAGAGCAGAGCCGGCGCUCGGAUAGCGCCGGCUCUGCAUGAGCUGACAGGGGAGAUCCUGAGAUCUCCCCUGCCGGUCUCAAUAUACAUAGGCGUGCCGGCGGGAUUAGGGUGUGCCAAGGCACACCCGGCGCACGCCUAUGGUAUAAGUUAAGGAAAUGAUAGGGUUGGAUAAUUAUGUUGUGUGACAUUUGAGAAGUUAGCAAUAGGGGGGUUACCAGCAUAAAAAAGGGGGAGAGGAGAGAGGAAUAAGAAGGAUGAGGGAGAGAGAAAAAGGCAGUUAUUCUGCCUCUGAAACCUGUGUCCAUGCGGAAAUGACAGGCAAGAGUCACAGGUAAAGAGAACUUAGGUGUUUUUUUUCCAACAAUUGCAACCAGUGAAAACACAUAUUGCCUUGCAUUGUUGGUAUUUGUUACAGGAUGCCAAGAUAAGCUCUCCACUCUCCAGAUUUGGAUACGAAAUCUUGCAUUGUAGGGCCAUCCUUCUUCUAGAGGCCAAGGAUGAAACUGCAUUUGCUCAGUGUAGGAGCCAAGAUUGCUGAUAACAUGAUAUCGGAAUCUGAGAUUUAUGUUAGCAUUAGUAGCUUGGGUAACAGAGUAGAGGGUUAUCACUGAAGCAUUGUAAGAAUUAGUGGACCUGUCUAUAGAAGGGUUGCAUAAUAAAAAAGGGCCAACAUAUAUAGACCAGUGCAUCCAAUUCCUUCCUGCACCACCAGCACUCUGAACCAUGGCCAGUUGAGUAUCUAUAGAUUAAGUAUGGAUGGAUUAUAGUAUCUGCUCAGCAUUUUAUAUCCAAUUUCUUGGAAACAACGGGGUGUGGGAUGAUUUUUGAUUCAAGAGGAAGGAGGUCAAGAAGAAGAUUCAGAAAUAGUGAUCAUUGUUUUUGAGUUCCUACGUCUCUCUAAAAAUGGUUGUUAAAAAUAGGAGAGCAGAAUUCCAUAGAAGAAAGUGCUUACUGUCUUCUAAAUGAGGGAAAUAUUGUUAAGCAAUAAUUACAAAAUGCAAUUUUUAGGUUAAUCUAUUCUAUCGAUAGAACCUGAACUGCAUUUAAUGUAGCUUCCAGAAGGAGGUAGUCUAGGAAAUCCUCUAGGUCUUCACAAUCAGUGGGUAGCAUGAGGAGACUCAAACCUACGUACCUCUUGUCAAGGUCUUCAAUGAUUUCAGAUUGGGAGGGGACAUGCAAAAAAAUGUGUAGUUGGGGGUUAUUAUUAUUGGCAUUUAUAUAGCAUCAACUUAUUCUGCAGUGCUUUACAAAAUUAUAACGAAGGGAAUAUAACAAUAAAUUAGACAUUUACAAAAUGUUACAGGAACAAUAGGAUGACGAGGACCCUACUCAAAAGAGCUUACAAUCUAGAGAAAGUGGGGAAUAAAAACACAAUAGGAAGGGCUGCAUAGGGCAUAUGAAGUGACAGUGUGGGAAAGUAGCAGAAUAGGAAGGUGAGAGAGGAGUGUGGUGCUUUAAGAGUGAGCGAGAAACAGGAUUAUGGAAUAAAAGUUACCUUGGGAGGCCAUAGGCUAUUCUGAACAGAUAGGUUUUGAAAUACUUCUUAAGUGAUUGAAGACUACGAGACACCCUGACGGAGUUGCUCGUCAUCACUCUAUCUUGUAGAUAUAUAGUCAGGACUUUGUUCCAAUAAGGCACUAACACACACACACACACAACGUUAGAUGUCGCUAUGCAGUCUUAUAGGUGAGAAUGUGGUUAAGCAUAUGUGGAGACUGUGUGUUGCACUAGGUGUCAGGAAAGUAUGAUAGGUAGUGCAGGUGUCUUAUUCUUCAGAUUAAAAUGGAUGCUGGGGUAUUGGUUGCUAACUUGAACCCUGAGAGGUAUGGCUUUAUCUGAACUGUUUCCAGGUUCAAAGCAUUUUUUGUGUCUUUACUCUGUAAGUGGCAGAAGGGUCUUGCAGGUUUAUUAAAAAUGAAAUUCAAAUUUACGUCCAGAGUAUCUGAACUGAAACUGUAGCUGACUGUUUUCCAGUUUGGAUAUUUUAACCUUAAAUUUAUUUUUUAAUUCAAUAUGAAUUUGGACUUUAGUAAAUAACCCUGUUGAUGUUCAAGUGACCGGUUUGCAAAGUGGGACCAGCAUACAAGAAUAUUGAGCUAAGUCUCAAUAUUGGGAUAUUCUGAUAGACAUCAAAGAAUUCCCAAAUCAUAAAUAGAUGCUGGCAUAACACCUUGUAUUAAAGUUAUAUACAUAUGGAUGUGGGAUAAUAAAGUUGUUCUUCAAUGAAAUCCCUUAACAAACAAGUUUUUAUUUUUAUUUUAGGCUAGAGUAAGCCAAACUUAAAGCAUAGCUGAAUAACCAUGAAAGUUAUCUUAAAUCGCAACUUUAGCACUUACAUAUAGACCUCCAUUUAAUAUUUUAGGUGAACGUUUCCAAUGAUUUACAUUUAUUAGAUAAACUUUUUAAAAUUAUUUUGAAAAUAUGUUAAUAUUUUGAUAUUUUAUAUAUUUUUUUUAAUAGUUUUAAAAAAAAAAUCAUUUUAAAAGUUCCAAAGUAUACAAAAAAUAUUAAGUAAUUUGAAAUGCUUUUACAAAAAGCUGGAAUUUUUUUUUCACCAAACUGGAAAAUCAGUUGAACCAUAUUAGGGUAUCAAUUUAUUUUUUAUUUAUUUAUUGCAGGAUCAGCUUUUAUCAAAGUAUCUCUCAUGAAUCACAACAAGUUUAUCAAAUCUAAAAAGACUGCUGUAGUUUGUGGCUCACCAAAUCCUGUUUACAAUGAAACCUUAAGCUUCAAGUUGGAGCAGAACGAGUUGGAUACGGCAAGCCUGAGCCUGUGUGUCUUUCAGAGCAGUGAAGGAGACAGUAAGUGCUUUGCUUCACCUAAUGUGUUUCUUCUUAUCACUGAUAGUAAUAUAUAAUCUAUGCUAAAAAGUAGGAUGUGAAGAAGAUGUCAAGCCCCCUUAUAUCAGGAAUAUUUACCUGAUUGACAAGGCUUUGCAUACCAGUGCCAUUUCUUACAUUGAAAUUGUAUUAGAUCUCUCUAUUGCUUUAAAUUUUUUCUGUCUAUAUGAUGGCCUAUUCUAAAGUGUUAAGUAUCGCUACCGAAUCUGAUGGCGCUAUAUAAAUAAUAAAAUAAUCCCCCUCCUGCCGGCCUGGAUGGCGAGGAAAGGGUUAAAUCUUACCUUUUCUCCAGCGCCAGGCGGGGAGCUCUCCUCCUCCUCUCCGCCUCCGAUCCUCCUCUUCAGCUGAAUGCGCAUGCGCGGCAGGAGCUGCAUGCGCAUUCAGCCUGUCUUAUAGGAAAGCAUUCAUAAUGCUUUCCUAUGGACGCUUGCGUCUUCUCACAGUGAUUUUCACAGUGAGAAGCACGCAAACGCCUCUAGCGGCUGUCAAUGAGACAGCCACUAAAGGCUUUAGAGGCUGGAUUAACCGUAUUAUAAACAUAGCAGUUGAUCUGAAACUGCUAUGUUUAUAAAAAAAAAGGGUUAAUCCUAGAGGGACCUGGCACCCAGACCACUUCAUUAAGCUGAAGUGGUCUGGGUGCCUAGAGUGGUCCUUUAAUAUUGUCAAUGAAACAGCAUGCACAGGUUUUAGCUCUGAGUAUAGUGUGGGAAAUGGCUAUAGCAGGGUGAAGCAAAUAAACAUCUGGGAUUGUGAGAGUAUGUGCUGAUGAGAGAGGACAUUGUCAUUGUUUAGCAAGGAAGAGGGCUAAAUUACAAUGAUCGUGGAAUAAUUCACUGAAAAUAAAUACUAUGGAUUUCUGAAAUACCAUGAUGAGAAUAAAAAGAUAAGCGCUAUAAAGUAUAAUGUCUGGUUAAAUAGCCAGACAUUCUGAUUGCCGCAAUACGAAAACAGUGCGGUUUUAAAAUUGCAAAACGCAGAAAAAAACACUUUCAGUUUCAACAACUUUCACAUGUAAUAUGCCAUACUUAUCCAGUCCAAGAGUCAUAAAGAAUAAUUCUUGAAUAGUCUGCAGCAUUCAUAAUAUUAAGUCACUUUAAAAGUCUAUCCAAAAAUAUCGAUCAUUUGGAAAGCGUAUCCAACUAUAUUAGGCUCUAGGACUUGAUUUAAUUCGCUUUUCAAGUGACCAUUAAAGUCAACAGGAAUUUUUGCAAAUAAAUCACUUUUUUAACUGGAAAGCUUAGUAACUUGAGGGCUAUGUUAUGGACAAUAAAGCCAAAUUCUGUUUCACCCACUUAGAUGGGCUUGAUCAAGAUAAGCAAGGCAUUCACUAUCAUGCCAUAUUUCCAGUCCGUCCCUCAUUAUAUCUUGAAGGGAUAAUUUCCAAUACUCACACUAAUAUUUUGCUACAAAAAAGCAGACAUAUUGCAUAAAACAUAAACAAUAAAAAUUAAUAUGGGCCAUGUGAUAUCAAGAAGUAUAUAUACAAUGACAUAUGCUCUGAGAGGUUGUUUUUAAUCUCACAGCUCCCAUUGUAAUUUAUUGUGGUUUAGUAUUUUAGAUUUUGAUUGAUAUUCUUUAUUUGUGCUUUCUUGUUCUGUGUCUUAUAAAGAAUGAAAACAUACUAAAGUUUAUAUCAAUUUCAAGCAGAUGGAAGAAACCGCAAAUGGUUUCAUAUUGACUCCCCUAUGAUUAUUCAUGGACAGUUACCUAAUAAGUCAUGUGUCUUUUAAAGUGAGUGGAAAAUAAAACAGCAUUUAAUGUGAGAACUUUCAGCUUUCAGCCAACUGUUUCUUCAACCUUCACUUGUCUUAUAUCUCCAGCGUGGCAGUAAAGCAAAUACCUAUUCACAUUGGUUUGUUAUUUUCCAUUAAAAUUAAUUUCAGUAUUCUGUGAAAGAACAAGGUUUCAUUAUUACAUUUUCAUACGCUAUCAGCAAACUAAAGGUUGUGAGAAAGGUUGACAUUGAACUUAAAGCUCGUUAUAUUCCGUUAUAGGUCCCAAAUAUUUAAAUAGCCACUGUUUACAAUAAAGGUGUGCAGAAAAACAUCUUUGAAUAUACAAAAUAUCAAACAUACCAACUUUCUAGCAGAUGGGCUACAAUAGCAAGAAGGCCACACUGGUUCUAUAAUAUCAACUGGGAACAUGAAAAUACUUUAGAGUGGACAAGUGUUCACCAAAGCUGGACAACUGAAGAUUAGAACAUUUUUGCCUGAUGUGCUUCUUGACUGGGGCCAUUCUCUAGGGCAGGACAGGUUAUCCCACCCUUGUAUAAUGAUAAAGGUGAUGUUUUCCUUUUUUUAUGAUGUGUAGCCAAAAAGUCUGCAGGAAACAAGCAUGCACUUUGUUGACUCACUCCAACGAAGAAUUUAUGAUCGGUAUUGAAACCUCAUUCUGCACAGAUCCCUCAUGGGGCAAAGAUUGAACCACUUUUUUGCAUUGUAGUUUUCAUUUUGUCCCAUUGGACUUUUUGCUUUUUUUAUUAUUAUUUUGAAACUUUUCUUAUUUCACAGGUACUAGUUUUAAUGCCCCCCAUUAUUAUAAUGGUGAGGUAAGGAAGGGUUCACUUAAUUUUGGGAAGGUAGCUAGGGACUUGGGGACCACUAGCCUCCCUAGGCUGGAGGUUUCAGAAAGACCAUUUAUUGGCACUGCUAAUCUUUGUAUAAUUAUUUAGAACCUCUACCCAUCACCCAUGUGUCAGGGCUAGGUCAUUCCAAUGUAUUUUAUAUUUAAAGCAUGUGUAGGCAAAUACACAGUUUAGUUUUCCAUGCUGGACAAGAGGUCUGCCCAAUCACGUGGACUAGAUCUUCUAUCCAAUCAAGAGGUAAGAAAAAAAAAUAGUUGCUGGUUAGGGGCAGCCGGUAAAUGAUUUUUUUGGUGAUACAUUUGGUGAUGAUAAUUCUGUUUCCCCCACCACUGCAGACAUAGCACUUUUACCUCCGGCCCAGGCGCUACUGGACUAUGAUGAGUCAGGAAAAUCACAAGUGGAAAGGGUGGAGUGGAGAACACGUAGCAAUUUUUGAAUAUCAGUAUAGUCAAUAAUAAUCACCUUUUUUGCUGCGGUUCUGGAUUUUACUAAUAUUUUUCCGUAAACAAAUUUGUCCGAAAUGAACAGUGACAUGAACCAAAUUCUGGCUACGUGAAUUUCUUUUUUCUUUAGAAAAAAUACAGAAUGUUUUGCCUUGCACAAGUCUUACAUAGUUACAUAGCUGAAAAGAGACUUGCGUCCAUCAAGUUCAGCCUUCCUCACAUUUGUUUUUUUUUUUGCUGUUGAUCCAAAAAAAGGCACAAAAAAAAGUUUAGUCUAGAUCUCACAAUCUAAGUAAUACAAGAUCAUCAUGUUCUUCCCUUUAUAUAAUGUAUGUGUGUGUAUUGGGUGUAUAUAUACGCAUGUACACACACAUAAAGAAACAUACGUCUGAUAUUGAAAUAGAGCCAAGCAAUUCAACUAUGCAAAAAACAAAAAAAACAAAAAUAAAACAAACAAAGGAACAGAAAGAUUGCAGAGGUUGCUCUGCACCGAUGAACCAAAAUGUGAAAUAUUUAGAUAUAUCAGAAGGCAGUUUUUUUGCUCUAUGGCAGGAAAGUGUUACAGGAAUGAGUGCCUACAGGCAACAAUGAAGCACGGUGGAGGUUUGUUGCAGUUUUGGUGUUGCAUUUGUACAAAUUAUCGCCAUUAUCGCCAUUUAUAUAGCGCUAACAGAUUCCGUAGCGCUUUACAAUAUUAUAAGAGGGGGGAUUUAACUAUAAAUAUGACAAUUACAUGAAAAUUUACAGGAACCAUAGGUUGAAGAGGACGCUGCUCAAACGAGCUUACAGUCUAUAGGAAGUGGGGUAAAGAACACAUUACCUGAAAAAUACAGCCAAAGUCAUUACAAACGUUCUUCAGUGUACAGUUGAAGAAGAAAUUAAUAACGCUGCCAUAGAGGCCCUAAUCUCAGCAUCAUCAUCCAUCUGGGUUUACAUAAGCAGACAGAACCGAGGCUGCCUAUACCCACAGAACUGUGUUUAGCGCUCCAAAAUGUUUGAAACAACCUACCUUUUGAGUUCCUCAUAAAAUCGUGUUAGUGUUAAUCUAGAUCUGAUGCUGUUCUGACGGCAAAGGGUGAUUCGAUUUAGAUUUUGUCACUUGAUAAAAACAAAACAAAAAAACUAUUAGCCUUCUAUUAAAUCAUUCUUACUUUACUCCCUUUAUUUCACUCCUGCCUAAAACUUUUACACUAAUAUAUAUUCUCACACAGAGAGGAUCUUUAAAACAAAGAUAAAAUGCAAUAUUAAAGUACUUACAUGGGUAUGUAUUCUGUUCUUUCCUGAAGGAAGUAACAGCAAGCUGUCCUAGUUAGAAUUUCAAAUACGGUAACUUCAGUCGGAGUACUCUUUUUUUUUUUGGCAAACUAUGGUCAGCAACCCAGAAUUACAUAGAGGAAAAUAAAAUGAUGGCAGUCGUUGUCUACAGUAAAAUUCAGACUUGCUGGAACAAUAAAAGUAAAAUAGGCAUAUUAUUAUUAGUGUGCAUUUUCUUACUAAAAUUCCACUGGAACAAUCAUCUCUCUCUUUAACAAAAAGAAGAUUCAUAGUACAAGAGAAUAUCUCAAGACAGUUAUGCAGAACAGAGCAGAGAAUUAAAAUGUCAAAACUUAAUUAGAUGCCAGCUAAGGCCAUCUGUUGCCCGUGCCAGCUGUCCGAGCACAGUAUUAAAUGACCCUAAGGCAGAGUGCAUGAGUUUUGUUUUUGUUUUAUUAGAGAGUUACGUCUUCAUACAGUGGAUGUGUGUUUUAUUUAGAAUUAGUAGUACAAGGAGAUCAAUACAUAUACCUGUACAUUUUGAGACAGAAUGAGGUUUCCUAAAUGGUUCUACUGAUUCUGAUUUUUUUUAAUCAAAUUUUUUACUUUUCAUGAUACUUGAUCAACUUUCAUAAGUUCGAAAGGUAUUCUAAAAUAUAUUUAAAGCAGAGAUGUACUCAGGGGCGGACUGAGCACUUGGGCAAAUCAGUCAUGGACCGAGGGACCCCAGUAAUGGCUCAGCUGGGGAGUUCAACAAACUUCCCAGCCAGCCUGCACACAGCAAGGGGCCCUCACGCCCCCCUUAGGGCCUUCUCCCUUCGUUAAACUACGCUGCAGUGGCAGUCCCAGCAUAGCACACUGAGGGGCAGCUAAUGGGGCCUUCUCAAAGACCCUCUAGGCUGCCCCUCAGUGUGUCUGUCUCUAGGAGUGAAAAAUAGGCCCAGCAUGCAGGUAGCUUGAUCAGAACACCGGUGAGGGAUUUUCAGGCCAACAGGAAUAAGGAUUCCUCUCCCUGGACAAAGGUAAGACUCAGGGAGGGCCGGGGGAAUACAUGACUGCUGACCCAUAUACCAUCCCACCGUUGCCCCAAUAAUACACUGAACACCUUUUAAAGUGGAUAAGGGCAACGGCUACAGCUUUAUUAAACCGUAAAAAUUCUUAAUUCUUAAUUCCUGUCAGCUGUUGGGUGAGGGCCCAACAGACAGUCCUCCAUCCUUAUUCUCCAAGAGCCCAACACAGCAGUCACUAGCCAUCAGUCUUGCGCCGACUGUAGUCUCCCAAAAGUGACCUUGCGUCAUACUCCUUUCUUUUUUUGAUUCCGCUGUCCAGGGAAAACCGCCAGCUGUGACAAUGAGAAAACACACGAGAAACAACCAAGCACACAGCAACACAAGUCCUUCCACCUUUGCAACAUUGUUGCUCCCAUUAUUCCAUCCCACUAUCCUGGGCAGCAGUCAUGCUCCCACUUCCCUAUUUGUCCAGGGGGACACUUUAUUUAAACAUGGUUUUAUUAUCUAAUUUACCUUACUACUGCCCCAUCACAGCUCCUAUCCCCCCCAUCCCCCUACCAACCAAGUCCCCUAUACCCCACUACACUAACUACAACCAGUGGUGUAUCUUGGUUUUGUGCUGCCCUAGGCCGGACAAAACUCAGGCGCCCCUCUCCCCCCGCGCCACCCCCACCCAACCCUUCCCCCCGCCCCACCUUCUAAAUACACACACACACACAGUCAGACACAUACACACACACACACACACACACACAGUCAGACACAUACACAGACACAAACACACACACACACACAUACACAGGCAGAGACACACACACACACUCACAAACACAGUCAGACAAAAACACACACACACAGUCAGAGACACACACACACACUCACAAACACAGUCAGACAAAAUACACACACACAGUCAGACACAAACACACACACAGUCAGACACACACACACACACAAACACACACACAUACACAGUCAGACACAAACACACACACACACACAUACACAGUCACACACACACUCACAAACACAGUCAGACACAAACACACACACACAGUCAGACACAAACACAGUCAGACACAAACACACACAGUCAGACACAUACACACACACAAACAGAGUCAGACACAAACACACACACAGUCACACACACAUAGUCAGACACAAACACACACAUUAACUUUUUUUUUAAUUUAAAUCCCCCCCCCCCAACCUCCUUACCUUUGGGAGUGCUGGGGGGGGUCUCUCUCCCUGGUGGUCCAGUGGCUGCAGGGCGGGCGGCGCUGGCAGGCGGGCGGCUGGCGAGGGAGCACUUCCUAUGAGCUCUCUGCUCAGCUCCCUCACGCGCCGGCUGCAGAGUGAAGCUGGGAGCCGGAAUAUGACGUCAUCUUCCGGCUCCCAGCCUCACUCUGCGGCGUGCAAGGGAGCUGAGCAUAGAGCUCAUAGGAAGUGCUCCCUCACCAGCCGCCCGCCUGCCAGCACCGCCCGCCCGCUCGCCAGCGCCGCCCGCCCGCUCGGGAUGUCAGUUAGCCGCAAGGCUAACUAGGCAUUUGCCCUGGGCAUUUGGGGGGUGGCGUUUUUUGCCGCCCCCUGAAAAAUGCCGCCCAAGGCAAAUGCCUUGUUUGCCUCGCAGCUAAUACGCUCCUGACUACAAUGCCUAUUAUCCUCAGGCACCCACUACAGCCCCUUCACUCAUGCACCCACUACAGCUACACCCUCUCCAGACCCUACUCCCAGGCACUCACUACAGCCCCUAACCUUCCUCCAGACACCUUCUAGAGCCCCUGGAACCUUACACCCUCUAUCCCCCUACACCCUCUACAGCCCCUAUCCCCUUUCACCUUCUACAGCCCCUAUCCCCUACACCCUCUACAGCCCCUACCCCAUGCACCCUCUACAGCCCCUAUCCUCCUGCACUCUCAACAGCCCUAGCCCCAGGCACCCACUACAGCCCCUAUCCCCCUACAUCUACGACAGCCCCUGCACCCUCUACAGCACCUACCAUCCUGCACCUACUUCAGAUACUAGCACCUCUAGAGCACCUAUACCUCCUGCACCCUUUACAGCCCCUAUCCACCUACACCCUCUACAGCCCCUAUCCCCUUGCACCCUCUACAGCCCCUAUCCCCUUGCACCCUCUACAGCUCCUAUCCCCUUGCACCAUCUACAGCUCCUGCACCCUGUAGAGACCCUAAAGCCUCAUACACCCACUACAGCUCCUGGUACCCCCAUGUACCCACAAUUCAGCCGUUACCCUCAUGCACCCACUACAACCCCUAUUAACCCAUGCACCCAAUACAGCCCCUAUUACACCCAUGCACCCACUAGAGCCCCUAUCCCUUUCUGUGCCCACUACAGCCCCUAUGUCCUUUAGCACCUACUUCAGCCCCUAUGUUCCCACACACACCACAGCUUUUAUCCUACUUACAUAUGCACUAGAGCCUCUAUAUACCCCACACACAGUAGAGUCUCCAUUUUUCAUACACACACACACAUACUACAGCCCCACUAACCCCCAGAUGCCUACUACAGCAUCAUCUCAGGCACACUGCAACACAACCAACCUUCACUACUCACAUACUACACUGCAAACAGCCCCAUCCACAUACGCAAACCCAUGAUUAUCCUCACAGUAUACACACAAUCCUGCAAGCAGCAUCCCCACACGUGUAAAACCACAUGCAGCCUCUUUAACCAUGCACAUCACAAGUAGCACCCCAACCAUUGCAAUACUGCUGUCAGAACUUACCAAAACUCCAUUCCCUCUGGGUUACUUCCACUCCUACGUAAAGGGUUCAUAAGACCAUCCACGUCUUCUGUUGCUUCAGGGAUGUUCUUCGUGAGGAAUAAGGAUAAAACAAUAAGCCUAUUAUUGAUUACAGAGAAUUAAACAAAAGAACCAUUUAAAACUGAUAUCCCCUACCAUUGAUUCCAGAACUCAUUGACAGAUUGAGAACAGCCAAAAUCUACACUAAAUUGGACUUACAAGGUGCAUGUAGUUUAAUCCGGAUAACAGAAGGGCACGAGUGGAAAACAGCCUUCCGUACCAGAUACGGCUUAUUUGAGUACCUCGUCAUGCCUUUUGGGCUCUUCAAUGCCCCUGCUACAUUUCAACACUUUAUUAACAAUAUUUUUUAAAGAUUUAUUAUAUUAUUGUGUAAUCAUUUAUUUGGAUGAUAUCCUAAUUAACUCAAACAACAUCCAAGAUAUUUGAAAACAUGCAAGGUGGGUUUUAUCCCGACUCAGAACACAUAACCUAUAUGCCAAACCAGAAAAAUGUUUAUUUGAAAUUUCCCAACUUGCUUUUCUUGAUUAUGUUAUUUCUCCCCAACAAAUACAAAUGAAUGAUUCCAAAAUUAAAUGCAUAUUGGACUGGCCCAUUCCUAAAAGCCUUAAAGAAUUACAAAGCUUUUUAGGCUUCGCUAUCUUCUACAGGAAGUUCAUAAAAUAUUUCGCCCUUUAAAUUAUCUAAACAGUAACAAACAUUCUUUCAAAUGGAAUGACGAAACCCAAGCAGCUUUUGCUCAUCUAAAACAAAGAUUCACUGCAGCUCCCAUUUUAAAGUUGCCAAAUCCAUUGUUACCUUAUGUUCUGGAGGUGGACGCCUUCGAUGAAGCAGUGGGUGCCGUAUUACCCCAACAAGAGACUUCACAACCUCCUCUUCAUUCCGUCGCUUUUUUCCCCAGACCCUGACUUAUACUGAACGGAAUUAACGCAUGGGGAGAAAGAAUUAUUGGGAAUCAAGGCCAACUUCGAAAAUUGGAGUCACCUACUGAAGGGACAAGAAACCCCUAUAAUAGUCUACACGGAUCACAAGAAUCUUGAAUAUUUAAACAAUAACAAAACAUUGUCUGUCAGACAAGUUAGAUGGAGUCUUUUUUUUUACUGUUUUAAUUUUCAUUUUGUUCAUAAACCAGGGUCCAGGAAUAAGAAAGCUGAUUUCUUGUCAAGAAUUCCACAUCCUGUUUCUCAUAAAGAAAAUCCAAUGACUAUUUUAAGGCCAGGUACUUUCAUCGGACUAUCAUGUACCUUAAUAGAUAAAAUCAAUGAAACACCUGCUUCUGAGUUGAAUUUACCAACCAAACAUGCGUUACAGAAAAGAAAUGGCAUUUAUUACAAGGAAGAUAAAAUAUAUAUCCACCCAACUUUAAGGAAAGAAGUUCUACGAAUGAUUCAUGAUUCCUCUCUGGCAGGACAUCCCGGUAUAAAGAAAACCUCUGAAUUAUUAAACAGAUUAUAUUGGUGGCCCCAGCACAAUAAAAGCGUUUCAUCAUAUUUUUCAUCAUGCUCCAUUUGUCAAAGAUCCAAACCAGACCUACAGCAUCCUUACAGUCUUUUAAUGAAUUUACCAAUCCCAGAUAGACCAUGGAAAUCAUUUUCCAUGGACUUCAUAGUUGACUUACCUCCUUCUCAAAUAUUUACUACCAUCCUCGUCAUUGUGGAUCGAUUCACCAAGAUGGCUCAUUUCCUUCCAUUAACCAAGAUACCCACCUCAUCUGAAUUAUCCAAAUGUUUCAUUUCCAAUAUAGUUAAAUGACAUGGAUUACCAGAGGAAAUUAUUUCAGAUAGGGGAACCCAAUUUACCUCCCGUUUCUGGAAGGAGCUAUGUUCUUCCCUUCAAAUAAAACAAAAAUUAUCCUCCUCAUAUCAUCCCCAAACUAAUGGACAAACAGAAAGAGUUAAUCAGUGUCUCAAACAAUACUUAAGAUGUUAUUGUACCUACCUACAGGAUGACUGGUCCACAUGGCUACCCCUUGCAGAAUUUUCUUUCAAUAAUUCCAUUCAUUCAAGUACAAAGAUGUCUCCCUUCUUUGCAAACUAUGGUUUCCAUCCAAGAACACUCCCCACAGAUCUUGUUCAAAACCAUAAUCCUGCUGUUAACAUUCAACUUUCCAAAAUCCAUAUGCUAUACAAUGUCGCUGAUCUAGUGUGGCUUUCUUCAAAAAACAUCAAGGCCAACCGUCCUUCGAAGAAAUUAAGCUCUCUCUACCUUCGUCCUUUUCCUAUUGAACGAAUCAUAAAUGAAUCCGUAGUCAAAUUUACUCUUCCACCUUUAGUCAAGUUACAUCCCGUAUUCCAUGUAUCCCUACUAAAACCUCACAAACCAGACCCUUUCAUUAGGAAUAUCCAAGACAAUCCUGAUCCUAUUAUCAUUAAUGGUCAGGAAGAAUACGAAGUUCAAAAACUACUUGAUUCACGUCUUCAUCAUGGCUCAUUACAAUGUCUGAUUAGAUGAAAAGGAUAUGGUUCAGAAGAUGACACUUGGGAAAGAUCUUCCGAUGUUCAUGCUCCUAGACUAGUCUCUACGUUUCACAGACAUUAUCCCUCCAAACCUCCUUGGGGAGGGGGUCCUGUUGGAACUUAGCAAAACUUUGUUCCCUCGGGGUUACUUCCGCUUUUGGAAGUAAACUCCUCCCACUUGAAUGAUGCAAGACUCACCUGCCUUAUAGGGGAGCCGCUCCAAAUUCAAACUGCUGAGUGAUUCUGUCUCUUCCCGAGAACACUCCUCACAAUUCAGGGGGGUGAGGCACUCCUGGUACCAUAGCUGCUAUAGCAAGCUGUAGUUGUUAUGGUGUCUGGAUUGAAAUUUUAAAUAGAUUUUAAUGUAUUAUUAAUAUUAUGCAUUUAAAUGGGGGGAAGAGAUGAUUGUAAUUUUUGCUGUUUGUUUACCUUUAAGAAACAGCAGGCAAAUACAUUUUCAUAGAUCAGUGAUCAACUCAUUUUAAAGAGACACAUGCUAAAGGAAACUCAAAGCAGGAGGCAAGCAUUGGAAUUAAUGCUUUUCUUUGCAAAGCAUCAGAAGAGUGUAGUGAUUGCCACACAAAUAUUGGAGUUCCCCAAUGCUUCUCUGAGUAGUAUGAGAUUGGACUGGAGAUCAUCACAAAUGGUGUCCUGGCCCCUGGAAAUUAGAUUUGUUUAUUUUAUUUUACUAAUGAUACCGGAGGGGUUCUAAGUCUAAAACAAAAAAGGGAUACCUUAGCAUAAAUAAUAAUAAUAUAUAUAUCUAUAUAUAUAUAUAUAUAUAUAUAUAGAUAGAUAUAUACAUAUACGUGAUGUUAGAGGGUUCCUUUUAAAGCAUUAACUUUUUUGAUUUUAGAAGAAUUAAUAUAUUUGUUUUGAUUGUGAUGGCGGGUUUAUUAUUUAUAUUUUUUCUUCUCUUUACUUUUUUUUCCAGAAAAUCACUUGCUGGGCCGCGUUGUGGUUGGGCCAUUUAUGUAUGCUAGAGGACGUGAACUCGAACACUGGAAUGAGAUGCUCAACAAACCAAAAGAACUGGUGAAGCGAUGGCACGCCUUAUGCAUUAGUACCUGAUGUGGAGAUCUGUUCUACCAAAAAGGACAUUCUAUGUGUUGGGGACAAAGUAGAGCAACAGUGCUGUUAUUGGAACCCUGUAAUCUCUCUGAUUGACUAUAGUGACCCACCCAUUGUUCAGACUGUGUAUAAAGAUGGACAUUCACGUAGGCUUUGUUGUAAAAUGCAAAGGAUAACUUAGCAGAUGGUAGUAUUGAUUCAGUGUUCAUUUUAUGUGAAUUAUCUGUGGUCAAAGAAAAACACAGAUAGUGACAGUAUUUGUAAACAGCUACAAGAAAAUAAGUGAAAUACUCUAAAACAUAACAAACACACAUAUCCCUUAAUAUAAAACAAAAGUGUACAAAUCACAUAGUGCUGUGUGAUAGGUUGGCUCUUAAUGAAUACAGUUAUUGUAAGGUGAUGAAAGACCAAUUGGUUCAUAAAAGUAACUCUGCAACAAGGAAUCUAGUAUUGUGUAGAGAGGCAAACAUGCACAAUCCAUUAAGUAAUGGUGUCAAAACAUCAGGGACAGCUGAAUAGUCCUGCAUAUUAUCAGUAACACACCUUUAUGGUGAUUUCGUUAUUAGUUGUUUACAAUUAAUAUUAUCAGGUUUUGUGUUUUCAUUUUACUGAAAUUUUCCAAUCUGUCCCUAAAGUUUCUCUAGCUGUUAUUGAAGAACACAUGUAUCCAAGAUGCACCUCUGUCGAAGUUUAUUGUUAAAUAUUUGGUGUUCUCUCUAUUUGCUUUUGUUACAGAUGGCGUAUAUGUAUUAAAAUACAGUUAAAGGAACAGCACGACCACAAAAACAAAAAUACCAUUGUAAAUGUUACAAGGCAACUGAAAAACACCUAUCAAAAAGAAUCAGACUGCACAGAAAAAAUAGGAAUUGGGGGCACACCCACAACAUGCAUUUUUAAGCAGUGAAACCUAUACAAAAUACAGUUAAAGAACAGCGCACACACAAAAACAAACAUACAGUUUUAAAUUUUACAAGGCAACUCAAAAUGACCUAUCUUGGCAAACAAACGUAUAUGUUAUGUCUGACCCAAGGAUAGGGACAAUGUCAUUAAAUCAUUUGAUGGUGCAGUGCAUCAGGAUCGUUUCUAUCGUGAAGGUACGUUUUAUUUUUGUUAAUGAAAUACAGUGGUAAACUAGUAUGGAGUAAAGGGUAAAAAAAAUUCAACUUCCCAAGAUAGAAUAAACAUGGAAUUCAGCAGAAUUCAACGGAAUUCAACUAUCUUGGCUCAUUUCUUGUCCUCUCUAGACAUGUUGUAAUGUCUUCUGAUGUAAACAUGCUGAAUUAAAAGUGCUAAUAUCAUGAACUCAAAAUCUCUUUCUUGAAGUGAAACAACAUGAAACAUAAUCUUUGAUAUGCGAUUAUAUUAAUAUAUACUACUUUUUAAUUUGUGUGCUACUUUAUUAGAAUAAAAAUCAUGUGUUUGGUUUUGUUGAUUAUUUUCCCUGUAGUUUGAUCUACUGCAUGGGUAGUCAACCUGGUCCUUACCGCGCAGUAGUGGGCGGUUUGGGAUUUUAGGUCGGCGGUGGUGGGUUCUGCAGAAAACGCCCAGUGGGCCUCGAUGGCCGUGAACCAAGGCCGGCAGCGGAGAUCCUUUCAUCUCCCCUGCUGGCCCAUGCAGAGCCAGCCUUGCUGUAAGCCCU